AGAGCGCCGAGCGCAGCGGAGCCCAGCCGCUCCUGCCGUAGAGCGCCGCGGCGAGAGCCAGCGAGGAAGGCGCUGGAGAUCUCCACGCGGGACAGCCUCCCCACGUCCCCGCCGUCCGAAGCCCACCAGUGCGCCUCUCCCGCUGCUUGAGCGGAGCUUUUCGGGAACACCAUCUCUCCAGCCCCCCCUUCCCCACUUUCCUUCCCCUCCACGACCCUGGAUCUCCUCGGGGAGAGAAGAGCCCUGCGCGCCUUCAGAUCCGGGUAGCCCACAAAGAGAUCCAGGUAAAAGAGAGGCGGGCGGGAGGAUAUGUGGCUGGGGGAUCAGGGUAAGAGAUCUGGCGGGAUCCUUCGCCUUCUGCUCAAGUUGCCUCGCCGCGCGCCAACUUCUCUCCCGGACGCUGGGGAGAAAAGUGGCCUAGGCGCGUUUUGCUGGCGGCGCGCUUCCCCUUUCGCUUUGCGAUCUUUCGUCCCUGGAAGUCCGUGGGGACUUCCCUCGGCCCAGAACUUGGCAGGAUGGGACGGUCCGGGGUAGGGCGGCGGAAGGAGGUGGGUAGUUCAAACGCGAUCCGGAAUGUUACUCGCCUGGGAGGAAUUUGGGGAUGGGGUGGGGGUGGAGAGGCCAGAUCCCUGGCAAGAGUGGGUGCCCCGGGGUCGCUUUCCUCCCCAUCCCCCCCUGAAACUCAGGAUCGCGGCAGACGCUGAGCCGUUGGCGGGCACCAAAUGCGCCUCCUCUCCCUCGCCGAGCGGCUGCUGAGAGGGUCGAAGUCCGUCGGGAGUAGCAUCCUUCAGACUCUGAGCCCCUCUCCGCCGGACGCCUUGCGGAGCGCAAAGUCCCGACGGCGCCUCUCACGGCUCUUUCUCUCCCCUCUCCCUCUCCUCCUUCCUCUCAUCCAGGCUCGCAGAGAUGCUGAAGCCCGGCGAUCCCGGCGGAUCGGCUUUCCUCAAGGUGGAUCCCGCGUACCUCCAGCACUGGCAGCAGCUGUUCCCGCACAGCAGCCAGCAGCUCAAAGGCGGCGCCGGGCUGCUAGGUCACCUCCAGGCGCCCGAAAGAGCCGUCGAGCCCCAGGCUGACAGCCUACGCCCGCUGCCGGCCUCUCUCUCGUCGGCGGCGUCCUCGUCCUCUUCCUUGUCCUCUUCUUCGUCGUCUUCCUCCUCCUCCUCCACACCGUCGUCCGCCCCGUCUUCGUGCGCCGUCGCCUCCCUGGCCAGCUUGACUGCGCUGCCGGUGGCGCAGAUCCCCGUCUUUGGACCGAUUCAGAGCUCCGAGUCCCCGACGGGAGCCCCGGUCGCCCUCCUGCAGACCAAGGACCUGGGUGGAGGCAGCGGGGUGGCCAAGGGCGGCGAGAGGGCGCCGGCCCGGUUUCGCUGCACCGCCGAGGAGUUGGACUAUUACCUGUAUGGGCAGCAGCGCAUGGAGAUCAUCCCGCUGAACCAGCACACCGGGGACCCCAACAACCGUAUGUACUCCCCACCCAACCUUCCCGACGCGCGGCAGGGCACAGCCACUUUGGCUAAAGUUUGGGGUGCAAAUGUUUAAUAUUGGGGGGGGGGAGAGAAGGACCCGCUCUCAAAAGUGAGAGAGCCACUGAACUCAAGAGAGCUUAUGGAAGAAGGAGCUUACGUCAAGGAGAUGAGUAACCCUAUAACCUUUAGAAGGCAGCCCUAUAGGGAAGUUUUUAAUGUGCAAUGUUUUAUUAUGUUUUUAUAUGUGCUGGAAGCCGCCCAGAGUGGCUGGGGCAACCCAGUCAGAUGGGCGUGGUACGAAUAAUAAUAAUAAUAAUAAACCCUUGACUCAAAACUAAGUCCUGCAGUGGGGCUUAGCCCCAGAGAUUUUGUGUGCGUGAGAUUGCAGCCUAAAUUAAGGGCACCCCAAGCAGAAUUGGUCAUCCAGCACACGCAGACUCUCCUAGAAUUACUGCUUGGAACUAAAUAAAACACUUCAAGAUGCGGCCUUUAGACGCCUCCUCGUUGCAGAAUGCCCCCAAAUGAUCGCUGGGAAACUUUGUAACUUCCCCCAAAGUCUCAAGAGCACAUACUCCGAAAUAAGUCCCACUCCCAACAACGGGGCAUUGCCAAGGCAGGACUUUGUGGUCGUCUGAAGCACUUAGCGCUAUAGCAGGACUGGAGAGUGACCGGCUGCAUACCAAAUGUUUUCUAGAACUUUGCUGAAAAUAGGGUGGUGGUGGUGGUUGUUCUAAAAAAUGAAUAUGUUUUAUUUAAAUAUUGUAUGGAAAGCUAAAAUGUGUGGAAGAUGUUUUUCCUACAUUGAGAACAAACAAACAAAAGUUUUGCUUUUUAUAAGGGAACUGCUUUUUUCCCCCCCUUUAAAAAUACUGUAUCCUUUCCCCUUCGGCCCUUGUUCCUGCCAGUAGCACCACGCAGCUAGGUUUGUCUUCGCAGCGUCAAAGGCGAGGCACGUUCGUUCCAUAGGAAGUUUGUUUUCAAAAGUAUAAAUGUCAAAAGCCUAAUUGGGUGUCAAAACCAAUAUGCUAUGGGGGAUUUCAGAAUUACUGAGACCGCCACAUUGACCUUAAAACAAAACAAAACCGGGGAGUCGAAAAGCCCCCCCCUCGUGAGAUUUAGGCUGCAACCCCAGGCACACUUACACUGGUGUAAGUUUAAACGGAGUAGGGCUUACUUUUGAGUAGACACACCUAGAAUUGCCCUUUUCUAGGAUUACUUUUCUUUUCUGAAGUGUGGAUUUGACCAAAUACCCUUUUCUCAAUUACAGCAUGUUCCUUUACUUGCACGCCUUUGGAAUUGCUUAAAAUCUUUUCAGCUGUCUUAAAUACAUUAUGUAUUAUUAUUGGCAUAGUUAGGAGCAAUCAACCUUAUCAAUGGCACAUGUGUAGCUUUUAAACGCUAUUUCUCCUGUUGAAAUAAGGGUUUGUUUUUUUUAAGUAUUUUUGUAGUUUCACGAACUACGGUUAAACAAUAUUUGCACUUGGAUGAAUUUACAACCGAUCCUCACAAUAUUUGUAUGAAAACAAAUGCUAUCAAAACGAGGAGAUUUGGAGUAAAUGUGCUCUGGGCUGAAAGAGGCAAGCUCAGAGACUUUGCAAGGACUGGCGGAAAGAAGCCCGCAACUUGUUUAAGAAGAGUGCUUGCAUUCUAAACCUUGCUGAAUCUGGACGUAAAUGGGAUGGAAAUCGGUUUAAACAUAAAUAGUCCGGUUUAACUGGUCAGUGCAUGGAGCAGGAAAAACGCAAUUUCAAUGUAACUUAGAAAGUUUGUAUAUAUAUUUUUUCCAACGAGUUGAGGAAACUUCCCAGUGCUGACGGUAACGCGGGUGGUUCUUUUUAAUUAAAACAAUGUCACGAUACACACAGUUCCUUAGCAAUAAGCCGCACUGAAUUUACUUCAAUGUAUUUUGAAUCUGGCGAGGAUCCGUCCGAUCCUAAGCACUUUUACUCGGAAGUAAGCCCCACUGGUUUCAGUGCGGAUUAAGCCCAGGUAAGUAUUCAUAGGACCGGAGCCCUGCAUGAAUAUCCUCCUGCUUAUUGGGCCCCAGGAACCAUAAACGGUGCUACCAAGAUCUAGCGCGUACAGGAUUGCAACCUUACAGCGCAAUCCUGUAUGCAUGUUUUCCCAGAUGUGAGCCCCAUGGGGUUCAGUGGGGCUUACUCUCCAGUUGCAAGCGUGUUUAGGAUUGCAGCCGGAACCUUGCACAUUAAAUGUGACGUUUUAACCGCAAAGUGAAUUUUCGGUUCGCGCCGGUGUCGCAAAGCGCAAAGGUUUAGCGAUCCUGAUCAUGAGCUGUGGGAAACCUGACCAUUUCAGCGCAUCGUUUGCCUCCAGAGGCGACGCAGCCCGUGUUUUCUCGGGCGGAGAGAGAGAGAGAAAAUCUGCUCCCAUAAAUUACAGACUCAUAAAUUAAUGGGCUCUGAAACGCGCUUUUAAUGGCCUACAGUACGCGGCUUACUUUUCAGAGACAGAGCUCGGUAAAUCUAGAAGAUAAAGGGCUUGCAAGAGGAAAGGUAAAACAAAGGGUGACCUCAGAAAGGGCAGGGCUGCUGAGCCAAUUCGUGCUUCCCUCGCCAGCACUUAGAGAAAGAGCUUUGGAAAGGCCAGUGGUACUUGAUGUAAAAUACUCCACGUGAUCCACGCGGGAUCGCGACGCGGCUCAGGAACCGUCGGAUUUGCUGGCGAACGCAGCUCCGCGCGGGUUCAAGCCCUGGGUGUGCCAGGGAACUGGAGUGCGCCUAGUUCUAGGCUGGGCUCCCAAUCUGCUCCACAAUCCAAAUCCCAAUGCGUUGAUCCCUCCUUACUCAUUCCUACCUAUGAACCGGUUCCGAUUUCUUUGGAAGCAGCUCCGAACCGAGAUCCUUCCUAGUUUCAAACUCACAACCUCAGGGUUUGGCCAGACCAUCUCGCCCGAGGGCUCGGGCUGUGUCGAGGGGUGGUGGAUCGAGCCCGUUGUUAGUGAGCCCGUCUGUUUCUCCUCUCCCCCCCCCCCCCAGUGUGCCACAAAACCCUCUUCCCACGCGUCUCGUGGUCUGGUAUCUCUCGUUUCUUUCUGAGAUCAGAAGUGGUGCCUUUCCAGAGUUCACAAAUAUGGAGAGGAGGAUCUCCAUUUUCAGAGGAUAUGGGGACGGUCAAAAGAUAAAGGGAUUUUCGGCCCGGGAAGGUGGAGAUCCUUGGCCAGAGAGUGGUGGACUGUCUUUGGUUUGAGACUAGUUUUGAUUUGCGGCGGAGAUCGCUGGGCCAUGGAAGCAGUUGUUGGGCCAGGGAUGACUGCAGCAGAAGCUAAAGAGAAUCACAGAACGGUAGUCCAGCCCACAUUAAUGCGCCUUCGAGUUCUUUUCACAGGCUGCUGGUUGUGGAGAGUUGGUUUUGCUUUGCAAUUUCGCGCGCCUCCCGUUUUGAAUGUGCCCAUUGGCUAGCUGUACACGCGACGUGCCCGCCGUAACAGCAUGCACAAGUGACGCGUUCCACACUAAAGCGAGCUCUCAGCCCUCAUCUUGUGAAAGCGCGCUGGUUUUUGGAACGGGUUCCCGAAAUUUUGAAGUUCUGCGCCAGAAAUAUAUAGCAGAUCUGCAAGGGUGGGCGCUGGGGAGUACGGAACACGAUGACCUGUUGGAGUUGAUUUUAGCUCCAUUUAUCCGACCUCGCCUCCCAUUAAUUUCAUGUUGAUUGACCAGAAACUCUCUUACAUUCUUUAAAAAGUGGAGAGUCCAGUAAAUUAAAAAUGCAGAGUUUGCCCUUGUAAUCGAACUACGGCAGGUUAUUGGAUUUUGCACUCUUAUCUGAAGCACAUUUACACAUUUCGAUGGGUCUCUUGUCCACUGAAGGUUUCAAGUAAGGAUAGCAGACUCAGCCUCACUGGGUCCAAGUCGUUUGGCUUAACUGGGACACCUAACUCGAUGCUGGUAAACCUUGUUCAGUCCAGAUGCCCUGUGGUCCGAAUAUGUACCAUAUUUUUAAAGGAUAAUGAGGUUUGUGUCGGGGACAUAAAGCUUGCUGCAUUGUAUCUCACAUAACCAGAUUCCGUCAACCUUUGACUAUGAUUAUGAUUAAUAUCGACAUAUGCUAAUUGCAAAUGGAAUAAUUCAGAAGACUCAUAGUUUCACCUGAAUAUCUUUUAUUGUAUAGUAUGUACUGUUUUAAAAGUCAUAAACUAGAGAUGAUGAGGACCCCAGUGUGAGAAUACCUGUGGACAUUCCGAUAUGUACCACGAAUGGCUAAUUUUUCUCAAUUGAUAUCGUGCCUAAAUGUAAAGCAAAAUAUUCUACUUUUUCACUGUGUGUUCUGUUUGGGUAGAUGAGGUUUAACAAUCCUGGAGGCACCAAACAACAUUGAACUGAAUGGGGCUUACUUCUGAGUAGACGUGCAAAGUAUUGCCUCGUUAGAGCGCCAUCAUUCAUACUCAGAAGUAAGUUCCACGGAGUUCGGCAGAACUUACUCCCAGGUAAAUGGGAGUAGGUUUUAACUAAUUUAGGGCUCCUCAAUCACAGAUAUAGAUUAUUUGAGAGACUAUUCAAUAGGUACUAGCCAGGAGUCAAUUUUCAAAGAGGAUCUGUUUGAGGGUAUUUUUUUAAGGGGAAAAAAAGGAAAAGUGAUUUAUGUUAUUGUUUCAAGUGGAGACAUUUCUAGCUAAUAAAUUGUCACAGUCUGACUCAUUAGGAUUGGAAAUCAAAUGGGAUUUUGCUUAAAUAAAGCGGCAGUUGUGCAUUUUAAUGGCUAGAUUCACGCCCAUGAUCCUGAGCAAGUUAGGGUGUUUUCACGCCUGAAGCUUGUAUUGGUCUUAAAGGCGACUGCCAAAUAAAUCUGUCUUGGCCAGAAUGCGCUUUCCACUUGAAACCUCUUUUUAAGCUUCUAUCUUGUAUGAACAAACUUCACACGAGGCGCAAAAAGAGGCUCAAAAGGCUUUUUCUGGCCGUGUGUGAUAUGCCAGAAUUUUCUUUUACUGAAAGCUGACAUUCAAAUCAAGUAACUCCAGUUGGGAUUUGACGUCAAAGUCUUUGAAAUGUCCUCGCUCCUACUCACUUUAGGGGGCAAAUGUUUAGAUGUUUCGAUUCUUACCUAUGGAAGAAACGGGGCUUUUAAUUCAUUUUUAAUUAUCGUGACGUGCAGAAGAAAGGAUGAAACCUACUCCGCCUUAAUUAAUCCGGAAUGGAAGACAGUGAUUUUGGGUUUGAGGCGACAUGAUCUUUAGGAUCGCAACAGAGAUCCGUGUUUUAUAUCCUUGCGCUGCAGCUUUCGGAACUGGAGGUGGCGCGGCUCUUCUUCCUCCCUUGCACUGAAACGCCGACAACAAAGAAAGGGAUCUUUCUGACCCCAGCUGCUCUGAAUCGUGUCAAACUAAUGCAAGAGAGCAGUUGCAUUGUCCGUCCUACUGGAUCGAACGACAGGAGCGUUUGCCCGCAGCAGCGCUCUGCGAAAUAUGGACCGUCCCUGCCUUUUACGUUUUAAAUCCGCAUUUCCCCCAAUUGCUACUAACGCCUCUGAUUUAGCUACUUUCCAUCAUCAUCCGUUUCGCCGGCGGCAGCAGCAGCAGCAGCAGCAGCACCCUUAAAGAGAGCAGCUCGCGGCCCAUAUAUUAGAUUGAGGUUAGAAAAGGUGGUGACUGUUUAUUUAAGGUGAUAAAAUGGUCCAUCAGCAGUAAUCUCCAUCGAUAUGUGCCACAAGGAGAUGAAGGAUGAGGGGACAAGGCACAAUUAAUUGCCCUAUAGUUUUGUAGGAGAGAGUGGAGGCAAUGCGGCCCUCGCUUCGAUCUCCUCUCCCAAAGCCCAUUCAUCAUCUGCACAUUGUAUAUGGGGCUCCCCCAGGGCCAAGAGGGUGGCAAGGUUUAUCUACACACAAUAUUCUCCUAACCUUCUGAUACCUGACACCGAAAUUUAAUUCAUUCAUACGCGCGAUCGAAGGAGGCGAGAUACACUCACACACACACAAAAUACACACGCGCUCUAUUCACACGCAUUUUCCCAGCAUCCCAGCAUUUUCCCAGCAUUUCCCAGCAUAUCACAUGGCUUCGCACAAAAGCCACUUAAUUCGUAGUCUCUCCUCUUCUCAUUCAUUUCCCUGCCCCCCCCCGCAAUAAAACAACUAAGGUAAGAAACUCACCAGAUGGGUCCGAAUACAGUAUAUGCACACACUUAAACGGAGGCAGUGGCGUGGCAAGCGUGCAGUGGACCCCCCCACACCCCCGUUAAGCAUAAUUAUUUAAUUUCCUGAAAUAGGAAGGCUUACUUAUGUUAAAAUGGCUCCUCUGCAUUGCAAAUCAUCAACAUUUAUUUUGAUAUGCAUAACAGUGCCCACCAAAACUUCUCCCGAGUGAUCUGCACGGAUUUGGCGAGAACCUGUCUAAUCCCGCAUCUGCUCAGAUCCAGAUGCCCCGGAUUAACCGGUGUGCAUGUCCGGAUCCUGGCUGCGAGAACUCGAGAUGGGCAGCCUGAUCCUGUGCGGUCUUUCCGAGCAGCGCGCAAGUCUGUCCGGCGGAGAAGGCUCAUAAUAAAACAGGUCCUCGGAGGGCAGAGAACUUCCCGAUAUAUAACCGAUCUCUUCAGCUCAGGGGUGCUAACUUGAAUAAAAUAUUUGGGGGCUGGGGCUGGUAAUAAUCACAUAAUCCAAUAUGGGGGGAGGUGAUAAUCGCUCCGCAUAAUCGAUCACAAGAGGCGGCUCGUGCACACUAUUUGAAUCGACUUCUUUUUGGGGGGGAGGCUCACAUAUUUCAUGGGGGGGCCUCCUAUGGAUCUCUUCCUCCUUUCCUGGGCUCAUUCGAGCUUUGCAUCGCCCUUGAGAUUUAGGGAUCGCUUUAGGAUUAGAUCUCCACCUCCUGCGCUCUCCCCCUCCCCUGCCUGCGCGCUGCUUCCGCGGAAGCACCUGGGGCUCAGGUGGCCGAGAGCAUCUUGACCAAUAGGAUCACCUGCCGCCGCCGCCGCCGCCGCCUCGCGCGGGGUCUGAGGGAGACGCCGAGCUGCCUGCCAGGGUCGCUUAUUCGCGCACAGGCCGCUGAGCCGGGCGGCAGAGUUUCCCCUGUGAGGGCGUUUCUUCGGGCGGAGGCCACAAGGGCGUCCCCAAGAGGAGCCCGAAGGAAGGCCUGUUUCCCUCGAAAACGCGGGCCUUGCUUGCCUUUGGGCCUCGGAAGAGGCCUAGUCACUCGGCUUUCCUGCCUCUGUGUCAGGUAAUGGGACUUCUCCUCAGGUUCCCCAGACGGGCCUCCCUGUCCUGGCUAUGUGGGGCGACACACUGGGGUGCCUCUUUGCUCCCCCCCCAAUCUUUUUAUUUAUUUUUAUUUUCCCUCGCCCUCUUUUUUCACAUCAGUUCAACAGCACCAGGCGCAAAAUGGAGAAGACUUUUUAAACCGCAGGUACAUUUUCUUUGGAAUAGACCUGUUCUAAGGUUUGUGUACGACAAUUCCUUUUUUUAGACGUUCAGGGGAUGUUGGCCAACCUUGGGCCCCUUCAGAGCGGGGCGUAACUUCAAUAUUGAAUUAUAAAUAAAUAUCAAAUCCCACCCCAAGUGCAAAAUAUCAAAGAACCAGAACAUGUUGGGUUCCUGUAGUUAUUAGCUUGUAAUGCAUUAUUGCAUUGCCGUCUGAUGUUAUCCAAAAACUUUGGGUGGUUUGUAACUGCUAAAAACAAAAUUUUGGUGUGUUUCUAGUAUUUGUUGUUGCUGUAUGUAGUUAUUAGUCAAGUCAUGUAUAGGAAAAAGGGGGAACAAACCCAUGCUGGAUCACGAAAUACUUUUGAAACUUCCUCAGUUUCAGAAGUUGGUUGCUGAUAAUGAUAUUUAGGGUGGGGACUCCUGUUUGAGAAAUAAUAAUUUAAAAAAGAAGCUUCUUUGAAGGCUUGUUAUUUUUUUUUUUUUUCAUUUACAAGUGAUUCAUUGUGAUUUUUGGAGUCAUGGUUUUUCAACCAAAUAUUAGCAAGUGAAAAAUAUCCAGAGGUAUGAAUUGCAAAUUAAAUCCCUAUAAUUAUCUUGCCGUUUUUGACUACGAGACACUUUUCUGGAGAUAAUUUUGAGUUAACACAGCUAAUACAGAAAACUAUGUUAUUUAUUAAUAAAUCAAAAGGCAGGCUAGCCUCAAAGUAUACCUCUUAUAUAGGGCAGGACUUUGGGAGAGGGGGAAGUUGUUUGGUUUAAGAAUUGGACAGUUUGUGGCAAAUUAUUGUCAACUUUGCUGUUCAGAGGAGUUGUACCUACAACCAGGAGUAUGUGUUUGAAGUUGGGGAGCGCUGAGUACAAUUCAUAAAAAAUAAAUGAACUCAUGACGCUCUUUGGCUGAUAUUUUUGGGUGGGGUUCAGUCACAUUCAGGUUGUGAAGUUAUAUUUGGUUAUAGUCUUGGCAACAAACCUGCUUCCCCAAAAGAUCAGACUUUAAGAAUAAGGAAAUUGACACCAAGGUUACAGGUCCGAUCCUGGUAUGGGACAGCUGCAUAUUCCUGCAUUGCAGGGGGUCAGACUAGAUGAUGCUCAGGAUCCCUUCCAACUCUACAAUUCUAUGACAAGAAAAUGCACUGGAGUAACACUUUUUGAUUGCAGCAUCAGUCAGCUGCCUUGCAAACAAGCCAGAAUAUAUUCUCAAUUAACAAGUUGUCCGUUUCAUGAAUAUGAAGUGCUAGGUAUUUGCUUUCUGUGACUAGUGAAUGGCACCUUCUUUAUCAACACAUUUUAGCAAAAUUAUCCAGGCUAAAGGAAUAUGCAUGCUAUCAACAAGGGGAAAAUGACAAAAGAAUACAGUGGUACCUCGGGUUACAUAUGCUUCAGGUUACAUACGCUUCAGGUUACAGACUCUGCUAACCCAGAAAUAGUGCUUCAGGUUAAGAACUUUGCUUCAGGAUGAGAACAGAAAUCGUGCUCCGGCGACAGCAGGAGGCCCUGUUAGCUAAAGUGGUGCUUCAGGUUAAGAACAGUUUCAAGUUAACUACGGACCUCCGGAACGAAUUAAGUACUUAACCUGAGGUACCACUGUACAUUAGUGGCCAUAGGUCAAAGAUUUACAGUAUCCUGGACCUAAGGCUACCUAUGCAUUUCUUACUUUUUAAAGACAAAUUCAAAUUUCUUUUGAGCAACAUAACAUGACACAUUAUCAAGAGGAAACUGCAACACUGUUUUGUUGUUUUCAUUUUUUAUGGCUUUCACUUCUUUGCUUUCACCUUUUAGUAUUGUAUUUAUGUUUAGUAUCGUGUUAAAGUUCAGCUAGUGAAAAUCAGAUUGCCCAAUUCGGGCAGAGCUAGAGGAUACUUGAAAUGUGUGGUUGCAUUUCAUAUCUUGGUUUUUUUGUUAGCUUGUUUAAAAAAAAGAAAGAGCAGACACAGGGGCAGAUCAGCUGAAAAACUGUAGGAAGACAGGUCACCAAGAAAGAAACAGCUCAAGUGAGAAGGUCUAAAUCUGGCAUGGAGAAACUAUGGGCCCUCCAGAUACUGUUGAACUCCAACUUGCAGCAGCCCAGCCAGGACGGCCAGUGGUGAGGGAUGAUUGGAGUAGAAAUCCAGUAAUAUCUGGGGGAAGUUCUCCAUCCUUACUCUAUAGCAGGCAUAGGCAAACUCGGCCCUCCAGAUGUUUUGGGACUACAACUCCCAUCAUCCCUAGCUAACACGACCAGUGGUCAGGGAUGAUGGGAAUUGUCGUCCCAAAACAUCUGGAGGGCUGAGUUUGCCUAUGCCUUCUCUAUAGCUAUGUCAAGAACAGACACUUUUUGUCUAACACGGUUCCCAUGCAGUUUUGUCUUACAAAAAUGCAUACUUGUGAAAACUAAAGGAGGAAUGGCUGAUUAGCUGAUCCUGUUGAUGCCUUAUAUAAAAAUAGCAAGGUUGUUUUGGGAGGCAUGAUUGAAGGUUUCAUUUUGUUUCAGAAGCCCUCUUGCCUCAGACAUCUGACCCUGAAUGUUUCCAAAACGUUGUGUACCCAGUUUUAUUAAAAGUAGGAAUGUUUGUGCCCCAAGAUGUGAUAUUGUAUUAUUUGUAUAUCUCAUUUAGUUUUAGCUUCAUGUUUUAUGCAGUUUUAAGAACUCCUGGCUUUUUUAUGAUGAAAAAGCUUGACCAUCUUUUGCUCAAGGUUUGUGUGAGUUAGAAAUGAAGUAAAUAUAUAGAUUUUAACCAAACCUUUAGUGUCGAGCAGUUAUACUAACUGUGCCAGUGUCUAUUAAAAAGGUAGAUAUUUCCCCAAAAAUUCACUUAAACUUCGUAGAUGGGACUAAAUUGUAUUUGCUUAAAUUAAUACGUAAUAUACCGUAUUAACCCAAGGCAUUCCUUGUUUGUAAAAUUGGGACGGUAGAGAUAACCAUGCACAUUUUAAGAUGGAAGGGAUUAAACUAUUAAUGGAUGAGAGAAGUUAACAUAUUUUAUUAGUAGCCAAUUCAGUGACUUCUAGUGUUGUUGGUUUUUUUAAAAUAAAAAGCACUGGCCAACAAUAAUGACUUCUACAGCGUUGAUGGUGUGAUAUAUAUAUUCUUACUGUAAAAACUUGCAGAUGGGAAGCUCAGUGGAGAGCAUCUGCCUUGCAUGCAGAAGGUCUCAAAUUCAAUUCCCAGUAUCUCUAGGUAAGACUGGAAGAGAACCCUGCCUGAAACCCUGGAGAGCUACUGCCAGUUGGUGCAAACAGCACUGAGCUAGGUGGACCAAUGGGUCUGACUCAUGUUAUGUGGGGUCCAAUCCACCUAUUGCUUUUUAUUCUGGCAUAGUUGUUAUGCUGCUUUUCCAAGCAGUAAAGUAUGUUAUAUGUAGCACAAAAGUUUGUAUGUUUACUCAGAAGUAACUUCCACUGAGUUCAGUGAGACUUGGGUUUGGUGGAUUGCAGCAGUCCUAAGCACACUUUCUUGGAAGUAAAGCCUGCUGAACUCCAUGGGAUUUACUUCUGAGUAAUCAUGCUCGGAAUCAUUGUGCGUAUCAAGAAAAAAUGUUAUUGUCAUCAGCUGCUAUGAUCUCUGUUGAGGAAGUGUAAUGUUUACUGCAUCCAGUUAAUUAAUUGAUUAAUUGGUAAAAAAACACGACAGUUAAUCGACUAAAAACCUCUAAUUCACUGACAACCAUAAUGUAUUUGGGUUUUUGUUUUUUUUGUUUACAACUGAUUCUUCCUAAGAGGAUCAUGUAAGAAACCUUUGUUAACAGUUCCCCCAGGAAAUGAUAAAUUUUCUCUCUCUUUUUCAUUCUCCUUUUGACACAAUGUGGGGAUUUAAGGAAGAAUAAUGUGAAUUCCUUUUAAACAUUUUUGGAUACUCCGCACCACCACCAAGUGAUCUUCAAUCAAAAUCCCCAUUUGUUUAUGUCAGUAAUGCCAAUUCACACCAACAAAAUUACUCUUAAAUUAAAUAUAUAGUGGCUCAUGGUUUUAGUCAAGCCUGCAAUUCUAUACACACUUACUUGGGAGUAAGCUCCGUUGACCUCAGUGGGACUUACAGCACAGUUCUAUUCAUAUCUACUCAAAAGUAAGUGUAAAUUCUUGCAAGAGACUUUUGCAGUGCUAUUCUGUACAUGUCUACUCAAAAGUGAGUCUCAUUCAGUUUAAAGGGAAGUUAUCCCUAGGAAAGUGUGUGUAUAGGAUCACAGCCUUAAAAUGCACCAUGAAUCCCAUUCAAAUGCUUUUACUGCAACUUUUUUCUUAAUUUACAGAAUAAAUUUUCCCUGAAAUAAAAGUUGCCACUAUUUUAUUGUCUAUCCGAUAUAUUGUGAUAAUCUUCUACUGUUUCUUCUUGCUGAUUAGGAGCCUGUUCAAAAAGCCUACUGAAGUAAACAGAACAGCUCCUUCUAGUUUCGAGAGUUAAUUCUGUGGUCAAAGAUGUAGGGAAGAAGCAGUUCCUCAUGUCUCCGACUCUUUGUUGCCCUUCGUGACAGAUCUUCUGCAAAUAUCAGACUUGUUCUGUUACUUAUGUCAAAGUCACAGUAGUAGUUUCACAUGCACCAUAAGGAACCUCAAUUAAAAUCUCCUGGUUUCAAGAUUCUUGGAUUUCUCUACAUCUAACAGCAAGUUCGGACUACAGUAUUAGAAUUUUCUCUUGAUAAAUUCAGUCAAUCAGAAUGUGGCCUAUGUUGCAGUUUUCUCUUUAUGAAUGAUAAUUCAUACAGAUAGAUUGCUGAUCUCUUCCUUUGUAUCACUUUGUUUGCUUUGAAAUGUAGGUUCCCCCAUUUCUAUUUCCUUGGAAAUGAGUGGUUUCUCCCUUUUUUAAAAUACUAAUCUCAGUCCUGAGCAGUGUAUAACGUGUAAAUUCCAGUUUCUUGUAAAUGGACCAGGGAGCAGAUAAAUUGCACAUCUUUCUGAUCUGUAUAGCUGUAGCCAAAAGGCUAAUUGCACCAUUUACACUUUACCAAUUAUUAUUAUUAUUAUUUUGAAACAAAUAUUCAUAUUGUGAAAAGCAGUCUUUAUACAUCAGGUAACCAGACUGAUUUCAGUGGAACAGAUUUAUACACUGUGUGCAUUGGAUUUAGAUGUACAUCUGUAUAGUUUCUAAGUGCAUACGGCUUAGAAGUAGUAUUAACUAAAAUUAAUACAAUUUGUAUCCAUGUUAUGAAUUGUAUGAUGCAAAUUCUACUGAAGCCAAUAGGAGUUACUUCUUUACACUGAGUGGGACUGGGCCACCUUACAUUUAGUUUUCAAUUAAUCUGAAUGAAAUUUAUGUAUAAUUUAUGUGAAAUUUAUGUAUAGAGGUAUGCUUGACUCCUAAAUACUUGAGCAGAACUAUUUCAGUUACUUCCAAAUAAUGAGUUUAGGAUUUGAAUGGUAAGCUUUUUUAAAAAAAUGGAACAUUGUGGUUAGCGUUUAAACAGCAUUAUAAAUACUGGGGACACAAUAAAAAUACUGUAAAAUUCAGUUUUACAGACCUACUCUGAAAUCAAGGCAAACAUAUAUUCAGAAGAUAAUUACGUACUCAGAUAAUCUUGGAAUGCCUUUUGGAAUAUAGUAGAAUUCAGCAAAUUGUAAAGUUGGGUUUAUAUUACAUCAUGAAUAAUGCUUGUAGCUUAGAUACUGUUCAGAGUAAAUAGCCAAGACAUUUAUAAUAAUUUUAUGACUAUAUGUGCUAGCAAUUCUGGCUACAGAAACUGUUGUCAGUCUUUCUGGAUAUGCAGUUUCAGUAUAAAUAAGGAAAAUGCAUAAAGCAAGGAUAUUCUUUACAUAAGUCAAGCAGAUCACUUGUUUAUUUGUCUUUUAGCAUAGUUUCCACAGGUGGAAUCUACUCUUAGAGCUGGGAAACAAUUGGCAUUUAUGUAGUCUACAUUCCCGCCCCCCAAAUUUUUGUAAUACAGUACUCAUUUUUAUUUCUUGUACAGGAAAGGAGCAAAGAGCCCCCCCAAAAAGCUAUUGAUUCCAGCAUGUAUGCCUAUCUCAUAUUUUUAUGUUUUAUCAGAGGUUCUAAAACCCUCAUGUAUGUGUAAAAGUGAAUGAUGUUACAUAUCUAGUGGCAGAGUGCAGAAGUUUGAGCUUAAAGCUGCCUGGCUGGAGUAAAAAAGAUGCUUUGGCUUCAUUUAAUUGAAGCUGUUCAGUAGACAUGGUGUCUCCAAGAGAGCCAUUAAUAAUCAGGAAGCUGGGAGGAGGUUACACAUCUAAAAGAUUGUCAGCAGGGAACAAAUUAUUCCAGAAUCAAGGGUCUGCUCUGAAAAGUAACUGAAAUCUUGAUCAGUCGUUUCCUAAAUCUUAAGGCUUUCCAACAAGAUCCCCCCCCCCCUCAGAUUCAUACAGUAAAAGAAAUCUUAAAGAGGCUAUAAUGAAAGGUUAAGGGGGGGUUGGUGGGGGGGAGAGAAUGGUUGCAAGUUUAGUUUUGGGGCUAGCCAGCAUGAGUUCAUUCUUUAUAAGGAACAAUCAAUUGGGUUUAUUAUUGAUUUUGCUUAAAGAAGAUUAGUAUAAAUCAAAUGAUAGUGCCAAGCUUUCCCUGACCCAUGAAACCAGGCUCUGUUUUUAUUUGUUUGAAUUCCCUGAAACUCUGUUUAUGUGCUUUUACUGGUUCUUUUAUGUUCUUUUACUAGUUUUAUGUUAUAUUUUUGUUUUAAUGAUAUUGUUUAUUGCUCUUAUGUUGUACCCUGAUUAGAGAUUUUAAAAAAUAUUCAGUGGUUCUUAAAUGCUUUCAAACAAAUACUGUAAAAUUGCAUUCCCGCCCCCCCCCCCCGGAGUCGGCUUCCUUGAAUUUUUACCCCUUUGUAGUGGGAAACAUGUUGUUGAGCUAUUUUCAUAUCUAGGGUGGUGUCCACUCUAGGCUGCAUCUUUCUCAUCUCACAUUUCAAUUACAGUGCAGUCCACAAAACGCUUAAUUUUUGGCAUGUGCUCCUCUGUUUUACACAUACUUACUCAAAAGCAGAUCGUAUUGCUUUCAGAGGUGUAAGGAUUGACGUAACCAACUGGUAUAGUUUAUAGAAGGCAAUGGAACUAAAGCAGGGUUCAAGGAUCCUGGUUUAAUUGAUUUCAGGAUUGUGGUCUGGCAUGUAGUAAUGAUACCACUAGCAAACAAUUGUCCUAGGAACCAGGGCGGGUGCUAUCAUUAGGCCAACUAGGCAGCUGCGUAGAGUACAGACCUCAGAGGAGAGCAGUACUAACCUUGCGGGCACAGUUUUAUACAGAUUAUUUUUUGUUAUAUAACAAAAAAAGGCUAACUUCUAUAUUAAGAAACACAUGGCUUAUAAAAAUGAUAAAAUUAUUCAAAAUAUAAAAAUAAAAUAUCAUAAAUUUAUAUUUUGAAUAAUAUUAUCAUUUUUACAUGACAUCAGUUUUUGAAAACUGAAGUUAGCAGUAUUUUUUUGGUGAUGUAAGCCUGGCACUGGCACUGCUUGGAACAUUUCCAUGUCUCUGUGCUUUUUCAAAUAUAUUUGUCAUACCUGAAACAGGGUUUACCAAAAGCAAUGCAUAUAUGUAGUGAUUAUAUGAUAUUUCCCAAACCCCAUCCUAUAUAAUAUGCUUCCAAAAUAAAAGUAAUGGUCCAUAGUUUGAAUGUGUAUGCGGAUAUUGAGUAGUGAGAAAUUUUAGUUUUACACCUGUAAAACCAUAUCUACUCUAUGAAAUGAAAGGAAAAGGUUAUGAGGAAAAUAGGAAGAAAGCCUAUCUCUUCUUCACAAAACAUUAAAGAAAUGCAUGGAGCCUUAAUGCCACUUUUAUCAGCAUUGGCUUCUGUAGUUUUCUACAGCACUAGGGAAUAUAUCUGCGUGUAUUAACAGGAAUUAUCAUCCUGAUCCAAAAUAAUUUCUGGGUACAAAUAAAAGGAUUUAAGUAAGCUUAAAUUGCAUUGAAGCCAACAGAAUUAAAGUGAUUUCAAGUAUUUCAUCUGAGGAUGGGAUAGGAUUGUAUAUAGGAUUUAUAAUCCUUUUGACCACAGCCAAAUGUCCUGUAUCUCUGUGGGUUGGUUCAUACAUAAUGUUUCUAGUUUGUUAGAGUGGGCGGAAAGCAGUGAGUCUGAACGCCCUUUUUAUCUUCCGCUUUCAUACACCUGGCUGCAGAAGUGACUUCAUGAUUUGUUAAAUCACAGUUCGCUCAGGGUGUCUUGACCAGGAAUUGUGUUUAAGUGCUGCCUGCAGUCCAAGAUUGCAGAACAGUUUUAGUUGCAGGCAGUGCUUAAACUAGAGUUUGUCAGUUUGGAUGCCUUGGGGAAAUGAUAGUUUCGCAAACCAGAAAGUCUCCUCAGCUGGACAUGAAAAGGAAGGAGGAAAGGAGGGAACACUUGAGCUCAUCACUCAUUCCUUCUUCAACUGACCAUAAUUUGUUGCAUCAGCAAUAUUACACCUGAACCUAGCUUUUAGCUGGAAUCCCUAACAUACUCACUUGUAAGUACGUACCACUCCAAGUAGGCCUAAUAGAGUACCAAGUGAUUUUCCUGAAUCUAAAUAACUACGUCAUAGAAUCUUAGAAUUGGAAGGUAACUAGUUGUUUGUGCAAAAGAAUCAUAGAAUUGUAGAGUUGGAAGGGAACACAAGGGUGAUCUAGUGUAUCCCUUGCAAUGCAGGAAUCCUUUGCCCAACGUGGGGCUCAAACCCACAACCCUGAGAUUAAGAGUCUUGUGCUGUACUAGCUUUGGGUUCACAUUUCUCAAACACCACCAUCCAGUGUUUCAUGGCAAACUGCUGUUGAAACCUACGACCUUAAAAAAGUAAUAUGUAUAGAGAUCGGCUGUUCAAAGAAGAAGUCAAAAAUCCCAUUUUGUACACUGCAGUUCACUUCAAUCAGUUUUUGGGCAAAGGUGCUUAACAGCUAGAGGAUAACUGUUUUACUUUGCUGCUUAAUGCUGUAUUCCUUACAGCCUUGCAUUUUUAAAGGAAUCUUCAAAUUAACUAUAAUUUAAUACUGUAUGUAUAUUCUGAUUUACUGUUCAUCUAGAUGGUUGUAAAAAAACCAUGUACCGUAUAUACUUGAGUAUGAGCCGACCCGAAUGUAAGCCGAGGCACCUAAUUUUACUACAAAAAACUGCGAAAACUUAUUAACUCGAGUAUAAGUCUAGGGUGGGAAAUGCUGACAGUGACAAGGCAGCGGUGGAGGAAGGAGCAGCCUGAAAGGGCUGCUUUCGGGCUGCUCGUUCCUCCUCCACCACCAACAACAGCCUCUGCUGCUCACAAGGGCAGGCACAGGAGCCGUGCUUGGCAGAGCGGCGGCGGCACGAGUGGCGGCAGCAAACAGUAAGUGGGACCCUCACUCGAGUAUCAGCCGAGGGGGGUUUUUUCAGCAUAAAAAAUGUGCUGAAAAAGUUGGCUUAUACUCGAGUAUAUACGGUAAUUAAUUAUGAGCCUUUGAACAGUGAUAAAUUAACUUGAGCAGUGAUAAAUUGCACCUAGGUGCCAUAAUAUACGUGUGUAAGUUAUCAAUUGCAGAAAUAAGAGGCUGCAUUUUAGUUAUGUGACUCAUAAUCACAUUGAAUAGGUAGAAACGUUUUGUACUUCUCUGAAAGAGUCUUACACAGUAUACUGUAUUGAAGUUUAUCUAACAUAGGAGGCAAGAAGGCCGUGACAGUCCUGCUGGGUUUAUAACCUGUGGUUUUAGGCUGCUUACUUAUUCCAGAUUUGUGGUUUAGACCACCAAAUCCCUAACCAACUGGUGAAUAUUUUUGUUUUAUUUUUAGCUGCUGGAUGUGUAUGAUGCAGAAUUAUCAAGGGGAAAGUAAUUGCUGUGUAAAUAAUGUAGAACAAGUACUACUUUUUGAAAAUAUUUCUGGAAAAGAGUUGUCUGAAACCUUUAAUUGUGUUACAAUGUACAAAAUGUGCCAAGAACUGUAAUUGAUUCAAAGAGAUUCAUUUUUAUUUUAGUUGCAAAACAUAUUUCUGAGCAUGAACUGUUCUCUUGAAAGUCCAGAACCUUCAUGUAAAGAAUAUGGAAACCAUUAACAUGAAACAGAUUAAAAUGAAAACUUCUGAAGUCCUUUUUAUUCAUAUAAGGGGGAAAAAUAGUAAAUUUUUAAUGUAUCAUAAGGAUGCUAUGCAUUAGUUGCUGUAUGUACAUAACAUUUUCUGGUGUCAGUAAGGAUUAGAAACUUAUUAUAAUAUUGAACUGAAAUUGAAGGGGCUGAUAAUGGCACUAUAAGUGGGGCGUGCACAUGGGGAACGAGCUCUGCUUGCACUACAAGACUUGUUCCUCACUCUCCUCCCCAUGUGUGCCCCCGAAACCUGUUAUAGGGGUUCCCUGAGCCCUCCAGGGCAGGUUUAGGGAGUGCAGGAAGAAACUCCCAUUGCAUGAGCAGGUCUCAUUCCAUGCACACAGCUUAGUAGACUCCCACCCUGAAAUAUGAAUGGCCAAAGGUGCAGUUUCAUGAAUAGCUUGCCAUUCAUAAAGUUGGCAUAAACAAAACAUGCAUUUACAUUUUACUGUGGAAACGAGUAAACAUUUCUUCAGAAAUAAUUGUGUGAAAAUUAUUUGACUAAAAGCCUUAAGUGAAAGCAUGGCUAGCGAAAACUUGGGAGAUUCGUAUUUCUAUACCCUACCACAGUCACUACACAUCUUAUUUUCAUGAUAAUUUCAAUUAGUCAUCAUCGGUUUACUUUGUGCGCUACUUUUCCCACAGAAGACUGUGCCCAAAGUACCAUAUUUUUCUGUGUAUAAGACUAAAAAAGUCCAAAAUUUUGGGGCGUCUUAUACACGGCUAGAUCUCCCCCCAUUUUCUUAAAUCAGAGUCCCCAAAAAUAGGGGGUGUCUUAAAAAUGGGGGUGUCUUAUAGACAGAAAAAUACAGGAUCUUACUUAGAAUACAUAAGAAGCAAACAAAUAAUGAAAACAGAAGCAGAUAGUAAAAUAUAAAUGUUGGCAUAUCAAGACAGUUUACUGUGUGUCAUAUCAGGACAAGAGUACAGCAACAACAUAUCAAACAUAUUAAAUGCAAUAACACUUCCCAUAUCAACAACAUAUUUGAAUAUUUAUGCGAAAGGAUGCAGUGUAAUCCAACACCCCCACAAUAUGGAUUGCUGAGGGGAUGUGUUGAAUGGCAUGUAUUUGCUUUCUCACAAGCCUUCAGUGGUGGCAGGACUGGCACCAGUUGGAGUGGUGGAGGCACCCGCAGUGCCCAUUCAGGUGAAAGCUACAAUUUGUGGUCUCCUCAAUGGCAGUAGCCAGUAGAAAACCCUAAAAUGACAUGUUUCAGUGUAGUGGCAGGGCACCAGUGGGUUUAGAUCUGGAUCCAAAGUCAUCGAGAUCCCUCAAGGGGCUGGGUCCUCAGCACCCUCAGGUACACCAGCCUGGAGCUGGUGUAGCGAAAUAUGAAGAAAAUAAACAAAUGUCCCCAACCUUCUACUUUUGUUGGCGUGGUCCAGCAUGCGUUUGAAUGGUGGGUCCACUGUUUGCUCCAGUUAGGAUUGCUCUGUCCAUGAGCUGAUAAUAAGACAACAAAACGUAGCAAAUCCUAACAAACGUUUGAAAACAUGUAAAAAUAAUGCUUUUAAAGCAUUUUAAACUAAUUUUAACUGAUAAUUCAUUUAUUUUUUAAAAAAGGAUAAAAAUAAAGUUUCAAACAUAAAUGGAUGAAUACAUAGCCUAUAAAAAACGCAGUGCUUAUGUUAUCGAAGUCAUCUGUAGAAAACGUAGCUAGAAAUUGCCAAGCUGAAGGACAGUCCAGUGACUUCAGGAUAAUGCAGUUUAUGCAGAUAAAGGGAAAUAGAAUAUGUAUGUUAGAUAUGGAAGCAGUGAUGAAGCAAAGUAAAAAAGGGUGCUUUAAACAGUUGUAGUAAAAAGUAGCACAAAAUACUGCCAUCACCAGAGAGCCAGUCCACAAGUAUGAGAAUAGCAGUGGGAGGGAAGAUCAGGAGGAACAACUGCUGGAGGGGGCCAGAGGUUGCUUCAACUCAGUAUCCAUGGCCUGACUCAUCCUUUUGCCUAAUGGCAGGGCUGGCCCUGUGUAUAUUGAAGUCUUGGUCAUUGUGAGCAACUGAACAGAACAGAAAAGUACCUUAAAGUGGCCAGAAUGUGAACCUAAGCCAACUCUUUAAAAAAAUAGCUUUAAAAGCCUAUGAAUGCAUGUGAAUGUGUUCAGGCUUCACUUGAAUGAACCUUCUGUACACCUUCUAAUGUCCCAAAUAGGUUUACCUUGGGAACAUGAUGCUGCUUAUGCAUAUAUGUAUUAUAACGGUGGUUGAGAUAUGAAAGAUGAGCAUACAACAAGAGUAUGUUUAUAUGUUCCUAUUUUAAAAAAUGGUGGAUUAAUCCACAUAUCUCAGCCAUGAGAUCUGAUGAAAGUAGCCUAGCUGUGACAAACUAAUUCCUUUUUGUUUUUUGUCUUUGCUCUAUAGGAUGUGACAUGUGUGCAGAUAAUCGUAAUGGAGAGUGCCCCAUGCAUGGCCCUUUGCACUCUUUACGCCGUCUGGUGGGCACUAGUAGUGCAGCUGCCGCCGCCCCUCCACCUGAGAUUCCUGAGUGGCUUCGGGAUCUGCCCCGGGAAGUGUGUCUGUGCACCAGCACUGUGCCUGGUUUGGCCUAUGGCAUCUGUGCUGCUCAAAGGAUUCAGCAGGGCACCUGGAUCGGGCCUUUCCAGGGAGUUCUCCUUCUGCCAGAAAAGGUGCAAGCAGGAGCCACCAGGAACACCCAACACCUCUGGGAAGUAAGUCACAGUUCAAAGCAUUUUGUUUUUUAAUGUCUGAUAAUGCAUUCAAUAUUUGUUUCAUGAGAUUUUCAAAAGAGCUUUUUUUCCACUAUCAAAAGCUCCCGCUAUAGAUUUGAAAAUAUAUGCUGUAUAUAUAGCAAUGCAGGCAUAUAAAUGUUCCUCACAUCUUUUCUGUUUGGAUAUGUUAUUAGUAGCAAGAAGCUGCAACUUCCAGUAUAUAUAUUUUUAAUAAUACAGACUCUUACAGAUGUUGAGAAAGCUGUACAAUAAUAUUGUUUUUAGUUCUGCAGAACAACUGGAAGUAAGUUUAGCUGAAAUUAGUAGGACUCCAAAGCAAAUACAGUUAUAGGGAUAACAAUCCCUUAAAUCUUAAAAGUCAUAAUUUUUGAAGAGUUUUGCAAAUUAUUUUGUUAUUGGGCUGCUUUUUACUUCUGACAUAGUGUGAACCAUCUGCAGCUAAUUCAAAAAGUGAAAAAGAGAGCAUUUUUUCUAUUAGCUUCUGUAUUAGCUGCCAAAGCAGGUACUAAUCCUCUGUUGUUCGAUGAAAGAAAAGUCAGCUUAGUUUAUAAUCCUGUUUUAAAUAACAAAGGGUUUUACAGGGCCUUUUAAAAAUGUAACAUUUCUAGCUUUGUAAACUAUAAAGCUGCGAAUCAGGCCAACUCUUUCUUCCCCACCUCUCUAAUAUGCUGAUUAUGGUGUUGGAUUCCUGGGCUUUUAAAACCACAGUUUCCUGCUUCAUUCCAAACAGAUAACUGUGUAUUAAUGUUGGUUUAUUAAGCAGCACAGGAUCUUAAACCAUGUUUUUAUCCUGAUUAGUAAACCAACAUAAAACUACAGAUCCCCCAUUACUUUUGAAAUGGAGAACCGUGGUUUAAAGAGCCUCUUGGAAAGCACACACCUAGUACCCUAAUCAGUUGACUGGUGCAGAAAGCAUGUCUUCAAAGAAAGUUGCUGUAACCAUUGAUCAGCUGAUCGGCUGUUACAGCCACUGCCUAUGAACUUUCAUUGGUGUCAAACACUUGAUGUUAUUAUCCCAUCUGUUGAUUGACAGGUCAGUGAUCUGCCCACCUGUUAAGUUGACCCACAAGGAGUGAGGAAGGAUCUGGUGAGCCAUCUAAACCGAGUUCCCCACUUCUGCUGUUGCUGAUCUGAAAGCUACUCAGUUAUCUUAGGUGCUCACUAAGUGACAGAAAGUGUUGGGCCAUGGUUCCCCACGGGGGGUUACCUCCCCCCCCCCAAGGGGGCAAUUUGAUUUUUAAGGGGGCAAUUUGGGAACGAGUUAUUAACAGUUAAGCCUUUUAGGCUUCCUCCACGUGAAUAGGAGUUCACUUUUUGAGUAAUAAGAAUUAUAUGUCACGGGGGGAGGGGUGGAUCAGGAUUUUAGAGAUGCUUAGGUGGAGCAUGGCCAAAAAAAGGUUGGGAUCCACUGGUGUAGGGGAAAAGACCUAUGCACAGGGAACACUCCUGAUUUGUCUUCACACAUGUCACAUCUUACGAAGUGCUAAGUACAGAAGCAAAUAGGGAAGCAAAUAGGAAGCCAUUGUAGCAAUUAAAAGAGGAGUCUCAUGAUCUGAAUUAAAAGAGUUGAAUUUUUAAAACUGAGUAGGCUGAGGUGUGACAACAAAAUUAGAGAGACAAUUGCAGUACUAAAGGCCAGGCAGUUUACCAAGGGGGAGGGGGUAUAAGAGGAACAGCUGUAUUUUCACAAUGUGGUAUAGAAAGAAUCACAUGACUUCAAAAUGGACUGUACGUAGCAAAGAAGAGGAGACAAUCAAAGAUAAAUUCAAAGCUUUGUGCCUGAUUUACAAGAUGGAUUUUGAAGAGGGCCAAUGAAUGUAGAGAGCAGGGGAAGAGAGGAAGAAUUGGGAAGAAAAAUGAAGAGUUUGUUCUUAAAUGUACUAAGUUUGAGAUGCCAAUGCAAGAAAUAUUAGGCAGGCAGUUGAUGUAUUGGAUGGAAAGAGAAUGUUCUCAGUCAGAGAAAUGGAACUAGAUACCAUCAGCAUAAAACACAAGAUUUUUGUGUGUAGAGAGAAUAGUAAAGAGCCAAUAAUAGGUCCCUGAAGCCCCACAACAGAGAAGAGGAAAGCAGAGGGAAAAGGUGCCCAGGGUUGAAAUACUGAAUGAGUGAUGUUGGAAAAGCAGUCGAUGAGAACAGAAUCGUGGACACCAAGGUAUAAAGGGAGUUAACCAGGAUAGAAACAGCGGAAGGUAGUCAAGCAGGAUGAAUAUAGUUUCAGUGCAGUGCAGAUUAUGGAAGCCAGAUUGUAGUGGGUCUAAAGAGGAUUUUGAGAAAAUACAGGGGAAACAGUCUGAGUUUGUGGCAGUGGUUUGGAGGCAAAUGGUAGGAGUGAAAUUCUAGAGUAUAUGAAGGGACAGAAUAGGUCAAAGGCUGUAUUUUAAAAAUGAGGGUCAUUAUUGCAAUACAGUACAUGUAGAAGAGACCAGAGGGGAGAAAAUGGCAGCCCAGUUGUAUUUACGCUAUACAAACUGCUCUGUAGCAAAAUCCGUUAAGAUUCUCAGAAUGAGGAUGUUCAACAUAAUUGGCGCACUAAAUGCGCAGCCAUCUUCCUAAUCAUAGUGCUGUUUAUGCGCUCUGAAAAUGCUGAUUCUGAAUGGUCCCAUAGUAGUUUCCAGCAUGAAUAAAAAACAUUGAAGGACCAUUGCAAAGACAAUUAAACACCAGUCCAGAUGUGGUGCUCUUUUAUUUGCUUUGCUUUGGCAAACAUCUGGAUUAUUGCAUUUGAUGUAUAGUUGGACACUUUGGACAUAUUUUUUGGCAUGCUUGUGUUAGAGCUCCUGCCACACAUUCAGUGUUUGCUUUGUAUGUAAUCCAUACAGUUCAAUGUAUAGCAGUUUGAAGUAAAUUAAACACCAUUCCAUUACCUCACGACAUGGCCUGACACCUAUGGGUGUUCAUUGGGAAAUUAUACAGUUCUUUAUCAAUCAGCCAAGUCCUUUUUAUAGCUUACAGAAAAGAUCAUCUCUUUUGAAAGCCAAAAAUAUGAAUCAUUUUACUUGUGACUCCUUUAAUUUUUCCUUUGGCCAUUUUUUUAAACCAAUGCAGAAUUUGCUUGUGUGUUAUGAAAAUACAAUAAACACUGAUUUAUUUAAAGCAAAAAAAUAUUGCUGGGUUUAGCAAGUAAACACUGUUCUUUCUAAGACAUAAAUUGAUUCCAUCCGAAUUCAAUAAUAUUUCUAGAGUUUGUUCAUUCCGAGUUAAUGAAAACAAUUCUUUCCUAACCUUGUUGCAAAGAAAGUAACCCUUUUAAAAAAGAAAUUGGGGCUUAUUGAUGAGAAUGAGAUAAUUUUCUCUUAAUGUGUUUUCUAAUAAAGAAGUGAAACUGCACUCGCUUCCAACAUAUAUGAAAAGAUUAUCUCAGUUAUUAAUGUGUCUUUAUUCCCAGGAGAAAAAUUAAUCUAGUUGCGUAAGGUUUCCACUUUCUGUUUAACAUCAAAUUGUAAUAAGACUAGACUUAAGGAAUGCAUAGAGGCCACACUUUAAAUUCCAUUGGAAUAUAAUGCAGACAUUUUAAAGGCUUGAAUGUUCUUGUUAUUGAAGUUUUUCAGACUUUAAGAUUUUAGUAAAAUAAAGGUCUGGAAAGCUGUGGACGGCAAUUUGCCCCCCCCCCCCCCAGCAUUGAGGUAGGGAAUUGUAACUGUUUAGAGCACAGAGAGGGAAAUGUUUGCUGAAGUUCCAUUGACAGAUCUAUGGAAGCAUAAGAUUCUAUUGACUCUUAAUUUUUAUGGUCAUAAAUUGUUCACCUAAGUCUUUGUGCACCAGAAAUUAGUUAACGCUUUCCCUCUCUGUGAGAUAUUUAAGAAUAUCUUGUCGUGUGUGGCACUUUAUUAGAUUGCAAGUUUGCAGUCAAGAUCUACGUUAUAUUUAGUCUUUGUACAGCUCCCAGGAAACUUGUUAUAGUAGUAGUAGUUUUAGUAAUUAUAACAACAGCAGCAAUAAUUUGGAACGUUGGAAGAGUUUAUUUUCCGAUAUGUUCUUUAAAAAGAUUAUAUAGUAUGUUUAGUCACCUAAAAAAAGUAGAUGCCUUUACAUGGCUGUCUCAGAUUUUAUAGCUUGGAUCCACAGAUAGCUUGACUUACGUGAAAGUACACCUCCGCUUGUGUAAGGCAGCUUCACUGAAUUAUCCAGUUUCCUAGUUGCACUUCAUUCCCAUGCAUCCCAUUAAAUGUAAUUCCAAAGUGUCCCUUAACUCAGGAGGUGGGUGGGGCAGCCAGGAAAGCUCUGCUGUGUGAGUAGAGUUCCACUUGUCUGUCUCUGGGUCCAACCAAAUGGAAAUUAAAUCAAUGGAAUUGUGUUUAAGAUCUUAACCUGGCACUUGGAAUCUAAGAUUCAGGGGGAGCUCUCAUUAUUCCUGAGACAAUUAGUUGUGCUUAAUUCCUGCUGAAAUCCGUGAAGCUAGUUUUCACAACUAACAAAUCUUUUCAAUUUCAAAGGCACUUAAAUACUAUUAAAGUCCUAUCCAACAACUAUGGGGGGGAAAGAGACACAGAUAACAUUUUAAGCACAUCAGUAGUAGCAUGAACACCAAUUUGUGCUCUCAUUAUCUCCACUACACUUAAAAUAUAUACAUAUUUUAUUUUUUAUAUAUUACAUUAAUAUCCUACCUUUCUCUUUCUCCCCAUUUUAUCCUCACAACAACCCUAUGUGGUGGGCCAGGCUGAAAGACUUAUGACAGUCCCAGGGUCACCCAGUGAGCUUCAUGGCUGAGCAGCUUUUACAUCCACAUUCUAUACAUGUGAAUAUUAAGAGAAGUUGCCUUAUUUUGAUCUGGGUGCAUCGCUCACUUAAUGAGUGAAAGCAGUUGAUCAGCUGAGGGCAGGGGUCAUAAAUAGACAUUUAAAUCCUAGGGAGCCUACACAUUUGACUGUACUGUAAUUAAAAUGGCCAAGGGUCCAUUUACACGAGACAUUUGGAAUCUGCUUAUGGGAAAUUUGAGGGUACAUUUCUCAUGGAGACAAAAAAGAGCUACAAUCUUUACCUUUUUUCCCCUAGUAAGGAGCAAGUUCCAGUUGUACUGAUAGAUUUGCCUCAGGAUUCCCUAAGCUACAUUUAAGUCUAGGUUUUUGAUGCAGGAAAGCACAAGGGGAUAAAAUUAUGUGCAAACCAUAGCUUUAUUAAGAUGAAAAUUAUGUUUCUCAGCAAUCCAUCAUCUAGAAUUCUAGACUGCUUGUCAGCUCUGUUUCAAAUAUGUCAUGUUCAUGAAAUUCAAAUAUUUUUGCCCUGAAAAUAAACCUUAGUAAUGUUAUCAUUACAGUUCUCAAUAUGGAGAGUAAAAGAGCUAUACUUUAUGCCUAAUAUAGUGGGAAAAUAUAGUCUUACACGAGACUCCUCUUUUAUUACAUUUUUUUUAAAAAUGUCUGAGUAUUUUGGACUUUUAUGUAGAUUGUAAAACUGAUUCUGCUAGAAACAUUUCUGUUCUCUAACUUGUUGGGAAAUUAGUUAGAGUUGGGAUGCAAAUUUGGUCUAAUCUAUAGUCUUAACACUGUCUACUCAGAAGUAAGUCUCACAGAAUUCAGUGGGGUUUAGUCCCAAGAAAAUGCAUAUAGGAUUUCAGCUAAAGUACCAUUUCCCGUUCAACAUCUCUGCAGGAAAGUAAGUGUAGAAGUAAAUUUCUGUAACGCGGUUUGCUCCACAACCAUUUUAGGGAUUGUUGGAAUUCUGUUGACUAGCUACGAUGAGUAUUGUAGUUCUCUUGCUUAUCUGCUACUAAAUGAACCCUAUCUUAUUAAUAGUGCAGUUUUAUGCAUGUUUACUCAGAAGUAACUCUUACUGGCUUGGAUCCUAAGUUGCUGCUUGGUUCAUGUAAAGGAGGAUGUGAUUUUUACCAACAACCCUCCAUUGUCAGUCCUGCGUCCCACAUUCCACAUCAUUUUUCAUUGAUCUGUAUCACCAAGGAGCAGUUGUUUUGGGGCACAAGGGACUGCAGAGGGGAGAGGGAAGGUCCUGCUCCAUCUAAGUAAACGGUUCAAUUUGUGUAGGGAAAGCUAGACUGCAAGCCAAUGUGUUGAAUGGGACUUGCAGUUCCCAAGUAAGCCUGUAAAGGAUUGCCUGCUUCACUUGUUUGUGUAUGUUUGUUUGUUGUUAGCAUGCAGUUUGAGUUAACCAUAUUUCUGGUUCUAGUCCAGAAAUAUACAUGUAUCCAUGAACAGCGCAUUACUUUGUGCAUACACCUGCACACACCCAGUUACUUAAAAGAUGCUUGACACUGUCAACUGUACCAACAAUGGUCACUCGUUUCAGAGGAAUGGACCGCCCCACUCCUGUUACCAGAGAUCAGCUUUGAGAAAGUUUACUGCACCAGCCAUAUGCUCAGUACUCCAUGUGCAGGGUCCAGUCCAGUUUGCUGCAACAUAUGGACCACCUUUGUUUGGAUAAAAUGUGUGUAUAAGAGAAUUCUAUUUAAUUAAGCUUAAUGUUGAAUUUAAAUGAAAAAGAAAACAUUGAUACAUAAAUUUAUAUUUAUGUUUUAAUCGGAUUUUAAUGUGAUUUAAAAUAUAAGGUAUUUUAUUUGAAAUAAGUAAAGUUAUUUUCAGAGAUAAUGCACUGCCUCUGUAUCUGAAAGAGACAGUACUAAUUUAUAUUCACUUUAUUUUUAUUUCAGUUUCAUCUCUAUCAAACAUCUAGUUGCACUCUUUUAACAUUUGAAAUAUAUAAUACAACUGUGGAGCGCUUUCAGUUUUCAUUCUAACAAAUGGGUGAUCUUGCAUCAGUCAUGUAAACAGAAGCAAGAUUGAGCCUCCCCUAAAAUCUAUUUCCAAAAUAAAUAAUUUAUUUCUUCAUUGAAAUCCCAUUUUCGAACAAGCAUGUUUUACUUAUAUGGGUACUGCAAUGCUAAUAUACAAUUCUGUAUAUUAUACAGUGGGACAUCGGGUUAAGAACUUAAUUCAUUCUGGAGGUCCGUUCUUAACCUGAAACUGUUCUUAUCCUGAGGUACCACUUUAGCUAAUGGGGCCUCCCGCUGCCGCCGCACAAUUUCUGUUCUCAUCUUGAAGCAAAGUUCUUAACCCGAGGUACUAUUUCUGGGUUAGUGGAGUCUGUAACCCGAGGUACCACUGUAUAGGUAAACUGUCAUCCCAAAAUUAUUAUCAGUAUUUCAGCAGCCCAUGACUGCUCUCAUUUAUAUACAAUUCUCUUUUUGGCAUAUCUCUUUUAAGGUCUUGAAACAAUGUUGUUCUGUAAAAUAUUAUUGCUCAUAAAUAUGAGUCUUUAUACUGAAUAAAACCUGGCUUCAAAAGCUUAGAAUUAUCCCCCCACACCCAAAUACCUCAUUGAAUUAUUUUGAUUUCAUCUGAAAGAAUAAGGCGGCACUUUAAUAAGAUGUAUUAAUGCCUAAAAUAGAGUGCACAUCUGAUGUCAGUAUGAUAUUGAUGCGAUAUGCUGAUAAAAACCUGAUUAUUGUGCUGAAAUGCCAUAUAAAACCUGCCAUGCUGGAAACAUUUCAGAGAGUUUCCUUGAUCAUUUGUUAUCCACUUUUACAUCGUGGGAUUUUAUGGCCUGCAGAUAUUUCUUGCGUGGUGAAUUUGAAUGCAUAUGCUCUUGAAGAACAACUUACGCACACACACGUGUGCACACACAGAAAUAUAGUCCAAUAUUUGCUUUGCUUCUAAGCCAAUGCCACCUCCCAUCCCCCCGAUAAGUUACAGAAUUCCAUUAUCCAAAUUGUUACACAUGUGUGACAGAGGUUGACCUUUAGUCAUGUCAAUCCUUUUUGUGUAGGCCUCAGGCUCCAGCUUAAUAGCUCAAAGCCUGAUUUACUCACUGUAAUAGGGGCAGAAGGUCGAGCAAUUGUCAGCCUGCCUGCUCAUACCCUUCUCAGAGCCUGGUUGAAGGCUGUUAACACAAAGCUUUUCAAAGUGAAUUUACAACCACCACCACUGACAGAGGCCAAUCAGUACACCAUAAAUGUCAGGUUAGUGAGAUUGAGCAGUAAGUAAAGUACUGACAGCCCACCAUUGGCUGAAAUCAAUUGCUUAAGAUUUAACUGAGAAUAGCAAUCUACGUAUAACCAUGUCUAAAUAUGUAGUGAGAGUUCCAUAGCAGAUUUACAUAUUGGCAACACAAAGGGUACCACUAGCUGUAACCUACAUUAAAGUAUUUCUCUUAUUUCAAGGGAAAUUUUCUCAUUCCAUGGUAUUGCAGCUUUGCAGAACAUAAAAUGUGGGUGCCAGAAUAUAUCAGAUCCGUAGGACAAAUGCCAUAGUGUAGCUCCACGGUGCCUCUUAGAUUUUUGUAUUUUUAUCUAGAAACCCUGUUUACUGCACUGAGCUUUUAUAAUAGCACCAUCACCUGUUUGUGAUGGGGAAACAGUUCAUAGCUUGGCUGUUAUAUUUCCUCCCUGUACUCCUUCCACUUUUUCUUCUCCUCCUAAUUUAGUACAUGGCUGAAGAAGGGUGAAGGAAAACAGAUACAGCACUGCCAGAGAAAAUAUAUGAUGGUUUUUAUCUUGCAUCAGUAAAGCUUAAUAAUUUUCAUCUAUUAAGUGAUACACUCAAAGCCUGUAAUUUGAUUCACUGAUUUGGUCUAAGCUUCAUUUGGAAGGAAACUGUGACUCUUCAUCCUGCUAUUCUGUAAUGGAAGACUAUCAUGAAAGUCACUAAUGAGUGAUUACAUUCUGAGGGUUUGAAUAUCCAUGAGAUGUAGUAACUAACAAGACUGAAUGUUUUUAUCAUUUUGUGCAAUGACAGCUUGGACAACAAUUCAUUUAGCUUUGAUGGCAUCAGCAUUAAAAUGUAAGAAUCCAUUAAAAUGCUGUAUGCAAGGAUUUAUAAAUUAGGCAAUUUCCUUGAUUAUUGCAACCAUUUACAAAAUUGAUUGUCCCAGUGUGGCAUAGGCAGAUUCCAACAAUGAUCAUUGACAAGAGGCAUGUACUUGAAUAUCUAUAUUCAUUGUUCACUAAAAUAGGAUGCCUCUCUACUAUUGCACUUCUCUCCAUCUCAAGGUCAAUCAUGCACUGAAAUAAGUCUCUUAAUGUAAGAGAUCACACAUCUUUAAAGAAGGCUCACAUGCUAUUUAUAGACUAGUCAAGAUAGCUAGAAAGCUUUUUUUCUUUCACCCUUAAUUUGCUUGCUUACAGUCUUAGACAUUCAAUACCAUCUGUACUGAAUAUUCUCUUUGCAGUCUGUUAUUGAGAGGUAAAUAAUUUUUGUAAAUUGCAGUAGUAAAUAUUUAUUUGAUUAAAGAUAUAAAAGUCAAUAAAGUGUUUUAUUUGUUUCUUCCUAAAGUUCUAAUUAACCAAUAGAUAUACUGUAUGGUAACUUGAUCUCAGUCAAUUUUUCCCGAGAAGACAUAAUAAGGAUGUUAUGUCACAAAGUGAAUACGUUCUUGAGUUAAGUUCCCUAUUUCAGAACCAGUAAAAUAAAUCAUCUAACUACAUAGGCAUUAACCACAAAACCACAAUUUUCCUUCAAAUAUGAAAAAUCAGAUGUGUGCAUAAUAAUAUUUUUUGGGGGAAACAGUUUUAAAAUAUCAAACAUAAAGUCAGGCUUUUUCUGAAAAAAAUAAAAUUAUUUUAAGACACAUGUGGCAGGCAGUAAAUGAAUAUGAGCCAGACUCCAAUCACCUUAUGGUCAUGAUAUGGACUACUGUUGCAGCUGUGGUUUAAGCAACAUUCUUGUACAGGAUGAUGCUACAAUCUGGAAUGGGCGCUUACCCAGUCUCCAGGUGAGCGGCAGUUGUGGCCCGUUGUGGCAGUCCCUCGGCUCCACAGAGCAAAAGACCUUCCCAUCACGUGACCAGCAUUUGGGGAAUCCCCCCAGCUGGCCACAAGGGAGGGUGGGGUAGCCCACUAUCUGCUUGGUUGCAAACUGGCUAAUCAAGUGGCUAGAGGGCCUGGCUAUAAAGGACAGCUGCACCCAAACUAAUAACAGGUCAGGAUGAAAUGGUUCAUCACCCCUAACUCAAACAGGUACGAUCCCAAGGUACCCCAUUAGAGGGAUCUAUUGGGAAGACUCUAACCAGAAGCAAAGUGUGAGGGCCAACAGGCCAUAGAAUUUCUGGCAGUGGCUUCAGGGGGCCACCGAGGCAGACCCGUGUCUUGAGGAGGUCCCCUAAUCCCUUGAGAUGUUCCUGAACUCCUGACUCCCAUUGUGCUGGACCAUUGGCCAUGCUUAGCUGUGGCUGAUGGGAGUUGUAGUCAGUCAACAUCAGAAGGGUCACAGGUUCCCCACUCUGGAUCUAGAGAGAGAUCCUUUCAGGAUAUGGAGAUGAAUUUUUCUGCACUGCUUGAGCCACCUUAGCUUGUUUUUUUGACACUUCUCAUGUGCUUAAUUUUCAAAAUCUGUGACUUGCUGGUGAAAUUGGUAGAGCAUUGAGCUUUAGUACUCUCUUUAUCUUUUUACAAGUUUCACAUUGCUUAAUGCAUUGCUCUUGAAAACACUGUAUCUAAGGCGGCUUAAAUAUAUUGCAAAAAACGUUUCACUAAAGUUUGUGCAUGCAAAUAGUGUGCUUCAAAGGAAACACGUUAUUUUGUCCAAAUUUUACUUUUAAACAUCCCCCUUCUCUCCCUAAUGCUGAUGAAAUCUUUAACCAGUGUCAUGACAGCACAUAACAUAAGGCCUCAAUUUUUUAAAAAGUUCACCAUUUUAGCAGUUAAUUCAAUUUGAAUUAUGUCACCUUCAGAAGAAUGACUCAUGCAGGUAUUAUCAAAUUUGUAUUUUAAAGAAUGAUGGAUGAGAGCUAAUUCUCUAAACAUGGUUUUGAUAAUGUUGAAAAGUUUUCAUAACAGGAAGGUUGUUAUAUAUCUUGGCCACAUCUUGUGUUCAUCUCCAACAAACCAGGUUCAGAAUAGCAGAUGAUAUUUAAUUAGCCACUUAGAAUGUUUGCUAAGAUAUUGGGCCCUCUAAAGUGAUUUUUUUUAAAAGAUGGAAAUGCAUAUAAAAUGCUCCAGCUAUGUGUAAAUGGUAAUUAAAAAUUACUGCACAAUAAAGAAGAUUAAUUUGUAUUUCAGCUUCUUUUUUUUAAAAACAGAAAUAACAUACGAAAGAGGCAAUUCUGAUCUGAGUACAUAACUUCUGAUCAAAGAAGGUCCACUUGGUUGUCUCAGUCCUGAAUAUUUCAUACAGGCGAAGCUUCUGUGUUCACAUGGAAUAACCCCAUCAGAUGUUAAUGGAGAAACAGAUCCAGGUUUACAUUAUUUAGGGAGGUCAUGCGCAGAAGUCUCUGACUCUGGUGUUUAGAAUCAGGCUGUGAAGCUUCAGCUUCUGGAAGCAUCAUAACUCUCUGUGUGCUUUUUUACCCAUGACUCUCUUUCUGUAAGUGCUACCCACAUGAGUGUCACAAAAAGAUAUAUACUGUCAUAUCAGAUAGAAAUUGAGUAACUUAAGUUCUGUUACCAGAUAAGGGUUGACACUAUUGCUUUCGUGCUUUCCAGUCUUAAAUGUAUUGUCCAAACCUGAUCCAGAGAUAUUGUGUGUUUUUCUGAAUAUAUGGUCCUGUAGUAUAUAUGCAUCUGUGGCUUUCAUGUACCUUGUUCAGUCUAAGAGCAAUUCCAUGUGCACAUUCUUCCUCCAUUAGAGUGAAUGGAGAAGCUGUUGUGACCAAAGGAGCUAUCCUAAAGUUUGUCCUACUCCUCUUCAUAUGAAUCAUUUGCAGAACGUGGAGAUAAUUACGUUUGGGAUAGAGAUUUCAUGUUGCAGUUUGUUUAGUAUAUUUGAGCAUAGAUUGUUCCUGCCAUUAAAAUUGAUCUUCUUUUAACACAAAGUUUAGGGGUAGAACUUUUUUUUAACUGGGAUUUAUUGGCAUACAUAAUGCACCUCCCAAACACAUUGCUCACCAAUAUAGAGUUCCCCCCUCCCCUGUUCUUCAGUCUUUCUAUUUCCAUUUCCUGAAACUUGGGAACAGUUCAGUUGAAACCAAUGAGAUUUGCUUCAAAUAACGUAGUACAGACCUGGGGGUACACCUCUGUUGGAAUUUUAAUGAUCCUCUUUUAAUUUUUGUUUUCCAUUUUGUACCUCUUUAUUUUCCUACCAUUGCUUUUAAAGCAAGCAAUGAUGCCCCCAUUAUUAUGUUAAUUCUACUGUUGUAGCUGUAAAUUGGGUUGCAAUUUUUAGUAGUUUGAGUGGUACUAGGAAUAGUUGAAGUCUUUAACAUUUGCACAUGCAGUCAUAAAAGUGUCUGCUUCUUCUUCAGCCAUGCAGGUAUGGCUAUAAGACUAAUUAUGGCACCAGGCCAGGUGGAAUUACAUUUGCUGCAUGGCAGAUCUACCAAAGUCAGUGGGAGUUUUAGUAUACAGCAGGUGAUUGACUUGUUCAAUAACCAUAAGAGAAUUCAUGGUUAUCCGAUACGCAACACAGUUUUGUAUUUUGUCCAAUAGAUGGCAGUGACCCGUGUGCACAUAUGCCUGAACUCACCCACAUAUGGUCAAGUUGCCAUUUAAAUUUGAUAAAUCCAUAUGAUUAAUGAAUGCUGGAAAUUGGAUACUGUGUCAAGAAAUUGAUUCCCAAAGUCCUAGUAACCACACUGUUUAAAACAAUCAAUGGCAGUACCAGCUUCUGAUCAAUAGGAUUAUCUUUCUCCGCUGCACAUGAAAGAUAUAAAUAGUAUAUGGAUAUGGCCUGAUCUUAUAUAGAACCAGUGCCCCUUUCCUUGUGCUGAGCCUUUAGCUAUUUCCAUUGACUUCUGCUAGGCUCUUCAUAGUAACUUACAUACAUUGUGCAGUUCUUAAGAUUUAGAUAUUAAUUCAGAUUCUCACAGAGCUUUAUAUUACCACUGAAAAGCAGAAGUGCAUUGCAUUGAACAGUGCAUAUAUUGGGAAACAAUAAAACCAAAAACUAUGCAAGGUCUGCAUAGGCUGCCAUUCUGUAUCCACUUCCCUGUGAGCAAGCACCAUUGAAUUCACUGGAUCUUACUUCUGAGUAGGCAUGUAUAUGCUUGUGCUGUUAAGUGGGGAAGGGCCAUGGCUCAGUGGUAGAACAUCUACUUUGCAUGCAGAAGACUCCAGGUUCAAUCCCUGGCAUGUCCAAAUCGGGCUGAGAGAGAUGCCUGCCUAAAAUCUGCCCAUCAGUCAGCCAUACUGAGCUAGGUGGCCCAUCAGCUAUGCAAGAGCACAUUCAUCAACUGUGCCAUCUCUGCCACACCUCCGGCUCUUGCGAACCAGAGGAACAGAAGGACUUGGUUGACCAGGUGUUCCCCAUUUCCAAGUACCUGGCACACGUAAAUGUAGUGUUGCCUGUUAAUUUUUUUUUUGUAAUUUUCUAAGACUUUAUUCAAAAGAUAACAUGCCCAUCCACACAUUUAUGUUGCAUUUGAUACUAGUAAUUUACAGCAGCUAAUUAGGAAAAAUACUAUUUUAUUCUUAGUUCCUUCAAAACAGAGGCAACAUAUUUUGAUAUGUGAACAACUCACUGUAUUAUGUACAAAUCUGAAUAAUGUCUCACUUGUGGUUUACUUGGCAGAGCACUGAGAAAGGAAGACAAGACUUGGAAGCCUGUUUUGGCUUCAGUUUUGUUUUGACUUAACUGUGUCAGUUUCCCAGUAUCCUAAUUGUAUUUUACUGAGAAGGAGCUUACAGUUUUAUGAAGGGCUUUACUGUAGAGUAGUAAUCAUAAUAAAAAAUGACUUGAUUACAUUUCUUGAAGUUUGUUGUUGACUGUUUUUUGUUGAUCAUGCUUUAAGAACAAUUAACGCAUUGGAAUGUCACUAUCGCUUUUGAUAACUGAAAGCUCACUUUUGAUCACGAUUUAAAUGAAAAAUGUGAAAUAUUUCAGAAUGUGGAAUCAGUUAGAGUAUAGCAAAAAUUAUUUUAUAAACAAGUCUGGGCAGAUCUUUCUUAUCCAAUCUUCAGGUAUUUGUAGCUCUGUAAUAGAAUUCACAGCAUGUAUCUAACAAUUUGGAUAAAAUGCUUAAAUUAACUAGAAUUUAUUUAUUUAUUUAUUUAUCCACUUAAGAAUUCUAUCCUGCUCUAAUUGCCUCCUUAUGGUAAAGAACAUGUAAUUUGAUUUCAUUUUAUCACAUUAUUUUAAAGACUAGUUGAUGCAAUAAUAUAUAACAUUCCACCACUCCAUGUCUCGUUAUAUAUAAAUAACAUUCUAAUCUCAGCAAACUUUAAAACAGGGAAUAGUAUAUAAAUAAUGGUAGAGUUGUAAAUUUAAAUGUGUGUAACUCUCUUAAUGGCCUAGAGGAAAGAUAAGAUAGUUCUGCAGCUAUCUGCUAAAGGGAUUACUCUUUAGGUUAAGUGAUAAAGGUCCAUGAUUUUGGGAUCAGUCUCUAUGGAUAACACAUAUGUACCCUUUAGAACAUAUUUAAGUUGUGUUACAUGGAAAUAAUAUAGGUUCCAUAUUAAAUACAUAACUGUUUUUAAUAGGGAGAGGAAUUCUGGGAUCCAUAAGUCAAUAUGGCAAAAUAGAUGUGUAUUAAAAUCAAUAAUAUUAAAAUGUUCAAAAGCAAAUUCUCCAAAACUCUACCAGUGCAACCCAAAUAGUAACAAAUCAGCUUGAAGAAAUUUUGAGGGGUGGAUCUUGUAUUUCUGUACCUACAGAUUCCUUUAUGUAACAUCACAUUUGGAUUUGGGGGGGGGGGAAUUAAUUGAUCAGUUUGAGUCCAAGGUUUCUACCUAGAAUUAAGUUCCUUGCUAAUGUUGUGUGUAAAUACAUAUUUGGCUAGUAAUAGUUGACCUUCGGUACCAGUAUCAGAAUAAAAAAAUGCAAUGCCUUUUUUAGAGCAGUAGUAAAUUGUUCUUUUUAUUACUAUAUUUCCAUUGAAAUAACAGUGUGAAUGAACUGUGCAGCUAUUAUUCAGCAGCUGCCACAGCUGUCACUUUGGUGAACCACUUGAUAAAUUGGAUCCUGAUAUUUACAAAAUCUAUUAAAAUAUGACCCAUCAUGUGUUUGUUUAUAUGUUGACAAGAUGAUGUACACACUGCAGGUCAAGGGUGAGGUGAAUUGUUAUGGUGUACUUGUCAAGGCAGCUUUUAAAAUAAAGAGCAUUUAAAUAAUUUGUGGAGAAUAGCUGCUCAGAAAACAGUUGAAUGGCAACCUACCGAAUACUUAUUUAGAAAACAAAACACCUCUGCGGAUCUGACACAAAAACCUGUGAUAGUUAUCAAUCAGAAUAUUUCUAUAAUAUGUUUGGCAAUUGGCAUUUCAGAUAGAGAAAAUAAACAGCAAUAUUAAACAGAAGGUUAUUGAUUUAACUACCUGGGUGGUUUCCCCAGGACCACAAAGAACUUUCCAUUCUGCCUUGUCACUUGCAUACCUUCCCUUAUCUUUCUUUCACCAAACCUUUAUUAGGCAUUACAGAUAUAGACCAUCUUAAAACAUCCAUAUACAAAAAGUUUAAAACAUAUACAAAGAAACAGCCAUAUAAGAUAUAUAGUAACAGAAAUUUUCAUUGGAGUGUCUUCCCGCUAAACCGUGCCAUUCACCACUGUAAGAGAUAAUAUUGACAGGAACUCAGCCACCCUUGCAGCUACCUCUGGGGUAAUGUCAGACAGGUAGAAUCUGAUAUUUUCAUUGCGCCAUGAUGUUAAAGGUAAAGGUCAAGGGACCCCUGACUGUUAAGUCCAGUCGCGGACGACUCUGGGGUUGCGGCGCUCAUCUCGCUUUACUGGCCGAGGGAGCUGGCAUUUGUCUGCAGACAGCUUCCGGGUCAUGUGGCCAGCAUGACUAAGUCGCUUCUGGCGAACCAGAUCAGCACACAGAAACACCGUUUACCUUCCUGCCAGAGUGGUACCUAUUUAUCUACUUGCACUUUGACGUGCUUUUGAACUGCUAUGUUGGCAGGAGCAAGGACCAAGCUCACCCUGUCGCGGGAAUUCGAACCACCGACCUUCUGAUCGGCAAGCCCUAGGCUCUGUUGGUUAGACCACAGCGCCACCACGUCCCGCAAAGAUGUUAAACUACCCCCCUAAAAGGGGGUUAACACGUGUUUACUUAGCUGGCUGUACGGUGGGCAGUAGAAAAGAAUUUGUCUGUCACAUGUGUCCGGCACAUUCAGAUAACAUCUGCAAUGUCUAACAUUUCUAGGGAUGUUUAACUAUCUGCCCUUAACAAAAGCUGAUGGGAAAACGUUCAUCCUGGCUAACAUAAAUGCCCUGCACUUUACACCUUCCCUUUUCAACUAGGCUUGUCAACUACACAAGUUUGAGAUUAGUCUGCAAUAGCAGCAUCUAAUUCAUAGUCAGUGUAUCUGCUUAUAAAGUAGGCUGGGUGGAUGGAUGGUUGUGUGCUCUUGAUGGGCUUACCCUCACUCAGAAGGAGCGGGUACGUAAGAGUACUUCUGUAUCCUUUGCUGUCACUUGAGGAUUUGGUGGCCUCAGUGCUGCAGUGUCUUUCAUCCAUUUCAGCUGGUGGCCCAGCUGUGUCCCUAUUUGGACAGGGACAUGGGUGUAGCCUAACUUCUGUCAUCUGUAUUCUGGUAAACUCUGGGUUAAAUUACUGCAAUGUGUUAUAUGUAGAGCUGCCUCUGAAGACAGUUUGGAAACUUCAGCUGGUGCAGAAUUCAGUGGACAGGCUGCUUUUGGGGGCUAGAUGGUUUGAGCAUUUCACAUUAAUCCUAGCCCAACUUCACUGACUGCCAGUUGGUUUCCAGGCCCAAUUCAAAGAGCUGGUUUUGAGCUAUAAAUCCUUAAAUGGCUAAGGACUGUAACAUCUCAAGGACUGCCUCUCCUCAUAUGAACCAACUUGGACCAUGCAAUCAUCAUCUGAGGCCCUUCUUCACAAGAGGUCCAGAAGGCGGCAACACCAGAACUGGCCUUUUCUGCGGUAGCUCCCCGUUUGUGGAAUGCUCUCCCCAAGGAGGCUUGCCUAGUACCUUCAUUACAUAAUUUUAGGCACCAGGUGAAAAUGACCAGGCUUUUGGCUGAUAAACAUGCCAUGGCCUUUUAAAUGUGUUUGUAGUGGGGGUUUAUUGGUUUAUUUUUGUUUUUGUUUCAUUUUGUAUUUUGAGUUCUCAUUUUGUAUUUUUAUGUUCUGAACAGCCCUGUGAUCUAUGGAUGAAGGGCAGUGUGCAAAUCUAAUAAAUAAAAAAAAUAAAAAAAAUAUAUGUUUAUACAGUGGUACCUCAGGUUACAUACGCUUCAGGUUACAGACUCCGCUAACCCAGAAAUAGUGCUUCAGGUUAAGAACUUUGCUUCAGGAUGAGAACAGAAAUCGUGCUCCGGCGGCAAGGCAGCAGCAGGAGGCCCCAUUAGCUAAAGUGGUGCUUCAGGUUAAGAACAGUUUCAGGUUAAGAACGGACCUCCAGAACAAAUUAAGUACUUAACCCCGAGGUACUAUUGUAUAUAUCUUAUCCAUUUGUGUGUGUGUUUGGUUUUAGUUUCCUUUAAAAGAGCAGCAAAGCUGUGAGAUUUAUAUGUUAAUGCACCAACUAGCUAACAGUCAGUUAAGAGUCUUAACCGCCUAUGAAGUUCUGUAGGAUUUAUAACUGAAGUAUAUACACCACAGAACAAAGAGCACAUUUUAAGUAAAAUGUCCUUGUUGGCACCAAAUUCUCAGGGAAUAGCACAUGGUUAGAAGAAAACAACAAGGCAGCAGGACUAGUAUAGUGGGUGUUAACCUUGUCCAAAUGUAUAUGCUUUUUAUAUUAAAUGAAGAACACUUAGAUAAUGCAUUUUGAAUGGCAACAAAGCACUAGUCAUAUAUUUUGAAAAAUUGAUAUUUAAUCAAUCUAGUAAUAUGAUUUUACUCAAGAGGGGGGGAAAAUCAUGUAUAAACCAAACAGAAAACUAAUUUUAGAAAAAACCUAAAUUCCACAAAAGUUUUUAUCAAAGGGAAAGAAGGUGGUGUGGAAAAUCUCAUGUUAUCUGUGCCUAAUUUUGCUGUUUUACUUUAGAAGCUAAUCUCAUUAUCCUGAAUAAGAAUUGGACAGGGGAUACAAACAAAGUGAGAAACAAUGUUUAUAAAUGUUUUCUGGACUCUGGGCAAGAAGAUGUAUUGUGGGCAGGGAUAAGGGAGAAAUUUCUUUGCAUUUAAAGGUGAAACUAUGAAAUCUAUACUCUCCAAACAAAUACGCAAACUAGAACACCAAUAUCCUUUAAAAUAUGCACUUUUCCUAAUAUUUUGAUGCAGUUUCUUAACCAAUAAUUGUAUGCAGAAAUAUUAGCGUAAAGUGUGCAUAAGAAUGUGUAUAUUAGUGAAAAUAACAAAAGCUGCCCAAUAUUAAGGAAAAUGUGUACCGUAAAUACUGUACAGUACAAAACUAUAUUAAAAAUGUGUAUAUUAGGAAAAAUUCACCCUAAAAUGUGGAAUUUUCAUGAGGAUUCCUUUUUAAAAACAAAAAACAAAACUGUUGCAGUGGAAAUGUGGAGAACUCAAUUUAAGACUGAAGAAAUGAGAAUCAGAAAGAACCAAACUUGACAGAUGCAUUCAUCCUUAGUUGCAAGUCAGGGUAUUAUGUUCCUAAAACUUUAUUCUGGGUCCAGUCUCAUGGUAGAAUCACAGCACUUCAAAAUUGAACUUGUAGUGAAUACUGUGAAUCUCAUAGAUCCAGAAAAUUCAAAGUGGAGUUUUGGAGUGAAACAUGAGAGGAGAUCUCCAUUACCUUAUUUAAAUGGAAAAAUUGUUCCAAUUCUGCUAUAAUGUCAGUAAACUGAGUUCACAUACCAGAUUUCACUCCUUACUUAACAAUUUCUCCCAUGAGUUUCUCAUACUUUGACUGUUUCUUGGACUUUGUAUUUUGUGGUUUGGUAAUAAAUUAUUAUAAUAUGAUACCGUGAGCAAGGCUUUGAAUGUAUUUUUUGGCAGGGGCAGUGCAUUGUACAGAACUUUACAGCUCUGAAAGAAGAGAAUACAUGAAUUUGAUCUGUUGUUUAAAAAGUAACUUAAAUGAAAAAAAUUCAGGCUUCUUACAUAAAAGUUUGGAUGCAAAGGUUCUUUGCAGUAGUGGCAGGGCACUUAUGCCCAUGCACUUAUGCUCAUUCUCCCGGUUUCUCCCUUUCACUAUAGCUUUCCCUGACCAUCAAGACUAGGUUAGAAUAUUAAGUUCAAACCAUUGCGGGAUAAUGGCUGUUUCCCCCUUUCCCGAGUGGGUGGCAGUUGAGGCCGCCCGCGAUCGAUCGCCAUCCCCAGCAGCUGGAGCACACAGGCUCAGCUGGCCAUUGAGAAUCUUUUCAGCUGGCUCUGCCGCAGGACGGGGUUGCCUGCCAAAAGAUCUCCCAUGUCAUUUUCUAUAACCAUAGCAGGCGCUGUACCUCUCCAACUGAAGGUGCACCUCUUCCAUUGUCUCCUGAGACAGACGGAUGCAACCAACUUUCAGUUAAACGUAUUUGGGACUGGUGUGUGAUGGAUCAAUUAUAACCACAAGUACUUGGAAGUAAGUUCGACAACUUUGAGAGGAACUUACUUCCAAGACAAGAGUACUUAGAAAUGCAGAUCCCUUUUUGUAACUUUAACAUUUUUAGUAUUGGUUGAACAAUUGUCAGCAAGUUCUAAAUAGUCUCAGUAUCUCACUGCUUACAUUUGAAGGGUCUUAUAACUGAAAUUAAAAUAUACAUAGUAUACAUUUUUGGUUUUAUUUGUGGUUUAAAUAAAAGCACAUGGCUAAUGAAUACGUUUUCCAGCACAUAUGCUCUUGUGAAGUGUAUGUUUGUGUUAUUUGAGAUUACACUGCUGGAGUCUGUGUUGGCUUAUUAAAGCAAAAACAUCACUUCGGCACUUUGACUAACACAUUAAUUGUGGCUUAAGGUGGCAGACCUCAGCUACAUUUUUAAAAAUGUGACACAGGAUCCUUUUAAGUUUGUACGGGCAAUGAAUUCCUGGGAGAUGUCUCAGUCUAGUAUAUAUGUGUAUUUUAUUAAAAUAAUUUAUAUGCUUUCAUUUGGAAAAGGCAUACAAAGGUGUUUCACAAAUAAAUAUAACACUGUCACAAAAACAGAUCAAUAAAAUGGAAAUUUUGUAGGUAAUCAUAUUUAUAUCCUGCUUUUCAGCCAAAAUUGACUGAGGUUAUACCAGUAAACAUUCCAUGAGCUUGUUUGAAGGUUCUAGCUAUCAUAUAGUUUGACCAAAGAACAGUACCCUCCUUCUGUCAUCCUCCUUCAUUGAGCAGUUUCAUGAGGGAUGCAAAUGGAGUGGGCAAGCAGGGAGGGGACGCCCAUCUUCCUACGCCCAUCUGCCGAAUCAACCCCAGUGAUAAAUGGGGUAAACCAGAGCUUUCCAAACUUUUCAUGUUGGUGACACACGUUUUAGACAUGCAUCAUUUUGCAACACAGUAAUUCAGUUUUACUAGCAAACCAGAGGUUAAACUAACCCAUUUCCAGCCCCAGGAGGAGCGUGGAGAGCGUUAGCAUGACACACCUACACACUGCAGCUGACAUGCUAACGUGUCGCAACAGACAGCUUUGAAAGCUCUGGGGUAAACAGUGUCUCAGCUAGAUGAAACUGACAUCCGCCAGUUAAAAUCCAAUGCAAAGAUAUAAGAUGUUAGAAUCAACUUGGAGAUAACAUGGGGUGAGGGUGGAGGACAGAAACUUACAUGAACUACACAGCUCUUUGUAUUAACAGAGUUGUGUUUUGUUACUUCGAAAGUGCUGGACAAGCAAGGUUUUGAAAUGAGUAUUUCUGUUGUAUCAGAAUCAUCAGCGAAUAUGAUAGCAAAAUGGCUACCACAGUCUCUGAAUCUUGCUGCCGUCUAAAUUUGAAGUGAUGGCCUAUGGUUAUUCAGAUUUAAACUAACGUACAAAUAGCAUUUUAUGUUUUCUGAUAUUUCAGUGCUUUCGUUGAUGUGAGCCACACACUCCCAUCAGUUUGUGCUGGUAUAAAUAAAGAGUAUUAAUGUACAGCAACAAUUAAAGUUGGUUUUACAGCAGCAUAUGCAAGAGUAGAAUGAGGUCUGAUAUCUACCUUUGAUGAUGCAUACAACAUGUCCACUAGAAUAAAUUUGUAUAAUUUAAACAGUCUCUGUUUUACAAAUCUGAAGUCACAAAUAUUUUCCUUACAAAACAUUUGUUCCCAAUUUUAGCCUUUUUUUAUGCAAUAAGGUCAGAAAAAGUUCAAAAUGACAUGAUGGAGUAUAUCUGUCUAUUUGGAAAAGCGAUCUCGCCAAUAAUAUAGGAAAGACACACUACACUCUUUUUGCCUGUAGCAGAUUUUUUUAUUAUUAGAAUUCUUAAGGCAGCUACAGAAUGCUUGAACUUUGAUUUCCAUUUUACAAGUCAUGGGCUAGAUCCUGAUUUAAGUGUGCAUAUGGGGUUGGCACAAGUUGAUUUUUCAUAUCAGUCCCCUACAAACAUUCCUCCAAAGGUCAGGAACUCUGCUGAAUGGAGUGGGCUGUGGUAUGGCAAUGGGGGGGGAGGGAUAAGGGGAGACCCCUGUAAAUUGGGUAGAGGCAACUUCCAGCUUCACUUAUGGAGGAUGCUGCUACUGAUUUUUGUGUUCUCCCUCAACACCCAUGCCACAGCUACUCCAUUCAGCAGGGUCCCCUGACCUUUGGUAGAGUUUUUGCAGAGGACUGAUAUGGGAAAGUAGAAGUAGGAAAGUCAACUUGUACCAGCCCUACUAUGUACACUUUCUUUAACACAUGAAUUGUAAAAUGAAAUCCUCUGUCAUUCAGUGGAGUAUUGGGGGAGUAUUUUUCCAUGGAAAUAAAGAGCAAGGAAGGAAGCUUGCACCCCUCACAUUAUGCACGAAACUCUGGAUCCAACCCUAUAUUGUUGUAGAUUUUCAUUUGAUAUACCAGCACAUAUUUAGUUGACUUUUUAAACUGAAAAAGUAGGAAUAGAUGGACUGUUCUCACAAAGCAGUGUGUACCACCAAGCUGUAUGAGAAGUGGGAUCCUCCAAGGAUCUGUAAUAGGGCUAGAGCUUCUUAACUUGUCCAUAAAUGGCCUAGAAUCAGGGGUGAGCAGGGGUGGUGAAGUUUAGUGGCAGCAGGGAAUUAUUUAGAAUGAUGAAAACAAAUAGUGAAGGGGCUCCAAAAGGAUCUGUAAAAAAUGAAUGGAAAAGAGCAUGGUAAAUGUGGUUCAGUGUAAGUAACUAUAUAGUGAUAUACACUGUGAAAAAAAUCCUCACAUAUAUGAUGCAUGGAUGGGAUCUGAGCUGAUGGUGACUGACUGUAGCAUGUGGAUUCAGGAUGCUGAAUUUCAGAAGUUUCUUUUUUGUGGGGAUGGGGAAGAGAGUUCCUAAUUUGUGUCCUCCCUCUACACAAAUGAAAAAUGAGUCAUUGUAUUUUUGUCAUGAAAUGUAAGAUACAUAAAAUAAGGUUGUGGGGAAAAGUAAUCAAUAAUGUAAAUAUUAUUAAAAGCAAAUGUAGCUAUGUUAGUCCAUAAGAAAAAGAUCCACAGUUCACAGCUGAGAAAUACCUUUAUUGGAAUUAUACAAAUUCUCACAAAAUCAUGGCAAGUUUUUGAGAUGUUAGGCAAGAUGUUAGCUCUUGGAAUUAUCUUUUAGGGGUUCUUGCUUUCCCCUGUUUGUUCCACAAAUCAAUACGAUUAUUUUGCAAAGGUUUAAUUAUUAUUAUUUCAUUUUAUAAUUUACAUGAAACAGAAGGGCAGUUAUAACGACAGACAAACAGCAAAAGAUGAAAAAAGGAUCUAAUAAAAUAGGCAUGCAGAAUGAGUAGUUGCACAUGAGUUAAAAUGAGAAAGUCCAAGUAAAGACUAUGAACAUUCUCAGAUCAAGUACAGUUCCAGAUUGCCAAGCUUGUGAUGAGGGUUGUCUUGAAAAUGGUGGUUCCACUGCAUAUGUCACAAAAUAAUUAUGAUAUAAAAAGUGUCUGGAGGUUCUAGUCCUUGUUGAAAUCUCAAAUUUUGUGUCGUUUUCUCUGUUCUAGCAAGAUUCCAGGGUGAGUCGUAAUAAGCACCCACAGUGUUAGAUUUUGGGCUGUUUUCCAUUGAGUUGCAAUUACUAUUCGGGCUGCCAAGAUCGUGUAUAAGACCAGUUCUUUUGACGAUAUAUUUACAUUGGUAUCAUCAGAAAUAUUCAGUAACAUUAAUUUUCUUUUGUAAUAUUUCUUACUUCUAUCAAUAUUAAAUUCCAAAAAUAUUGCACCAAUUGACAUUCCUAUCUUAAAUGAUAUUAUGUACAAAUUUUAUUGCAACUCUUCCAACAAUUAGGUUAUAUAGAAGAAAGCAUUUUUGACUACUGCAAAGGAGUGAGAUACUAUCUGUGUAGUAAUUUUAAGUUUCCCCUAAAAAAACUGGAAACAGAUUUUUAAGAUUGAGAUUCCCAAAUUUUAUUCUAAUCCUUAGGAAGAAUUUAUGUUCCAAUAUCUAGUUCCCAUAUCUUUUUAAGGGGUUCCAUAAAUCCAUAAGCUACAUCAAGCAAUAUAGAGUAAAAUUUAGAAACUAAACCUUCCCCUCCCUUACCCAUAAAUUUUUACAGAUUUUUACAAAUAAAACAAUGAAUCUGAUUAAAAUGGAUCCAGUUUGUGUUAAGAUUUGACAAGGUCCAUUUUAUUUGGUUAAUAAAUAUAGGUUGGCUAUUGGUAUAGAAAUCUCAUAAUGGAUUCCUGAUGUUCAAAUUGCUUCUAUCUUUCUUGCUGGAAAAAAUCUGGGUGAUGUGAUCUUCCCUCACCCAUCAACAUUGAUGCAGUGGGGGGAGGGGGAAGGAAAACUAGGAUUGCUACUUCAGGAUCUGUUUAACCCCAUGAAAAAUUUGGGAUGUGCUUUAGUCUUCUAGGCCACAUUGGCUUUAAAUGGAGAGGAAUUUUUCACAUGAUUUUUGGAGUCUAGCACUAUGCUUCAUGUGAAUUGCACCUGUAAACAAGUUGUAGCUCUGAGACAAAAUAGGAAGAAGCAAUAGGAGCCCUCCUGCUAUAAUUGGUUUUAUUUCUGCAUAUUCAUAAGAUGAGCUAAAAAGGUGGAUAUACUGUUAAAACCUAGAUCAAUUGCUAGUAAAACAGGCUAGGAUUUUUACAAGUAGCUAAUGGGUUAAUAUCCCUAAAUAUUCAUUUGAAUAAAUGAAUAAAAAACAGAAAAAUGCUACCCUAUUAAUAAGUUGAUUUUGCCAUUGUUUUUUUGUGCUCUUAUUUUGGAUAAUUGAAUGGGGGGCGGGGAGAUACAAAACAUAUUCCUGAUAUUUAUUUAUCAACAUUAAAACUCCUUGCAUCUAUGUGUUAUUGUAUAGUCAAUUGUUUUGGCAAAAUAAUUUACAGUGUACCACUGUGCAUCCUGUUUUACGUCAUUUUGUUGCCAUUUGAUCAAUUCAUAAAACAAGCAAAGAGGAUUAAGGGUUUAUUUAUUUUUGUGGUAACAGUAUAAUGUAUUACAAUACUUUAUAUAAAUUGGAUUAUAAGGAAAAAUGUAUUGCUACAAGAUCACUUGCUUACAUAAUACAGUCGUACCUUGGAAGUCAAAUGGAAUCCGUUCUGGAAGUCUGUUCGACUUCCAAAACGUUUGGAAACCAAAGUGCGGCUUCUGAUUGGCUGCAGGAAGCUCCUGCAGCCAAUCGGAAGCCGCAGAAGCAUCGUCGGACGUUCGGGUUCUAAAGUAUGUUUGCAAACGGGAACACUCACUACUGGGUUUGUGGCCAAAACGUCCGAGUACCAAGGCAUUCGGGAUCGAAGGUAAGACUAUAUUCAGCUAUACAGAAUACUACAGAUAUCGUGAUACAUUAAUUUGAUGCAUAUUAUUCAAGCAAUGAUAAUUUUUUCUAGUAAAGGAACAAAGUGAUUUCUAUUGUGAAAUGAAGUCGUAUCUACUCCAUAUAGGGCAACCCAUGACAUGCUGAUCUACUAUUUAUUCAUUAGCACCCAAGUCUCUUAGACUGUGGUUAAACAAAUUUUAGCUGUCCAAAACGAUAGACUGGGGGGCAGCAGCAGCAGCUGUGCAGUGGGCUGCUGUCCCAACAGUAUCUUAUCUAAGCUGGCUGUGACUCUUGUAAUAAUCAGGGACUCCCUGGGACUGGGACUUCUUCAUAGUAUCCUCUCGCCUUCUCUUGAGAUCCUGACAGCUGUCUUUAGGUUUAGUUUAUUCUUGCUGGAUGGAGUAAGCUGAAAAGGCUACCAAAAAUAAAGUUUACAAGUGUUUCUAGAAUAACGUUCAAAUGUUAAAUUUAUGCUAUUCAUAACCUAUUGGAGGUCAGUUUGCCCCAGAUACAACCCAAUGUGCUUUGUAGGGGGUUAGAAAGAGAAUGUAGUAGACUUAGGAAAACAUCAUAAUUUUAAAAGUGACACAUUUCAACAACGAAAUAAAACUGUAGGCAGUACAGAAAAGAAGUAAGAUCCUUGAAAACCAUUACUUCAUUAGGGCAAAUGUUUAAUGUGUGGUGGUGUGGGUUUCCCCCCAUUUUUUUAAACAACUCCUUAUUGAAAAAAGUUCCAGGACAUUUCUCUAGGCUUCCUCCCCCCUUUUUGAAGCUAUAAAAAUGUUACUUAAGAACUAGAGGUGGCACAUUAUUUAUGACCAGAAUGAUUUCUGUUUUGUUGGUCUUUGAAAAAAAGAGAUGGAGGGAGAGAGCGAGAGCAGUAGACUUGUAAAAGGGGACCUUCUUCCAUAUUUGUUUAUGAAUCUGAUUUGAAAGGAUGGGUCUCAUAUCUAUCCAGUGGACUUGAAAAAAGGUCUGAGCGAUGUCUUUAUAUUAUUGAUGAGGAUCAUUUUGGAACAUAAAUUCAUGGAAAUGAUUAAAGCCAGUCAUCUAGCCUGUAUUGCAUGGUUGAAACAGAUGAGAAAACAAGUCAAAUGCUGAUUGGUCAACAUGCAUUUAAUUAAAUUUUUACAUUUCCAAUUUUUUUAAUAUAUGUAUAUUUAAACAGACUUGGUACACAAAUCUGGUACAGACUCACAUUCAACGUGAAUGAGAAGUUAUUUGAAACUAAAAUUCAAAAGGAAUGCAAAUACAGUUUGUAUAUCUAGUUGUUGCAAGUGAGCCCCCUACUGUGUUGAGUCUAGCACACAUAAAAACAGAUUAAAAAUAUCCAUACCUAGGGAUGAAAGAAUCUGUCAAUUUUUCUCUCAGCUUCUCAUUUUUGCAGAUUUAAGUUCAGUUCUCUACAUUUCUGCAGCAAUUUGUGACUUUAAAAAAAACCCUCAUGAAAAUUCUUCAACAUUUUUCUGCAAAUUUCUCCUAAUAAGCAUAUUUUGUAUGUACUUUUGACUAAUGUACACUUUUGAAGCAGUUUCUCUUAAAAACAUACAUUGUUGUAUGUUGCUUUCACUAAAAUGCAUGUUUUCCUGUAAUAUAUGCAUUUUGGAAAACCUCAUCACAAGGUUUAAAUAAGUGAGCAUUUUGAAGGUUGGAUGUGUUUUGGUUCUCAUUGUUUUGGAAAGUAAAUGCAAACUGAAUUGAAUUUCUGAAUUCAACUGUUUAAACCUUUAUUUGUGUUAAACAUAAAAGAAGAGUAGAAAUAAUAAUACAACUAUAGAAACAGGUCAAUGCUGUUUUUUCAACUGCUCAAACCAUUCAUUAGUUAUGUCUGAUGCUUCUAAAAGUAUGUGUAGCCAGUCCUACUCUUGCUGCCACACCUUUCCUUAGUUCUGUCUAAAGUUGCUGGAUUUUCUUCACCCCAGCUCUGCCCAUGGAAUCAUCUCAUAUCAGUCAUGAUUUAAAUCCCAAUGUUUAUCUCCCAGUUGCAUAUGCUUCUGACAAACAGAAGAACAGUGCUUUCCUCCUGCCCUUCUUUACGCUUUCCGGAGAUAUUUGGUUGAUCACAGCUGGAAACAGAGUUCUAGACUAAAUUGGAACCAGUCAUUUAUCCAAGACCACAAACUUAAGUAUAAGGCAGAGGUGGCGCUCUGAAUUGUGGGAGUCUUUUAACAGAUAAAAGGAAGCACUUAUCCACACAGGGUGACUGAAAUUUGUUCCUGAAGAUGGCCACCACCAGCUUAGUUUUAAAGGGAAUCAGACAAAUUAUUCCUGCAUUGCAGGGGGUUGAACUCGAUGAGCCUUGGGGUACCUUCCAGCUCUACAGUUGUAUAAAAUUCAUGGAGGAUAAAGUGACCAGUGACUACCAAUCAUGAUGGUUAUACUAACUCCAGCAUCAGAGAUUGUAUAGCUCCAAAUACCAGUUGUCAAAUAUCCAGGCCACCCCUGAUUCCAUUUUGGUUUUUUGCAUUGUAUUAGAAGAAUGAGUACGAGGGAAUUUAUUCCGAAUUGUUCUCAUUACUCUUAAGAUAAAUUACAGGACAGAAAUAAAGUGAAUAUCUCAUGGCCUAUGUAGCAGUGAUCAAUAUGAGUAAACCUCAAAGCAAGAGGGAAGAGAGACAAAUAAAGCUGAAAAAGAAAUUGGAACCUGUUGUGUCUUCUUCACCUCAAUAGAUGGGAAAACACUGUAAUGAUGUGGCCUAUCCUUAAUUUACAGUAUACACAACUUGUGACAGGAGUUUUUAUAACUCUAAAAAUUGCACUUAAUAAAUAUGAGAAGAUACAGGUUUUCUUGAUUACUUAAACCUAAAUGUUUACUCAAGCUUUCAUGAGAAGUUCAUCUUAAUUUAAACAGAACUGGGUCCUGCUGAACUAGAGCCAUUUUUUUGAUGUGGACUCAAGUGCACAUGAAACAGUCUUAAUAACAUCCAAACGCGUUUCAUUUGUAAACGAAGUCUGCACAGGCUUCACUUUGUGGUUAGGGUACUGUAAUCAGAACUAAAGUGUAGUUCAUUUUUCUUAGGUAGAUUUUUUAAAAAACUCCUUAUAUUUCAUUUCAUGUAACAUGAAAUGUUCAAAACAGUUUCUGGUUUAGAUAUUUUCUAACAGCCUAACACACGCAUUCACACAAGAGGAACAUGUGUAAAUAUUUGUAGUACAGUCCAUGGAUAUAAAAAGUAUUACUUGUAUUUUCCUUUUUGUGUUGAUGUUAUAUAGUGAUGUUGGACACAUUGUGGGCAUCAUUGCUGAGAAGAAGGGAAAAAGAUAGAUUUGAAACACAGCCUGAAAGGUGGCACUUAGCCAGGAUACUGAAAAAUGGCAAACAUGUCACAUUUUAACAGCUGGAUGCAGAAAUAUUUCUCUUUAAUUUGGACGGAUAACAUUUUUUUCACAGUAGGGCACUCUCAAAAGACUACAAGAUCAAAGAGGGUGGGUCUCACCAGUCAAACAUCAUCUGGUUCCAGGAUGGAGCAAAAUGAAUGAACUGUCAGACCUUUUUUCCUGGUGUAUACACUUUGGCCAAGUAAAAAGUAAAAUGUUCAGUGACUUAUUCUAAUCACAGACCAAAUUCUAAAAAUGGAAAGUGAAUCUCCCAAAGUCUUACUCUGAUGUCUGAAGAAGACUCUGGAUUGAUUGAUGGUUUACAUUGUAUUGAUGCCCUCUGCCACUUUUAGAUUAGAUAGGCCAAUUGUUGAAAAACUCCUGCAGUUUGAGGACUCCUGCAGUUUGAGCAUGGACUAAUCUAACAUUCUGCAGAAAAAAACAAACUCACCAGUCUUUAUAAACUUUGCAUGAUGCUUAGCAAUAUGUAACCUAAAUAUAUAUUGAUAAGGGAUGGAGGGCGGGAAAUCCUUUCAUAGGUAAACAUCACUAAGGGAAUAUGAACUUCUUUUUUAAUGACAACUUUGGUUCUAAAAAAACCCAGGAAGCAUAUUUAAGGGUUAGCUGUAUAUGGAAACAUUAGCAUGCUGAUUUUCUAGUCCUAAAAUCUAAUGAAUGUGAACUGUUGAAACACUAUGGCCAUUUAUCAGUAUGAAAACAUGGCUCUAGCUUUUACAAUCAUUACUCAUUUGUUUUAUGGAGAAUCUCAAGCAUAGUUUGUCAUACACUUUAUUACUUGAACUUUUAAUCAUCAACUGGGGAACUUGGCAUUUCACCCAUUUCAAAAUACUCAAAAUGGUUUUUUUUAUGUGUUUCAUUUUGGAACACUUGCAUGAAGAAAGAAAUAUAAUUCAAUUCGUUGAUGACUUAGCUGUUGAUGCAGUGAUACAAUUAGGUAAUUUUAGCUUCUUGAACUUCUAAAUUCAAAGUGUGGUGAGCCAACUGUUCUGUGUUUGGAGGCCCUCCAGUUCAUUCUGGACUUCUCUCCCAAAGUUCUGUCUUGAUGGAACACUGCUUGGAUGACUAGAAAUAUGAAUACUCCCUUCAAAAUUAUUGCCUAUAAGAGUCUUAAAAUAUUGAGUGAUAUCCAAUGUUUGUUAGAGUUGUGGGCAUCUAUCUGUCUUGAGAGAAAAUGGAAGAGUGCAUCAUUGGGGGAUAAAGUCAAUCUGUUGGAAGUUACAGUGCCUGCUGCGGCUGUGGUGCCCAAUUCAGAAGAGACAUGUUUGAUUGCAGCUGGGUCAGAUGAAGGUGUCCGAUUUUGCUGCUACAGAUGCACCAUGAUGUUUCUUCUCUCUGAGCUUCUCCCAGUGGUCAUUUCUCCUCUGGUCACAGCUAUGGAUACAUGGCCUGUCUGUCAGUUAGAGUAGACCCAUUGAAAACAGUGGACUUAGUCCAUUGGAUGUCACCCAUGAAUUAUUAGAGUAAAGCAAAAGAAAUCUAGGCUUCACUAGUCUGAAUACUUCAUAAGCCAAAUAAUAUCAUUUAAGAUUUCAGAUUAAAUUAUUUCAUGAUGUAGUGUAUUCUGGAAGAGUUCAGAAAGUCUGUGCAGAAAAUCUGCAGGCUGCUCAUAGUUGACAGUAGUCCCCAUUUGAGUGCUUUGGACUUGUGUGUGAACCCUAAGCUGUUCUCAAAUAGAGAUCCAUUUUUGUGAUCUGGUAUCUCUGUAUGCAGACUGUGUAUGAGCUGCUGAAAUUUGCAUGAUGAUCCCAGCUUGAAUAAGCUCUACAACAAUGUAGGCUCCGAAUGAAAGGGUCAGUACACACCAGUGUAUUGCAUUGUAGUGCUUAUAAACAUGAGCUAUUGGGUGGAAAGUUCUCAAGUCUGAAAUUUCUGGGAUGUCACAGGCAAGCUUCUUUGAUCUUAGUCCACCUACUGCACCACAGUAAUAAAUACUGUUGGCUUAAUUUUAUUGUUAACUGUGUUAUUAUUUUAUUGUUUAACUGUUUUAAUACAUUUUGAGCACUAUGUAAAUGUUGAGUAUUACUAUUAUAGUAGCAAUAAUGCAAACUUCUGAUCAAGUUAAAGGCUCACCUUUCCCAGUGAUAGGUUGGUGGCAAAGGGAAGCCGAGCCACUCAGUCUCCAUGUACUCCUAAAAUGGCACUAGGGGAUGAGUUGGGCUUCAAGGAAGUGCUUCCUUUGAGGCUGAACAAAACUGGUGAACUGAUAAAGGGACCAAGCGUAGGUGAGCAUGCUCUGAUUAACUCUGUCCUCCUCCGGUCAGAUGAGGUUUGUAGUAGUCAUAGGGGAAGCAUAUUUCCCAGCAGCGGAAGGGCAAGAUGGAGGCACAAACAUGUCACAUGUGCAAUGAAUCAGAAUCAGUGUUAACCACAGCUAGCUCACAACUGUGUCAGAAGUCGUAAAUUUUCCUCAGGAGGUUUACAACUGCUACCCUCUUUGUAUUGAAACGUCUUAGACAGGAGGUGCCUCAGGAAAUACAAGUUAUCUUUGAGCCAAGGUGGAAGCAACUGAGGGCUGGAAUUCCUUCUUCACCAUAGGUGAACCUUGUCCUAGAGCCAGUGUGGUGGAGUGGUUAAGAGCAGUAGACUCGUAAUCUGGUGAACCGGGUUCGCGUCGCCGCUCCUCCACAUGCAGCUGCUGGUUGACCUUGGGCUAGUCACACUUCUCUGAAGUCUCUCCGCCCCACUCACCUCACAGAGUGUUUGUUGUAGGGGAGGAAGGGAAAGGAGAAUGUUAGCCGCUUUGAGACUCCUUCGGGUAGUGAUAAAGCGGGAUAUCAAAUCCAAACUCCUCUUCUCUUCCUUGGCCUUUGUUUAAGUAUUCCUCAUGUGGAGCCAACAACCCUUGGACUGUCAAGCACUCCCCUGCCGUGUAAAAGUAAAAUAAAAGCAGUGCUCAUGUAGUCUUUAAGGGUCCCCUCCCUCUCCUCAUCCCUACCUGAAGACACACAGCAGUGCCUCACUUUUGAGUUCCCAGGAUUCUUUGGGGAAUCCAUCUGCUUUAAAUGUAUGGUGUGUCUGCAGUCAGCUAUAUAUUUCAUACUUACAAGCAGAGAAUGCAUGGGCCACUUCAAAAAACAAUUGUUUUUCAGAGUCUUGAAAUCUUGAAUUUGGAAGGGGCAGAGUGAUGAGCUACAAAUUUGGAAGGAAGAAGCACGAAAGAGCUUACUGUCCAGGAGAAGGGAAUCUUUCUAUAGUCUGGCUGGUGGCACUACCUGGGGCACAGCUUUGACACCUGUGGUUGAACCUGUUCAACCCUUUACAUAUGGAAAAUUAUCAGUUGGCACCUUCCAAGUAUCAAAGAAGGUGGGAAUUAAAUGUUGCUUUGUUUUCCUUCUGGUUUACAGAUCAAUUUGGAGGGAGGUUUCUGUCUCUGUAUGGGGAGGAAAGAGUGCCUGUAUUGUGUACAUGCUUAAGGCAAGAAGGAAGAUGGGAGCAAACAGGGCAUCUGACAGGAAAAUGGAAAUUCUUAAAUAGGCAGGCUCUGAGGCCAAGACGUUUUCUGUACAUCUCAGACUUUAGUGGGUUUGCGAAUAUAUUUGUAGGGGGGGGGUAGGGAUGGGCAUUUUGACAGUGGAUCAGUCUUACUCUUCCUGAUCUCUGGUUUGUAAUCCUGCAUGUCCACAUCUGAUCAUGCAGUUUCUUCCUGACAUCAAUAGAUUUUAAAUGGUGUUUGUAGGUAGCAUCUUCACAUGUAGUAUAGCAGUUGAAGGACAGGUAGAGAAGGGGCCCAGACAUAUAAAUGUGUCCUAAUUAAACCCAAAUAUGUACAGACUGGAGAGAAAAAAUCAGAUUAUUAUGUCUCUCUGCUGGAAGUCCUUGUCAUUGGAAAUUACUUGAGAUAUAUUAUUUGAAAAAAAUCAGAUGUAAAUAGUUAUGGGAUUUCUGAACCUCCUUGCUAUUGCCGUUGGCAUCAAUCACUAGUGAGAAUAUUUGUAAGACUAUCAUAGAAGGAUUACUCAGUAAGAAGCUGUUAAAUAACCUCUGUCCUGCUCUUUAAGAGAUGCGCAGCAAAAGACUGCCAUAGUUUCCCUCUUUUAAAAAGACUUAGUUGAAGUCAAGUCUGAAAUCAGUUGUGUUUCUAAUGAAUGAAUGUGUAAUGAAUUGGUAUAGUAUAACUUAUUUGUGUCAGUAGAGAGUAGCUAAUUAUCAGAUGCAUGACUAUGCUGAAAUAAAGAUGGAAAAAUUUCAGUAAGAAACUUGUAUUAAAUCAUUUCCUGAUGCAAGGGCCGUGCUUAUAAAAAUAUGCAUGUGUUGUUGUUUUUAAAAGUUAGGGAGCUGACUUUGGCCUAUUUGUCUUCCUGUUGUGAUUCUACUUUUUUUAGAAUCUCUGAACCAUCCAGUUGUUAGCACUCUUCACACAUUUGCUAAAUAUGUGGAGGGAAGGGAAUGGGUUCAUGCAUGCUCUUCCUCUUCCUAAUCUUUUAUUCAGUGGAUGAUGUGAACAGGCUAUCAAGCAGUUAGGAACCCUGCUUUUUCAGGUUCCUGCUAACUCAGAGCAAACCCUAUAUAUUGCAUGCAAAUGUUGUACAAACAUGCGCUAGUCUGCUGCCAUGAUCUCAGAGUCUCCAGUCUGCCUUACGUAGGCGGGGGGGGGGGAGCCUUAGAGCCCUAGAGCAAUGUGGCCCUCUAGGCCUCUCUGUCUGGCUCCAGCCACACCUCUUUUCCCAGGCCAUACCCUCCACUACCCCUGCUUUGCACCCUGCUGGUGUGUUUUUGCCUGGCUGGAAUGUGUGUUUGAACUCUGAUAAUGGCUCUUGCUUGCCUAGAUAGAGUAUUUAGACGGGUAUGUGAGUGUGUGUAGAAACUAGCUUACAAAGGGGAGUAAAAAUAGCUCAGUUGGUUAGAGCAGGAUGCUGAUAAUGCCACGGUUUCAGGUUCGAUCCCUGUAUGGGGCAGUUGCAUAUUCCUGCAUUGCAGGGGGUUGGGAUAGAUGAUCCUCAGGGUCCCUUCAAACUCUACAGUUCUAUGAUUCUAAAGCUAAAAUUCACAUUAGUUAGCUCUGCUUAUUUUUGCCUCUAGGCCUGUCCACAACUGGAAAGUGGCCCCCAGAAGCCUGGCUUCAUAUUAGAAUAAGAACUUUUGAAAUGCAUUUUCUGGUAGGAUUUGGUGUGCAACAUUCUUGAUAUAUUCUGGAACCUGCCUCUUCUACCAGGCUUCUCUUGGUAGUGUUACUGGAUAGUUCAUCUACUCUGUAUCAUCCUAUUUUAGUAUAUUCAAUUCACCUAGAGACAGUGAACUUAAUUUAUAUUUUUUUCUAUGUCGUACACAGUUAACCUCUAGAACUCUCUUCAACAGCAGUAGCAAUUGCCAAUUGCUUAAUGAAGUUCAAAAAAGCACUAGAAAAUUUCUUAGACGACUGAAAGAAUAUCAACAGCUAUUGCACAAGAUGCUAAGGGCAUCCAUCGUAAUACUUAAGGUGCUCCUAAUACUAUAAUACUUUAAACAAAGUGACUUGUAACAUACUACAGGGACUCUAUUAACAGCCGAUGUGGUUAAAACUUUCUGAAGCAUCUGCAUCUGGCCAUUAGUGGAGACAGAAUACUGGGCUAGAUGGUCAUUAGUUUGACCCAGAAUAGCUGUAUUUAUAUUCUCAUUUAGUGUAGCUUAAUAUUUGCAGUGUGCAGUGGUUUAGAUAAAUGAAAGUGGGAAACAGCUUCCACAAGUAUGUAACUGCCUCAUCAUACUCCAUCCAAGUGCUCUUGUGACUGGUAUGUAGGGUACAUUACCAUCUUCAAAUAAAUAAACUAAACUAGGAGCAUCUUUCACUGCUCAGAGAUUGGAAUUACUGAGUCAGUGAACCACAAAGCCUGUUAAACCUAUGGAAAAAGGAAAACAUGCAGGUGCAACAACCUUGCAUUUGUUAGCCAUCAACUAAAGACAAAAGCAAUUCCCACCAACAGAUCCUAUGGCUUGAGCAGGUUAGAAAAUUCUGUAAAUCCCUCACCGCCAGGUGUUUUUGUUGGUAGUAAGCCACCAGAGAAGUUGUUUUGAGUGAGAGUAGGGCGGAUCAGAGGAGGCCUAGUAUCUGUGAGGCUCAAGCUCCUCCAUUUCUCUGAUAGAUCCUAGAAUCAGCUCUGUUAGGUAUACCAGCCUGGAGCUGAUAUAGUUAAUUGUCUCCACAUUAAAGCAGAUGAGAGGGAAAACAAAAACUUCCAAGAUGAAGGAAAGACACCCCCCCUAAAUCUUGGUGUAACCCAGGAGGGCUGUGGAAUUGGCAGAUCAUGCAUACACACACACCCCAAUAUAGGAUUUCACAGUUAGUCUUCAACUGAAAAAGUCAACUUAUUGCCCAAACAGUGAUGAUUCAGGAGACUGAUAAUCCUUUCCUUGUGUAUCAUUUCCCUGUCAACUUCCACCCCCACCCCCAGUUCUGUUAUCAGCCCCAUUAGGAGGGGAAAUCCAGGUACCUGCUUGGUUUAUAUCAGAUAGGAGAUGACACAGGGGUGGGAGAAUUAAAAACCUCCUUCUCCAUAGUAGCUUUACUGAGCAAACUAGAAGCUCCAUAAAGCUGUUCAAAGUAAAGAAAAAGAUGUGGAGAGAUCUAAUGGGAUCUGUUUUGAUCUCCAUACUGGAAAGAAUGGUUGUGUGAACUCACUGUAAAUUAAAAACAAAGCAUUUCUGAAAAACAAACAUUUGUAGUGGUUAGCAAUUUGUUUUGGUUGGGGAGUUUCUGAUAUAUACUCUGAAACUGUUGCCCCAUUUGUUCCAGUUCAGCUGACAACCUGCAGCUCUUUGAGCUGUAAUGGAUCGGUCAGCUUACACAAUCAAAUUCAUUUAUGAUUUUGAGAUGAUAACAAAAUCUAUUACAUUUUAUUUUCUAGUACAAAAGGUAAGAAAUUAAGAGUGCAAUUGCAUGCAGAAUUAUAAUAACAUAGUUUGUUUUCUAUUUAUUAAAAUUCUAUACUGCCCUAAAUCUGAUGAUCACAGACUGGUUUACAAUAUAAAAACGCAAAAACACAUAACAUGUAACAAAAAAAACCCCAACAGUAACCCCCCUCAGUUUCAAAGACCCUUUGCAUUUUCCAAAAACAAAAAGCCCUUAUAAAAUUAUCAUUUUAGUAUGAUUUUUUUCUAAUAUAUACACAUUUUUUUGGAAUACAGUUUCCCCUAACCAUGAUUAUAAAAGUUUUUUCGCUAAUAUAUACAUUUUUGCACACACUUCCAGUACAAGCAUUUUUGUGUUUAUUGCUUGGUUGGAGAAUAGCAUUAAGUUCAUCAGCGUGGUUUUUGAAGAAUAGCUGUGUUUUAGUUCAUAUAUAUUUUUCAAACAGUGAAUUAUGUAGGUUUGCACUAAAAUCCGAAUUGAACUGAAUUUCUGUUCUAUCCCUAGUUACAAGUGAUUUCCUAUUAUAAAACUAAGUUCUCUAAAUUUUCAAGUGGAAUAGCAUCUGAUGUGCUCUAAGAAACGUUAAAGGAUUAUUCAGUAUAAAAGACUUCUUCAUUCCCAUAAUCCUCAUCAUUUCUGUCAUUGUGGCCUGUCAUGUUUACAUAAAAUAGUAAUUAAAAAUAUUUUAAACAUAUUUUUUUAAUGUUUGGAAAUAUUUGGAGUACACUAUUAAGAACAGGUUUUACUUAGCAGCAUAGCAAAACUUUUAAUAUAGUUGGAACCCACAAUAUUUAUUCAAAAAGCAUUAAACCUUAAAAGUGUUGAAAUUAAGUAGUCCAGUACUCAUGAAAGCACCAGGCCUGUAUUCAGUUGCACACAGUUAAUUUAAAAGGGUUAUAAGCACAUGUAAUUGGAGACAGAAUUUAAGCCUAAGCAUUUAAAUUACAUCUGUCAACCAAUUACAGUUUGGUGUUUGCUUUUAUUGUUAGUCCUUCGAUAUUUAUGCAUGAUCUGAUUAAAACAAUUAUACUAGCACUAGAUUCUCUACAGAAAUGAAAGGAGCAUUUUCUGUGGAUAAGCUGUGGUCCAAUUCACAUGUGAUGUAGAAGUUCCAUAACUGGAUCUCUUUUUUUAAAAUACUCCAAAAGAAGGCAAUGGGUGCUUCGAUGCGGUCAAAGCAAUGGCACUGAUUAAAGUGAUAUUCAAUUUUUCCCUCCCUAUACGAGUUUCCUGAUUUACCAGUGCUUUGAUCAAAAGUUGAUAGAUCUGUUGAUGGAUCUACCAUGUCAUGUGUGGUUUGGCUAAAGAUUUAUAAUUUCUGGAAAUUUUGAAGCCAUGGGCGGGGGUGGGGAAGGAAAUUCUGCCUUUUCCCUAUCCUGGGGUUUCGGAGGUAAAUGGAAUUUUGGGGGAGAAAUUGAAAUACAUCCCAAACUUAUACUAUUUGGCAUGUUUAAUUGACAUAUUUAAAGAGCACCCUGUUUCCUGAGAAAUAAAACCUUACCCUGAGAUUGAAAAAAACAAAACCCCAGACAGUUAGGAACACUGAAACAACUAUGAGAUAUCUCAUACAUUUUAUGUUGUUAAAGUAAGAUAACUUAAGGUUUGAUAAGAAAUUACAUAUUGCAUAUAUUUCUUUUCCCCCCUUACAUAACAAGCAUAGCACACAUUAUGAGAGAGUAAAAAGUAUUUUAUUCCAAAAGACCAAAAUAAUCCAUAAGAGGGUUUUUUUCCAGUAUUUCCCAAAAUUGUGAGUUUUUCCAUUGGAAAAAUUGGAUAGGGGGAAAUUGGGUCCUCUCCCAAUUUGCCCCCGCCCCUGGGUCUUCACAUUUCUUUGUCUCAUAUUGCUGGACUAAAACUCCUGCCAUCCUGCCCAUUGGCUAAGCUGGCCAGCUGGGGCUGAUGUUAAUCCAAAAAUGUGGAGGUCACAGGCUCCUCAUCCCUGAUUCAUAUGAGUAUGAAUUUAAGCUUUCUUACUGAUGACACGAUAAUAUUAAGCUACACAGAGCUGUGUAGUUUCAUUUUGUUGAAUGCUCUAGAUAUUUUUCAACUGAAUAUCAGGGGGCUUCACCAUUGCUUUUUGAGUUAACUGUUGACCCAAAGGCACCACACGUAGCUUUUCAAUGAACAGGCAUGGUGUGGUCAGUUCUGAAUAGGUUUGGGAGCUUUACUUUCUCUGAUUUAAGGGAUAAGUGCAUUUUCAGCUUUUUCCAAACUGGAACAAUGAGCCCUAAAGAAUACUUUGGUUUUGUUUUUUUGUUUAGCUCUUCUGUUUCUAAUUCCCUCGAGAACCAAAAGCACAUGAAAUAAUCAUGAGAGUCACAAAAAGAAAGUAUUAAACAUUCACAACCCUCAUAAAGAUUUGAUUCUUUGACCUUGGUAAAAGAGCAAGGCUCAAAAGAAAAGGUGUUAGUUAAAAAUAUAGUAACCUUUAAACUGUGGUUCUCUUAUCCCCAUAAAGAAUGUCUUACUUUUAAAAGUACACUUACUGUUAAAUAGACUGUUCAUUCUUCAUUUGAAGAAAAAUAAAGACACCCCUGUAUAGAUGAAGGAUCUAAAAAUAGUUGUUUUUCAUUCAUUAUAAUUAACUUAGAAGUAUGGAUUUGCUCCCCACACACCACAAUCUUGGGAACAUGGUUUCAGUGUAAUAUCACAUGUUUUGCAUGCAGAAAAUCCCAGCUUUAAUCUCUGGGUUCUCUAGAUAGAAGUAAAAAAGACUUUUGCCUGAAACUCUGGAAAGCUGAUGCCGGUUGAUGUGUAGAUAGACUAAUGGACUGGUUUAGUAUAAGACAACUUCCUAUGUUAGUAAUGCUUAGUCCAUCACAGAGGUAUGUUGUUGUUUAGUCGUUUAGUCGUGUCCGACUCUUCGUGACUCCAUGGACCAGCGCACGCCAGGCACCUCUGUCUUCCACUGCCUCCCGCAGUUUGGUCAAACUCAUGCUGGUAGCUUCAAGAACACUAGCCAACCAUCUCGUCCUCUGUUGUCCCCUUCUCCUUGUGCCCUUCAUCUUUCCCAACAUCAGGGUCUUUUCCAGGGAGUCUUCUCUUCUCAUGAGGUGGCCAAAGUAUUGGAGCCUCAGCUUCACGAUCUGUCCUUCCAGUGAGCACUCCUUUUGUCAAGUUGAUUUCUACAGAAUCAUCCUUGGAUGAGUAUCUUUGCCACCAGAUAGUCGGGCUGAAAACCCAGUAUAGUAUAGUAUUCAGCAUUUCCUGCACAGAUUGACAUUCGAUUUUUAAGUUGUCUGUUUUAUUUACAUGUUCAAUUAGGUUUGCAGUUCUGUACAAAAUGGCAAACAUUUCUCCCAGCAUGGUUGUUCCUUACAUUCCUUUCCCAUUUAGCAUUAUGCAAAUAACUUUUUUGGGAAAUAUAUGGUCAGUGAGAGGUUUUGGUGCAACAACAACAACAGAAGAAUACUUGCUUAGAGAAUGUUGAUCCUUGUCCAGCCGUUCCACUGCAGUUCUUGCAUCCAGAUUUCUUGAUGUUUGUUUAUCUCACAGUUCAUUAUUUAAGGCUGGUCUGUCAAAGUAGGUUAAAUAUUCUUUGGGAAACAUGGUUACCUCUUUGAUAUACCAACAGUCUGUUAAAUAUAGGAAAGAUUGGCCUGAUAAGAGAGACAUGAUAAACUUCCAUCACUAAAAAUAUUUUGUUCUUUGUUCCGUUUGGGUUUCUAAAAGCAUCAAUAAGCUGUGAAAUCUCAUUGCUAUAAAUUUCUGGAACAGACGCACAGAAACACUGGCAAAGCAGUGAAAAUGAUUGCUGAUGAUUCAUUCUAACUACUUGACCUUCUGACCUCUUUUACAGAUAUAUGACCAAGAUGGGACACUACAGCACUUUAUUGAUGGUGGGGAACCCAGUAAGUCAAGCUGGAUGAGGUAUAUUCGAUGUGCAAGGCACUGUGGGGAGCAGAACUUAACCGUAGUCCAGUACAGGUAAAGUGUGUUUCAGCUUAUUCUCCGAAUAUCUGUUUAUUUUGCUGUGAUAAAAGCAUUGCCAAAGAAAUGUGUUGUAGAAAACUGUAAGGAGCUGAACUUACUGGGCUGGAUCUAAACAUGCCCUUUGAAAAUGGGACGGCUUCCUCUGAUGUAGCACAAGAUGGUUUUGUGAGAAUAGGCAAUUGAAUCCCAGUGAUGAGCUUCUGUUUGUAGAACACAUUACAAUAUCUACAACCACAAGGGUUUGUACAACAUUUCAAAAUGGGCACUUCUGCUAAGUUGUGCCAAGUCUUCUGCUGGUUCCAUUUUGCAGAACAGUACCCCUGCAAUAAAUUUCUUCUUUUGGUAUAUCUCUGGCAUAUGUCCAUUGUCCACUUUACAUAAAAAGGUCUGGCCUGGUCUUAUUUAGACAGAGGAAUUCACAUUUAAGCCACAAGCAUAACAACAUAAAAUGACCUAAAGUUCAUUUAAUCUAACUUCCUGUUUCCUAAUGCGGCCCACCAUAUAUUUCUAGGAAGCCCGUAAGCCUAAAGGCAACUGAUUUGCUCCUCACUAACUCUCUCAGAAACUGGAGCUAGCAUUUAGCUAUCAUGGCUAAUCCUUACUAAAGGAUUUGUACCCCCAAAAUGUGUCUCAUUCCCUUUUAUAGUCCUUUGUAAGAGUAACUCCUUGCCAUCAACUAACUGGCUUCACAUAAUAUGCUUUUCCUACUUGCUUUCUCAAAAUGAAUAUAGUGAAGUGGCAAGAAAACAACACGUGUGACUUCUGAGACACAUGUGUUGCUGAGCUCUCUUAUUGCAAACUGACACCACACCCUCCAGAGUGCUGUGGAUGUUGGAGGACUGAUACCUGCAAUAUAUGUCCCUUCUGUACAGCUUUUAAAGGCAUAGUACCACUCACCCGGCUGCCAAAGUUUACCUUGAAAUCAGGAGCCAGAAGCCCAAUUUUCCAAAAACAGUGCAUGCUGCUUAUUCAUCUUUCAAAUGCUACUACCACUUUGGUCUGAAAAUAUUGGAGCAGUCAACUUUAUCCACAGAUAAUCAGAUAUUUUGUGGGAUAGCACCUGCCUGCAAAGAAGACCAGAGUCUAUAGUCAGCUAAGGAACCAACAUGAGAAGUUGAUUUGGGAUAUAUAAGGUGACUAUGAGCUCACAUUUACAGUCAAAGCUGCUUAUUAAAUGUGCUGCGUAAAUAUAGGGGCUCUCAAUGAUAAAUAACUGUUUGGCCCUACUGGACUUUUUAGCAGUAUGAAGGAAUGGCCAACUUGGAAACUGCUACAUUAGCUUAUUCUUUUAAAAAAUAACCUCAAGCUUUUUUGUGUUAUUUAUUUUAUUUUAAAAAUCACAUAUGAAAAAGGGGGAAACAUUGUAGUUUUUGUAGUAUACACCCAGUUUCAUAACUAGAUAAUCAUCAAAUUAUAUUUCUUUGGGUUAACCAUCAAAAUAGACAAAAGCAGUUCAAAGAGGGGUGGAAGCACUUGUCAGUUUGUGUCACUAAUCCAAGUGCAACAACAGAGACUCAUGUUUUUAAAAGAAGUCAACAACAAUUGUUCUGAAUGUCAGCAAAACUGUAUUAAAUUGGUAAAUCAAAGAAUUGUUUAUGAGAUCAUAAAGAACACUUUGACUCGUAGUCAGUUUUUUUUCCUGUCAUGAGCAUUUAUGUAAAGUCUUCAUACUUAGAUUUUGCCCUGAUGCAGAUUUGAAGGCCUGUAUAUGUUUAUCCACGAGGCCUGUAUAUGCUCAUCCAUGUGACACUUCUACCUACCAAAAAGGAUGCAUGUGUAAAGUUGUCCUUUCCAUUGAAGGAACCACAGAUAGCCCUUGCAGACAAGGGAGGUAUUUACAUCCAUUUACACCACUAUGUCUGCAUCAAAUCACUGGAUCACUAUGUGUGUGCAUAUUUGCGUACAUGCAGAUUAAAAUCUCAAGCAAAAUGAGACCAUGAGAAAGUCAUUACACAUCUGUCAAUAUUAAGUGGAUUUUACAAUUCUCCUUUCAUGAUGGAGCUGUUCCUUAGAGUUCCCUCUGUUGAUCUGUUUUCGAUUACUUUAGAUCUUUUAAAAAUGAACUACAAAAACACAAUUAAAAAAACAACAAUUGGCAUCUAUCACCAGGGACCACGUCCAAGUGUAAGAAAAUAGAAAAGUUGGACACUGAAAAACCGUCUUAAUUUUUUAUUGUGCAUGGACGUCUUCCUCACUGAAAGUCAGCUGUUUCAAAUUCAUUCUGUUAUGAUUUGUAAUAUCUAAAUGGAAUUUUCUUCAAAGCACUCUUGAUUGAUUGACCCUUAGCUGAACGUUUUGUUUUUAUUUUGAAGCUGACAAUAAUGUUUGUUGGCAUGUGUUCUGCUUCAACUGCGUUGGGACGCCACAAAGCUAUCUUUAUGAGUCAUCCAACCACAAUACUAAAUACAUGUCAGCAAAGGAAAUAUUAUCCGAAAGAGGAAAAAUCCCUUUGAUGUACUUCAGCAUGCAGAGAUUUCUGCAAGUUUUGGAAGCUCUAUAUGCUUGUAAGGAAUCGUGUAUGCUUACACUCCCCCCCCCUUUUUUUGGCCUACUCCAAGCCUUAGAGACCACCCAUUGCUUGAAAACAGUUCAGCUCUUUCAGCAGCAAAGUGUGUCAUUGGGUUUUAGCACAUUCAUUUGCUGGGCUGCUAUGUUUAUGUUAGGUGAAGCCAAACAGAGAGAUGAAAAGUUACAAGGGUGAAGUACAAAGUAGACUCAUUUUUAUUUUUUUUUAAAGUCAGGAGAUGCGGGUGAUUUAUAGCACUGCCCUGAUUUUGAUUUUUAUGUAAUGGUGGAAAGAAUUAAUAAAAUGUACAGCUUGGGUGGAAAUAGAUGGAGGGGUAGGGAGAGAGGGCAGGAAAGAGACGGAGGCAGGAGUUUUUGUCAGAUAUUCAUAGAAUGUUGGGAAAAAGCAUUAUGCUUAGCCAGCAGUGCCCUCCUGAGACAGGGUGGCAGUAAGCGAGGAAAAUAACAAGAUAAAUGAAAUUUUUGCAGCUGCUUGUAAAAUAUUGAGAAUCUGCACUUUUUUAUUGAUCUUUAUGAUCCUGUUGCCAAGAGCCACUUUGCGGUGACAAAAUAUGUUGACAAGUGCAUAUCUCACUGCCAUGAAAAAUGUGGUUAAGGAUUCUCCUUAUGUCGGCAGUGUUAUACAAGAAACAAAUUGCACCACUACAGCCAAUUCUUUAUAGAGAGGCUAAAUUUAAGGCCUACCAACCCUGCACACUUUUAUCUCAAACUUCAGGCUAAUAUUUGUAGCAAUUCUUCAUUGCAGAAACCAGUGGAGAUUCAACUUUUUUAAAAGUCCAUUUAUGUCUCCACACUUUACACAAGAUAAUGUAAAAAAAUGUCAUUUCUUACUACAAUGACUGUAUAAUUCUGGUAGGCAAUAUUUCAGCCAGAAUGGAAAGCUUGUCUUGUAUUUAUUGAAUUACUAUCCAUCUCAUAUAAGUAUGUUUUACUUUACUAUAACUGGCUUCAGCGACAGCCACUCCACAGUUAUUUUUAUUUUUAUUAUUUUAUCUCCUAAAAGCCUGGUCUCACAUUGGUUUUACCAGCAUGUGGGGGUUUCAUAUAAUUGUUAACUGAUUUUUAUGUACCUGCUUAAACAAAUUUUGAAUCUCAGCUCCAUGAUAAGAUAUUAGCUAAACAAAAAUAUGGAUUUACUGGUGAAUAGGUAAAUGGGUAACUGUUACUACAACCAUGGGUUUAGUGGUGAGCCAUGCUUAAGCCAAGUACAGACAUUAGGUGGUAAUGCUAGGGAAAUAUACCCAGGAAUAAGCCCCACUGAAAUCAGUGGGAAUUUCUUCUUAGUAAAUAUAGCUAGGAUUGUACUGCAUGUACUUUCAUUGUGUCUAUUAUUUUUUAUGAAGGUGUAUCAAAAGCAAAAUAAGAUUCCUAGAUUUUUUUCCUUCUUUUGACUUAGUUGGUUGUCAUUUAUGUUCAUCCAAUAUUUGUGAUUCUUAUGAAAUAGCAAUGCUUCCCCUAUUCAUACUCUAGGGGUUGGGUGGGGAGAGAUAUGUUCCUUCAUUCUUUUAUUUACAAUAUUUCUAUACCACCUUUCAUCGAAAGAUCUUAGGGCAUGGGACAGUAAAUCUUCAAUAAAGAACAAUAAAUGCCAAUAAAAAACAGAGUACAUAAACCAGCAGUAAAACAGUCAGCCGUAAUAAAAUCAGUCACAGUUUCCAAACACCUAUCUAAAAAUAACAUCAACAUAGAUGCCUGUUGAAUUUUGGGGCAGAAGGAACUCCAAAGCUGGGGCGUCACCAAGGAGAAGGCCUGACCCAGUGUAACUGCAUAUUAAUUUAUUAAAGUUAUAUACCACCUUUCAAACUUAAAAGGUUCAUAAAAAUUCACAGUAACCACAAAUAUCACAAAAGGAUGCAAUCCUAUGCAUACUUACAGAAAAGAAAGUUAUUGAAGUAAGCCCCACUUUGGAGCUUACUUUGAGGAAACAUUCCUAGAGUGGACUUCCAUUUUCUAUAGAAAUGUAUGUUCAUAUUCAGCAGAGGUUAGCUAAAGCUUUGAGAAAUGUAUUUCUGUUCUAGGAUAAAAGCAGUGUAAAGAAAUGUCAAGGUUAUUAGUAACAUUUUUAUUUUAGAUCUAAAUCAUUUGUUUACUGUUUUAGGGACAAAGAAAACUAGCUUGUCUAUGCCAGAAGUAGACUUCAGGCUUGUGGGAUCUACUUUAGAUUUGGGGUUCUUUUUUAGGGGUGUUGCUGUUGGUUUUAUUAUCAGAACCCCAAGGUCCCCCAGGCAUUUAAACAUUUCAUGGAAAUGUGAAAUAUUCUUCCAUCAUGGCAAUCAUUUUCUCUACAAGCAUAUUUUAAGGAUGCUAUGCCAAAAUUAUAUAUUUGUAUUCAUCUACAUAUUCAGAGUUCAGAUGGCUUUUGCUUUGAAAUACAAUGCACUUUGUUUUUAUGCUUUACAUGGGCGCCACUUAGAAUUCUUUCAUCCAUCUGUCCAUUUAUUCAUUGUAUUUGUGCAUUGUCUUCUGACAAAAACAAACCAGGGCAACCUCUGUCUAUGUAAAAAUAAAUACAAAUACCAUUAAUACGUAUAUAUUAGGGUUUUUAAAAAAUGAUUUAUAGUAGCUACCUUCCACGCUUGUCACAGGCUAGCUGCUUAUACCAGCUCUUUUCAUACUCCUAGCUACAGUUAAAACGGCUUGUGCCUUUUCUCUUCUUCCCCUCAGGACAAGUUAGUUCUUCCUUAAGCAAUCUUGAGAUAGUAAGUGGGGUAUAGAAGGGGCCAGCUCUGCUAGAACCACUAGGAUCUGUAUGGAGGGCAGCUUUCACUAGGCUUUUCUCUCUCUUCCACUGAUGAGUGGAUGCUCCUGAAGAAUUAUUGCCCAACCAUUCAUUCUUUCUCCCUUUGCUUGUUAUGACCAGGUCAAAUAUAUUCUACAGAGCUUGCAUGGAUAUUCCCAGGGGCACAGAGUUGUUGGUCUGGUAUAAUGACAGCUACACAUCUUUCUUUGGAAUUCCGUUACAGUGCAUUGCACAAGAUGAGAACUGUAAGUAUCUUAUUUCAUCUCCGUAUACGUUGGUUUCACAGUUUGUUACUACAAUUAGUUCUUUGUUCUCCUUAAAACAUGUGCAGAUUUAAAUACGUGAACACUCAGUUUGCAUUAAAUUAUUGUGAAUUUUUCCAAUUUAGAGAUCCAUUUUAAGACACUAAGAAAAAACUCUUGACUUGGUAGGGACAGAAUUGAACUAAACAUAGAAUCCAGGAAUGAAGCUUGGGCUGUUACUCAAAAUGGCACUGCUCUGAAAACUGAAAAAUGGAAAAGUAGAUGGAAAUAAUAGACAAAACAAUUAAAGUGGCUACAGAAAAAUGUUUUAUGAAAAUCUUUUGGAACCAUGUUAUGAUGGAUAAUCCACAUCAAGCAGAGUCCUUGAGUCCAUAGCACAAUGAAGGUUGUUAACCAUCACCAGUUUCCCAUGCCUUUGUUGAGAGCAGUGAUCAGCAGAGGGUGCAGAAUUUAUGUCUUGGUCCAAAGUAUACUAAUUGCAGUAUGACACAUACUUCACCCUCCAUAUAACAUUAAAAUAUAUUACUUUCCCCCUGUAUUUCAUGCAGAGUUAUCACUGUCAGCAUCUUUAAACCUCCACCAUAUGAUUAGAUAAUUCACAGAGAAUUUUUUUAAAUUUUGAAACUGCUUAUGGACCCACCUGUAGCGCCGCUGCCCCUCAGAGGGUGAAACCCAGGCAGCAACAGGUGCAAAACAAAACAGACAGCACAAUGUUGUAGGAUUAAAACUGGCUACAACUUUUAUUGCUUUCAGAUAUAGGUUGGCUUUGACUCACGCAUUGGGUAUAUAUCCAUUUUCAUCAGGCCUGUAAAAGUCCAUACUGUCAAAAACUUAAUUGCUGGGUGUGGGAUAACAUGGUCACCAAGGUGUUCCAUUGCUCCACAACACUUAUCUUCCAGAGGACAUGAUUAACACAGGCUGGUCCUUCCACACGCACAGCCACUGCUCACGUUUUAGGAGCUCUGACCUAAAAUGAUGGUGAUUGUUGGGGACUUUUUGUGUAGUCUCUUUACGUCAGAGACUAGGAUAAUGUUGACGCUCUUCCAGGUGGUUGGAUCAUUUUACCCAACUGCAGGACCACACAUCAGGGGAGCUGCAUCUUGCUAUUUCAUGCUCCAGCUUGGCCACGUUGGCCCAUCCAUGUCAUCUUGGCCCUGGUCUAGAGACCCAGCUGUGCACUUGCGUAGACUUUUGCUCCUUGCCCACAAAUCCAGGCGUUCUUGGAAGGGGUACCUGAAAGAGAGGAGUUACAUGGAAAGAUUAAGUGAGGGUUAUCCAGGGCAAAUGUACCCUUUGUAUGAUUCUGAGUGCCACCUGCCUAAUGCCUUUGUAAGUUCUGGCCUGAGACCCCAUUCAAAGGCUGAUGUGGCUGCCCCUAUGCAAUAAGGAUGCCCUGUGGAUUCUCCCAGGCUCCACCCCUCAGCUUGCUCCUGAUAGACAAAUUUGAACUUCGGGAUUGUGGCCAGCCACCAUGGUGAAGUCAUUUUGCCCUCUGGGGGGAGGGCUGGCAUCGCUGCCCACCUUCUGACUAGGUAAGUGGCCAUUGUGUGGCAUAUUGGGUGGUGUCUGUCUGCUGACAGUAUACAUCCAUAACUAGACCAGGGAUAAGACCAAUUUUCAAUUAUUCAUUCUGCCGCCUAUAGCUCCCCUGCCCCAAAUUGCUCUGAAGGAUUGGGUGACACUCUGGAGCAGAAUUAAGGGGGAAAUGGAGGACUACAGGUGGCAAGGGGAAUCACCAAAAAUUGCCUUCCUAUUCAGCUCAUGGAUGUCUUGGAUAUGACCUGUAAAUUGAUUCAAAGUGUAAGACCUGAUCCAAAUAUAUUUGUGUCUAGGAGCUGAAGCUCUAAGCUCCCUGUGUCAGGGCUAGCUCCCUGUUGUUGGAUCAGGCUUCCAUGCAUAACUCUUAGAUUAUUAGUAGUCAUGCCCUGCUGUAACUAAGCCUGAGCAUAAGCAACUGAAACAUGCAGUGCAGUGAUGUAUUCUUAAUGGAAGGGCAAGCUAUAACAAAACAACAACUUAUUUCUUGUUCCUUGCCCAUAUGACUGGGUUGCCCCAGCCACUCUGUGCAUCUUCCAACAAAAUAUAAAGGGACAAAACAGAACAUCAAAUAAUAAAAGCUUCCCAAAACCGUCCUGCCUUCAGCUGUCUACGAAAGGUCAUAUAAUUGUUUCACUCUUUGACAUCUGAAGGGAGAUGCAACUUCCAAGAAGGCCCUCUGCAUGGUUCCCUGUAACUUCACUUCUCAGAAGGAGAGAACCGCCCGAAGGCCCUUGGAGCUGGACCUCAGUGUCCGGGCUGAACCAUGGGGGGUGGAGACGCUCCUUCCUGUAUAGACGGCUCUAUGUACAUAUAGGACAGAUUGCCACCUAUGUUCUGGCUAAGGAAGUGUGAAAAGAACAUUGAUAUUAUUUUACAGGAACUGAUCUUAUAUCAUUUCCCCCCUUUUGACAGAUUACAUUUGAAGGCACCGAGCGGAUUAAGCCUGCCAAAUUGUUGACAAACAGGGUUUUGUGGGGGAACUAAAAAAAAUUAAUUUACCUCCAGAAUCCAUUCUUACCUUCAUCAGGCCAACUCAAACUCCAAAAUCCAUGUUAAUUUCAUAUUUUGAAGCAGGGGAGAAGCAGGGGUUUGUCUCUUGUUCUUCCUUUCCUAAAUAAUUAAAAUAAUUAAGACAUGGUCAAUGUGUGUUCUUGCUUGUACAUUUUCUUUACAUAUUUGCAGCUUCACUGGCCUUGUUAUGCUGGCAGGUGAUGUCAUCCAGACAGGCAUUACAAAAUGAGGCUGUCCUUAAUGCUGCCUGAGAAGUGUUGAAGAAAAUUAAUAAUAAUAAUUUAUUAACUAGAGCUCUUCAGUGAGCAGCAAGUAGCCUCACUUCUUGCAAAGCCUGGAGUAGAGAAACAUAGAGACACACAGAAAAAACAGUGACAGAGCAACACAAGGCUUUGUGGUGUCUAUGAUCCAACUUGACAGGAUUUAUUGACACUGUGGUUCAGGGAAUAGUAAAAUUACCCCAAAUUGUUAUUUGGCCAUAGCAAAAAGUGGUUGCGCACCCCUAAUAUAUGGCAAUUAAAAAAUGACAACUCUAAGAACAGCAGCAAACAGCCAUAAAACUGGAGACUAUCUCUGACUCCUGAGAAAUCAUUGAUGCUAUUCACUGUUCUCUAUACCUUAUACAUUGUUCAAAUGUGAAACUAAGUGCAAUAACAUUUUGUAUGGAAUAAAUGAUAGUGAAUAUAAAUUUGCAAAAGAAGAAAUAAUGAAGGAUGUAAGGGGUUUCCCCCUUCAAAGUAACUUUUCCUUUAAGCUAAAUUUUAAUGAUCUUAGGGCCAAACUGGACAUCACAUUAUUUACACAAUUGUUACCUGAGUGAAUAUUUCUUUAAGUAACAGCAGUCAUGAAAUAACCUGAUCUGGACUGGGACAGCUUCUAAAUGGAGGGACCUUUAACCCUUUGCCCCUGAUGUGGUCCCAGUCUGAAACAACACCCUCGUGUACCUGCUACUUGCUUCCUGUUCUAGUAAUGCAAAAUUGAAUCUCCCAUCCGCUGUCAGGAAGUACAGUGCAUUCUACACCUUAGAAGUAUGUCACCUCAUUCAGCUGCAUGAGUAGACCAGGCCUGAGAUCAUUACAGUGGUACCUUGGAUCUCAAACGCCUUGGUACUCAAACAACUUGGAACUCAAACACUGCAAACCUGGAAAUAAGCCGAACAUGCUCCAUUUUGAAUGUUACACUUCCGAUUUGAGUGUUACGCUGAGGUCUGUCUGUUUUUGCUAUUUAUUUUGCAUUUUUGUGGCUUUUUUGUGACUGUGUGGAACCCAGUUCAGCUACUGUUUGAUUGAUUGUGUGACUGCAGUACAUUGUUUAUUGCUUUCAUUUUAUGGAUCAAUGGUAUCGUUAGAUAGUAAAAUUCAUGGUAAAUUGCUGUUUUAGGGGUUGUUUUUAAAAGUCUGGAAUGGAUUAAUCCAUUUUGCAUUACUUUCUAUGGAAAGCGCGCCUUGGUUUUGGAAUGCUUUGGUUUUGGAACGGACUUCCGGAAACGGAUUAAGUUUGAGAACCAAGGUACCACUGUACUAGGUUGGCCCAUUUAAUGUGCAUCUUUAGUAAUAAAUGCUUGCUCUAGUCAAUAGGCAGAAGGCAGAUAUUUAUUUAAUGGUAACUCAAAUUGUUUUGGUUUUUUCCCUAUCUCUGAAUACUUCGUUAUAAGAAAAACUUUCUCUUCCCCCACCCUCUUCUCUUAGUGAAUGUCCCUUCAACUGUAAUGGAAGCCAUGUCAAGACAAGAUACCGUGCAGCCAUUUAACAAAAGUAGCAAACUACCCUCUGCCACUCCACAGCGGUCCAUUGUGUUUCCACAGACUCCGUGUAACAGGAAUUUCUCUCUUCUGGAUAAAUCAGGCUCUAUCGAAUCAGGAUUUAACCAGAUCAGUGUAAAAAACCAGCGAGUCCUUGCGAGCCCUACAUCAACAAGCCAACUAAAUUCAGAGUUCAGUGACUGGCAUCUUUGGAAAUGUGGGCAAUGCUUUAAGACUUUCACCCAACGGAUCCUUUUACAGAUGCAUGUGUGCACACAGAACCCUGACAGGUAAAACAUGGGCACUCUUUAUUUCUAUAUCUUCUGAUAGUAAGAUCCAUUUCUUUUUGCUUUAUCAGGCUGUUAGCCUUUCCACCACCAGAGCAUUAUUAGAAGGAACCUGCACAAUGCAAUUCAUCUGCUGCUGUACAAAACACAUAGAUAAUGGUGGGCAUAGCUUGGCUUUAUUAUUUGAAAAAAAACACACGGGGUACCUAAACACAGAGAUAAGAGAAAAUGACUAAGAAUAUAAUCUUGGCUUGGUACAUCUGUUAGAAAGGGGGAACAAAGUAGAAGGGAAAUGUAUGGAUAUCACAGAAGGAAAAAAGAGGUCAAGAUAAUUAAAAGUCAUUCUGUCUCUGAAAGAUAAUAUAACUUGCUGCUCAGCAGCUGUCAUAGUCAUCUCAGGGUUCACCUAUAGUGUGCAAUGUGUAUGAACUUAAUUAAGUACUAAGAGGUAAUGAAUUGGAAUUUUUUGCUUAGUACUAUUUUUCUUCGGAGCAUGCAAAGCCAUAAAUCGUGCAAAGCUGUCAAAAGGAAAUACCUACCCCACCAGUGAUGUGGAGGAAAACAGAUGCCACUUAUUCAAUAAACUAAUAUCCACACAGAAGAAAAAUGUUGACUAGAUACCUCAGAGUCAAAGUUGGUUUGAAAGUUUGUCAAUACAGAAUUUUAUGGCCAUGAACUGAGGAUGAAAUUUAGCUGAACAAGUGAAUUAAAAUUUCAGGUACUCUGACCAGUGCCCCAGUAGAGAUAAUGGAACUAUUAUUUAUAAAUCAAAUCUGGUUUAUUUGACAAUCUUGAUAGCUGGCAGCACAAAAGACGAAAAUCAGAUUAAUUCAAUAAAAAGACUGCUUCUGUUUUUGUCUUUUCCUUUAGCAGCAAAGAGAUGCUUUAAUAAAACAACUAACACUCCCGGAAUAAUCAUUCAGGCUGCAAUCCACGAAGUAUUGCUGCUGCAGGAUCUCAGUGAUGAAAGCGGACAUUAAUGGACUAGAAUGGAGCUCUGGAAGACAUAAGAGUUGUGCCAAAACUCUUCAUCCAUGUUCACGGAUAAACUCAGAGCUCUACUACAACAUUUCGGGAACUGUGGAAAACAUGUAACCCACUUUCAUCACUCUGCAUCCUCAGUACAUUUCAAUGCAAAUUUCAUGUUGGUCUUGUAUCACAGUGGUGGGGCAGGUCUAUUUUAUUUUUUACUAAAACCCCAAGCUCCUUCAGCCAAGGCCAGGUGGAAAAUAGUGGUUGAGCCACGCAGACUUACACUAAAAAUUAAGGACUGGGGUUCAGCUCUAGAUUUGGUAACCACUACCAGAACUGGUAAUUCAUAUCAGUAAUCAGCAUCAGAACUAAGCUCUUAAACAUUUUCAUGCAAAAAGCAUCCCUCCCCACCCCCAGUCUCUUAUUGUUUUGGCAUGGGGCAGGGGAGAAGCUUUAUAGAUGGGAGUUAGAAACCCUUGCAGAUGACCCAGAGAUCCUCAAAUAGAUCCCAAACUACUUUUUGUUCAUCCCUGCUGUUGAAUGGGGUUGCAGAGUAGACCCAUUGAAAUCUAUGUGACAGAUGGCUAACUUAAGUCAACUGAUUUCAGUGGUUCUAAGCGUUAUUAAGUUUGACAGCACACUACAAGUUGGAUUCAAUUUCACUGCACUGAAAGAUUCAAAAUGCUAGAACACAUCUAAAGGAAUCCACAAAAUUUCCAAAGCUGAAAGAUAGUAAGGUUUUAAGAGAUGAAAUGAUGUCAUAUGUAUUUCUCAUCCUUUGGGGUUAAUGUUGGUAGCUAGCAGGUUCCAUUGUUGUUUACUGCUCUCAUACUACAAUUUAAAAUGUACAAUAGCGCUUCCUAUAUUUUCAUGGCAAAAACUUGUAACAGCAUUCUCACCGAUAAAUGUGCCAAUAAAAUGCAAGCUCUCAAAGUUCUCCAAACAUUUAGAGGAUCUUAAUCACAAGAGCCCCAUUAGUGCUCUUUAGCCUGAGGGUGAAAAACAAGGCUUGGUUUUCCGACUGAAUCUGAAUUAGAAAGAUUUACUUAAUUAAAAUAAUAAAAAAAUCGAACCAAAUUAUCUAGCCUUGACAUAGCACAGAUUAAUCAUUGUGUUGGGCAUAAUCUGAAGUGACACGUGUACAAAAGUUCCUCUUCUGUGGAGGAACAUUUUUAUGUGUGUGUGUAUGUGGGGACUCCACACAUACUGAACAUCUUACCCUCCUGCUCUCAUCAUAGGGAGGAAUGAGGAAACUCUGUGAUUCUCAUAGUUCACUGGCAUUAGCUGCAAUCUGGCACAGCUAUUUAUAUUCUAUUUCUGACCCCUCCAAUGUAGAUGCCAUUUUUAAGCACUGGCUGGUGCUCUAGGUAUGUGGGCGAGGUUUCAAAUGAAAGUUCAAAGUCCUUCCAUUUGCCAAAAAUAAAAUGGAACAUAUAGUAGGUAGGGAAAUGGAGCGUCUGAAAAAUCUGAAUUGUGUGAAGAUUAUCAGAAUUCUUAGCAGCUGGUAGUUAUGUCACACUCACAACUCUGCAUUUUUCAGGGUCAUGAUAGUGUGUAUCAUCUGUGAUCAAGUGGAAGGAUGUGCCCUGCAAAAUUUCCCUUAGCCUUAAAGAGGGCUACGCUAUCUAUUGCAGAGAGGUUGUGCCUUCCUUCAGUUAGAUGCCUCCUCCACCCAACAUAUUGGUGCUAGGAAUGCUUUUUUUGGGUGCUUCCAGAUCAGUGUUCCUCAUGCAUGCGUGUUUCUUGCUGUGCCCACCUGAUGUCAUUAAGAGAACAGCUGAGUGUAGACAGUAUUGAACUAGAUAAUCCAGUAGUCUGACUUGGUAAAACAGCAUACUGUGUUGUAUCUGGAAACCUUGAGCUCCUCUCUUUCUGAGUGCCUCAUUACCAUUGCCUGUGUAAUUAUCACAAUGCUGGUCUCUUGGGGAAAGGGAACAAGUAGGAUGUAGCUGAGUCUUAGGUCCCAUCCUUAUUCUACACAGAAAGAAGGAAUAUAGGUAGUAUUUUUCUCUCAUGCUGCUUGGGGGAAAAACAGGAUCUUAGCCACCUCCCUUUUGUGAUAUGUCAUGUGCAUAAUUUCAUGACUAUACACUGUACUGUAUGUAUUUUUCGACUGAGUUAGUCUAGAGCACAUAAAUAAAGCAUCUUUCCUGGAUUCCCAGGAAGAUCUUUGCUUUUUAUGCGAAGUCUCUUAUGGCAAAAGAAAUGUAGUAGAUUUUUAAUAGGGCUGCUGCUUCUGUGCUAAAAUUGGGGCUUCUGGAGCCACGGAGCUGAAACUAGAUUUUGGGGCGGUUUGACAGUUUCUCCUCUAUGGUAGGUCACAAGGCCUGAGUCAACACCUGUAGAAUGAUCCAUGUUCAUAUAGACAUGGUGUAUACUGACAAUGUGAUCAACUCUCAGUGGCACUAUGAGGCCGUUGCCAAAGCCCAGAGAAACAUGGCUGCUAUCUCUACUACUCGGGAGUUAAAUGUGGCUCUUGGUGACUUAUCUGACAACAAAAAUGGCAUCCCAUUAUCUAGCCUUAGGCAGAGUCUCAAACACUAGCAUAGAUUUAUAAAGUCUUGACCCCAACCCAGUGCCCAGUGAUUCCUAUUCACCAGCAUCACUACUGCCAUGACUUAUUACAGAGAAAGAACAGGUUGUGUCUUUUCCUCUUCUACUGUGGUAGCAGUGGUGAGGAUUCAUGGGCAACGGUAUCUGAUCCCUAUUAGUACAAGCCUUGGUUGCUUUUGUCUAUGCAAUUCACUUAGUUGCACUGACUUAAGAAUAUUGUAAGUGACUACUGCAUCUAGAGUUGAAUAAAGAAUCAAUUUGAGUGACUUGGGGAGAUGGAAAAGAAAUUUGAUUUAGUCAGCUUUUAAAGGCAUCUCUACCUAAUUCACAUUUCCCCAAACACUGUGCAAAUAGGAGUACAGCCAUCCUUCAGAAUUCACUCUUCUCCAAACUUUUGAUGCAUUCUUCAACUAAAUAAUGUAUACAAAAAUGCAUACACUUAAGGGUAAGUAUGCAUAAAGGCAUAUAUUAGUGAAAAUAACAUACAAAUAUGCAUUAUAUUAGGGAGAAUUGUUUGUAUAAAUAUGUGUAUUAAGCAAUGUGUAUAUCAGUAAAAUACUGAUUCAUUUUCAUUAAGACUUUUUAAAAAAAGAACACUGAUGCAGAAAUGUGGAAAACUGAACCAAAGAUUUGAAAAAUUACAAACUGAUUGAAACCAAAAUUGACAGAUUUGCCCAUUCCUACUUGUGCCUUUAUGAAAGCAUCCAGGGCUUGUAUUAAAAUUAUACAGGCAAGUUACAGAAGCCUUUGUACAGGGUGAGUCCUUGAAAAGAGAAGAAGAAGAAGAAGAAGAAGAAGAAGAAGAAGAAGAAGAAGAGUAGUAGUAGUAGUAGUAGUAGUAGUAGUUUGGAUUUGAUAUCCCGCCUUUCACUCCCCUUCAGGAGUCUCAAAGCGGCUAACAUUCUCCUUUCCCUUCCUCCCCCACAACAAACACUCUGUGAGGUGAGUGGGGCUGAGAGACUUCAAAGAAGUGUGACUGGCCCAAGGUCACCCAGCAGCUGCAUCUGGAGGAGCGGAGACGCGAACCCGGUUCCCCAGAUUACGAGACUACCGCUGUUAACCACUACACCAUGCCGGCUCUCUGUAUCCCGUGGAUACAGAGUACACAUGUUCCAUGGGGCCUCUUUUCAAAGACUCACCCUGUACGUAGACAAUUCACCCAGUGCCAAAUUUUGGGAAUUGGGUUUGCAGAUGUUUGGCACUCACUCAAGAAGCAAGGAUAUAUAAUCAUAGAAAUCCUCCACCGACUGUUGCCUAUUUUCUGUAUUCAAAAGUGCACAGAUAGAUGCAACGUACAAAAAGAACCGUUCACCUUUUAAAACUUAUACUUUAUACAACUAUUUUGGAUUUUUUGCUCCCAUUUAACCUAAAAUUCAUCUAUUUUGUCUAUAAAUCUUAUUAAUCUAUCGCCCAAGGAUGAUAUGCAAUAUUGGUCAUACUCAGAAUAGACCUUAAAUUCCUUUAUUUCAGUGGUUAUAGCUAACGUGAUAUCACCCCAGUGGUUUCCCCUUCUUUUAAGAAAUUAUCUAAGAUUACUUUGCCUUUUGAAGACCAAGGAGAGAAUUGUACACAAUCCUAGAGUGCAAUCCACUAUGCUGAAGCAACACAUAUAAUCUUGUGUUCAAUAAACUGUGAAGUCCCUGCAUAAAUUUGAUUGCAUGAAAUGGUGAUUAUACAACAGCAGAGCAUGGUCAACAGUGCUUGUUCAUUAUUUCAUAAUUUGAAAUAUGUACAGCAGUGUGUCCAAGAGUUGCAUAGCAUUAGGUUUUUUCAGGGUAAGAAUGUUUAGUAUUUUAAUUAAAGCUAUGGCAGUAAUAUUUAAUACAAUAUAAAAAGAGUCAGCCAGUGACACUAAUAUUAGAUAUUAAUCCACCUGGAUUAGGAAUUGAGUACAUCCAGGUUUGUAUGCACAUUUUGUCUGAAUUUGAAAUUCAUUAGGGUUUUUAAAAAACACUUUUGACCAUUUAGGUUACGUUUCCUCUUACCCUUCAAUGUGAUUUUUUUUGUUUGUUAAAUCAUUUCAUGUUCCUCCUGGAAACAAUCAAAGGAUGACUAUAACUCAUCCAAAAUUAACUGGCCAAAGGAUGUUCCAAGAUUUUUUUUGUUUGCUUGUUUUUUGCCCAGCCAUUUACAAAUUGACCCACUAUUCCUUGAUCCAGGAGUCAGAAAUCCCUUUUCUCUUCUGUUUUUCUGCUGCAGAAAUUCCCAACAAUCCCAUUUGGGGGGCUCCAGAAAGGGGUAAGCAGAAGCCUUCAAUCACAGUGAAUCAUUUAAAAAACUAUUUCAUUAUUUUUUAACUCAAAGCCAAUUCUCAUAAAGGACAAUUUGUUUACAUUUAUUUUUCUUUCUUUCCUUAAUUGUCAUGUGCAGUAUGCAAUGUUUAAUAAAUAGUAUGUGUUUUGGGUUUCAUGAAUAUAUCCCCUGACAGUUUCAUAUGCAGUUUUUUUUUUCCCAUUUUUAGCUUAGUUGUAAAUAGUCAUGUGCAUAAGAUGUUGUGAGGUGGUAGAGAGCAUACCCAGAAGAUAUGUUAAUCAGUGCUUAAUCUUUCUAUUUCCAUGCUAUAUAUAGAUGUAGAAAUAGUGAUUUGAUGUGCAGUUUAAGCACUUAUUUAGUAGUUUGGGACUUUUUAUUGGUAUAUUGGCUUGCUUAAAUCUCUGCUUUUCUUAAAACACUUCAAUCUUCCUCAAUCUAAUUUAUAACCUGCAAACAUUUAAUCAUAAAUAUUCACAUCACACAUAAUACCAAAAAAUAGCUUUUAGGGAAGUAUUGUAUCGAGAUUUGUUUUCUCUCUGUUUAUACAAUAACUCUGGAAUAUUGAAACCAAAUCAAAACAGCAAGCUGUAUGCAACAAAUUAUUAUUGCAUAAAAAUUUUCAGUAGUUUGCAGAUUAAUUGUUUUGUAGUUCAAUUUGCUACUCUAUCAUAAAUCAAGUAGUUUUAAAACAGUGUCUUCAGGACUCAUGCAAUUUUGCAGUGUUUGUAUCUUUUAGCGGUUUUUACAGAUGCUUACAUUUCUGUUGUGAUACUAGCAUGAAUGACUAAGCUUAAGAAACCUAUGAAAUCACUUAAGUAAAUACAGCAUCUGUGUUCUAUAUCUAAAUGAUGUGCAGGCUGCAUUAAUUGCAUUGGGUUCAAUGGAGCGUAGGAUAGAUUACAGCUAAUGUAGCUGUGAGUGAAUAAGGUCCCUGCCUUAAAUCUUAUCUCUGCCAUGGACUCACUAGGUGGUCCCAUCUGCAGUAGAGGGUUAAUAAAAUGAAGUUACCUUACUAUGCCAGUAUAUAUGAUGUACUUUAAAUGUUCCAAUAUUUAGAACAUUCAAAAAGUGCUAUAUAAGUACUUAUUAUACAUGUUCAACCAACAUCCCGGUACAAUCCUCGUUUCAGAUAACCGGCUCCAAUUCUGAAUGAAUUAAUGUUAAAUGUCCAACACCUUAAAUUCUGCCAUGUGCCACCACAGAAAUCUGUUUCAUGGCCAUUCCUUCAUCUGUUGACCUUAAAUUAACCCACUUGGGCACAAACCAGAGAAAGAAGAACAAGCUUCAUGGGAUUUAAGUGAUUAACUGAGUAGGAAUUGAAAAGCAUUAGCACUCUUAUCUUUCCCUGAAUUGUACUGAUUGUACAGGAAAGAAAAAGUAGGAAGGCUUUAAUUGCAGGGAAAAGGAAGUAGGGUAUGCUGAGGUGCACAAUAUGUAUUUGUUACUGAUUCCCAUGUGUUUCGACCUCUGUUGUUGUUCAGAGUGUUGUCACAACGCAAUUAUGCCAACAGAUUGUGAAAACUGGCAGACUUCAAGUUUGUGGAUCUACUUUGUUCUUACUAGAACCCUGAAAUCUACCAAUUGGAUCCAGGUUACAAAAGAUGUCAUGCACUUGGAAUUAAACAAUUUUGAGCCCAGAAAUUUGUUCUGAAUACCAGAACGAAAUUAAGUUCACAUUCCUUCCACACAAAAAUCUACUUCUGGGGAGUCCUCUCUCUCCCUUUCCCUCACUUCAUUUCAACAGUAUAAUUUAGAUGAAGUAGCAUAAUUGAUGGCAUUGUUUAAAAACUGAGAGCCAGAAAUCCCUGCCAGUCUAUUUCAAAUCACCCAGAGAUCUACCACUGAAUCCCAAUCUAUUUUCUGGCUGCCCCGGCAUAUUGUAUGAUGGUUGGUGUAUGGUGUGUGAGAGACAAGACAGACAGAAGCAGAAAGAAAACAUCUGCCACAUAUUUAGCACUUGACACAAUUUCUACAAGGGACGGUUUUUAUGUGAGUCAUGUUAGGCCUUGGAAUCAACACUAUGUCUUGUACUUCAGGAUUUUUGAGCUCUAUAUACUUCCUCAGAUUAUCUCAUGCUAUUACAAGAAACGUUUACAUGCCUCUUGCUUGCUCAUGCAUCUGCUUAGUGGCACUUCUUGAAACAUUUGCUAUGUUCUAUCUCUUCUUCUCCAACCUCUACUGACUGUGUGCUAGCAGUCUGGUUUUGACUUCAGCUUCCCUGUAGUAAUUAGGUUUCAAACUAGCCCUAUUAAAUAUAUUCCAGAAUAAAACACACACACACACACACACACACACACACACGACAAAGAACUCAUGAGUCACUUACUUGCAGCAGCUAGAAAUAUCGUAACAAGACAGUGGAAGGACCUAUCAGGAAUGAACAUAGACCACUGGUACCAAAAUGUAUGGGAAACCGCACUAGUAGAGAAGUUAACCAACAAACUCAAACUAGCACGAGGACACCUUCACUCCAGUAUGGUUCCCCUUUAUCACAUACACAGCACAACAAGACAAUGACCUAUCCCCCCCAUACCUGACCCAACAAUAUACCCCCCCCCACAACAAACAAACAAGCCAUACUGCAAUCAACAGAAUUCAACCACCAAGCCCAGGACCCCCAACCUCUCGCUUCAUCAAUAUAAAGAAAUAAUACAUACACAACCUACCCACAGGAUGCUGAAACAAACCCCAUCACUAAUAACAGGCAGUAGAACAAAAGAACCAUACCCCAUCUCUCCCCUUCCCUCUCCCCCAAAUGCAAGAUGUCUGUGACAAAAAAGUGUCUCCCUAAAUGCAGUCGAACCGAAAAAGAAUAUGAACUGGAAGUGGAGACAACAGAUAUAUGUACCUUUCCCCGUUUAUCUGUUUUUAUUGCAACAGAAAAAACUAAUAAAAACCAAUUAAAAAACCCUGCUAAUUGGGAACCACUUUCAUGCAUAAACCCUAUGAGGUACCAACUCACAAAAGACCUGCAACAGGCAUUCCUUUUUCUGAUGCCACAAAGGCAAUUUGCGUCAUCAUUACACAUCAGUAGAGGGGUUGCCAAUUACUUUAGGCCCAUAAGCAUAAUUUGAAUUUUUGAAUCAUAGAAUCAUGAUUCUAUGAUUCUAUGAAUAAAUGCUGCAGGCACCACCAUCUCUUUCACACAGAACAGGAGUAGAGAAAAAGUGCACAUGCACAAACUUCAUUUUUCCAAGAGAUCUGGAUAAUUGUCAUCCCGUGGAACUGAUCUGAGCCUUAGAAAAAGCACAUAGAAGUGGGAGACAGAAUGGGGAAAAGUGUCACACUUCGUAUUUCCUUCUUCGGCUCUAUGUAUUUUUCUAGAGAGAAAAAGGUAAUUACCCUCACCAUGUCAUGACCAAGGAGGGCGAGUGCUUAGAUGCUUUAUGGGCACCAAGAAAAGACUUCAAGGUUGCUGUGUUUUAUGCCCAUGUACCUGAGAUUAAGCUCCAUUGUAUCUACUAGCCCUGUGUAGAAAAGUAUACUUAUUUAUUCAUUACUUUUAUUGAGCAAAAUGUAUAAACCGCUUGUUUGUAAAAAAAACACCUCUAAGUGGUUUACAAAAAUUCAAGACAAAACAUUACAAUUAUUGAUAAAACACUCAAAAAUAUUCAAAGGACAAUUAAAAUCAAGUGUUGCUAGCAAGAAACAAACCACAUGGAACUUUUAAGUCUGAAUAGGCUUCCUUAAACAGAAAUGCUUUAUGCAGGUGCUGAAAAGAGUGCCUUGAAGAUGCCUUCCUAAUGUCGAUAGCAGAGUCCCAUGGUGUAGGUACUGCCACACUGAUCUCUUGCAAAUGCAAAAUCAGUGUUAUGUGGCUCAUGUUCCACAGAUUGAAGUGGUUGCGUGGGCACAUAUGGGGUAAUACAAUCUUGCUGCUAAACUGGUUUCAAGCUGUUUGAUUAUACUAUAUUAUUAAUAUAAUUCAUAUACUAAUAAUAACACCUUGAACUUGGUAGUAAACCAGUGCAGACCUCUGAGCAGAAGUGUUACUCCUGUUAGCAACCAUGCAACAUCAUUCUGCCCCAACGGCAGCUUCCGGGACAAGUGCAAGGAAGCCCCACCUAGAAUAUAUUGCAGUAACCCAAUCUCGGGAUCACCAGUGCCUGAACUACUGUGGUCAAAGCUCUUUCCUAUGUAGUCCUCAAACAUCAGAUCAUUCUGCAAUAUUUCUGCAUCAUUAAGUACGAUUGCUUCAUGUCUGCGUCUGUGCGCUCACUCACAGUGAUGCCAUUAGGUCCAGGAGCAAUAAUGGCUCAGUCUGAUACAGGUUUACACAAAGGCCACAAUUUUAUUUGGUCACAGAGCUUAAGUUUGGUUAGGGCAGGACCUUCCAUUGAGCUGCCUGAAAAGAGUAACCACUGAACUGAUGAGGUGGUCAAGGGGUAGCCCAUGUUUAAGCCCUGGGAAUGGAGCAGACUGAAGCCUCUAAUGUGUCUGGUCCACCCCUAGGUCCCACCUCCUAGAGAACCAACAAAAGCCUCCUAUUGGCUCCCUUUCCUAUGCACAGCCUGCAAAGUGCUAUAGUUGUGACGAUGCAUGCUCCAAAAGCAUGCUCCAAAAAUGCAUGCUCCAAAAAUUUGUAGGGACACAAAUCCAGGACCUUGAUUAGUCAUUCCCUCCGCCCUCCGUCCGAUGGGCUUCUACAAAUUUGAAAAUUAUUUUGAGAUGAAAUCCUAGAAUCAGGCUGUUCCUAACAACGGGAAGAGGUGAAAUUACUCUUUAUAAUUACAGGCGGUGAACAUUUUGCACGGGGGUUCCGUUCCUGGCCCCCCGCGUGUUGGCGGAGCAUACAUAAGCCCACCUUGUUAUGCUCCUGCUUCGUCUGGCCCUCUUUCGGGUCCAAAAGGACUCGCACAUCAAUUGGACACAAGGAAAAUGGUCGCCGCCUGUACUAUUUUAUUUUGUCCAAUUUGAAGAUGGUGGGACUGCAUGUUCAUCAUCCCUAAUGUAACAAGCUCUAGGAAGUAGAUGCCCAUGACAUUCAUGCAACAGCAUUCCAUUGAUCAUUGAAAACUAUAAAUGACAUGCAUAUUUUUACCAAAACAAAUUACAGUUUGAAUGAUAAGAAAAUACUACUUUUAUUAUUAUCAUCACAAUUAUUACCACAACUUAAGUACUACUGCAAGUAGUUGUAGUUUUUAAUUAUUUGUUCGUAUUUUAUUCCACGUAUUUCAGUUUGGUAACUAUUUGCAAACAAAGAACAGCAUGAUUUUGCCGAAUAAAAAAUUAAUCAUGUUGACCUGUCUUUUUUUUUAAAAAAAGAGAUUAAUUGGUUUUAUUUAGUGUCUUAUUUGUUUGUUGUGGGAGCUGUUAAAAUAGAUAACCAGGGGCUAAUAAAUGUUAAUGAUCCCACUCACUCUUAGAAAAUCAAUUGGUCAUGAUUACAGCACAUCUCAGUGUAUUGUUUUUGACUAAAAUAAUUUAAUUCUUAAGAAUAUUUUGAGAAGAAACUAUCCUUACUCAUCUUUGUUUUAUCAUUGCCAGAAUUUUCAUGUCAAUUUGAUGAAUGAUUUCUGCUUAAGUGAACAAUUCCUUUGAAUGAAGAAUAAAGCUGAAAAGCAUAUCCCUCUUGUCCCACAGUAAUGACAGUAGUUAUAGAGUAAUUAUUAGUGUGUGCCUUUGAGGUAUAGGAUUUCACAUGCGCUCACAUUGUAUAGGAAAUAUGUGGUCCCAAACUCUGCAUGCUUUGAGCUCUGUGUUAAACUGGAGUUCCCCCAAUUCAUUCAAGGCUUUGGAACAUGCUCUACAUGUGCAAUGAAGAAUCCCCAUUGUGAGUCUGCUAGAAUAUUUUUGGUUCACGGGGCAAUGCUUCAUCUGCAGCUGUAUAUGGCAGGUUUCCCACAUGCUGCUGCUUGAAUAGAGUGAAAGAUCAAAUGGAGAACACAGUGUUUUUAUUUAUUAUUAAAUAUAUAUACACAAUACUUCUAUUGUGCAAGCAAUCCAGUAUUUUUUUAAAAAUAAUAAUGCUAUGGAUGUACAUUCCAGAGAAGUAUAUAAGUUUAGCAUAUGCUCCUCAGGAGGAGAACAACAAAGCUCUCGGGAUCUUCAGAUCUCUCUAGAUACUCCACAGUUAUCAAUACAGAUCCAAGGUCUUAUACCAGUGUAAAUAUACCAGUGUAAGCAGUAAUUCACAUGGGCAGGGGGAAGGCAAGUCAGCACAGGAGAACUAGAGGGGGAAACCUAUGUUACAGGAAGAUGAGAACUUUCACUCAUUCGCUUUGAACUGUAUAAUCUACAUCUUCAGAUACUCAAGGCAGCUAAGUCACCAGUACUAAAACGAUGCAAUCCAGUGAUUUUUAUAAAACCUUAAUAUCACACUACUGAACAAACUCAAAGAUGGUGAGUGGCUUAAUUGUUCAUUUUACCAGCCUUAAUAAUCUUACCAAUCACCUUCACCAUAGUCCUUUCAGGGAUGUCACAAUGACUCUCAUUUUACAUGCAGAUGGUGGUGGUUGGAGCUCACUAGGAAUUUGGGGGAUUAGACAAAUUCAGGUAGAAUAAGGCUAUAAAUGGUUACUAACCAUGUCAUCUAUGUUCUGCCUACACUGUAGGUUGCUUCUGAAUACGAGUUAUUGAAAACUGCAGGAGGGGAGAGAGUGGUUGCACUUAGUUCCUUUCUUGUGUGCUUCCUGCAGGCAUCAUGUGGUAAUAGGAUGUUGGCCCAGAUGGGCCAUGGGCCUGAUCCAGCAAGCUCUUACGUUCUUAUGAAAAUUUGAGGUCCAUGGCUAAUGCCUGGGGCUUAAUCAAGGUUCCAUAAAGGGCUCCGUUGCAGUGGCAUAUUGCAGCUUUAGAACUUUUUCUUUGAAACUUGUUGGGAAACACUCAUCAAAUAUUUUAUAAUGUGAGUAAUUAAAAUAAUAUAAUAUUGAACUAUUGACCAACGCUAGGCCAUUAGUCAAGCUAAAAAAUUCUACGAUCAUUGCUCUGAAGCACUGUGAAAUAAUAGUAUUGGUGAUCAGCGAUGCAAGUAGUCACAAUUAAGCAGUUCAGUUGACGAAUGAGGGAGUACACUUUAUUUUAUGCUUAAUUGAAUUGCUGUACAUGCUUGGUCACCAUUGUCUCCUUUCCUUUAGAGCUUUGGAUUCUAGCUAUUUAGAGGCGCACAUUUGUAAAAGGGAGAAAGCAAUUAAGACUGUCGUAUCGGCUCUAAAAAUGCAGACAACGUGAGCUGUGCCUUGGGCUGCUCCUCGCUAUUAAAAUCAUUAAUAUGCCUAAAGAUACAAUCUUAAUUUCUUAAAACACUAAUAGGAAACUAAAAAUGCAUCUCCCUACAUUAAAAAUAGCCAGAUGGGUGAGGAGGCUCAAGCGCCUUAGAAUAUUUGUAGUGCAAUCCCGCUCAUGUCUACUCAUAAGUAAGUCUCAUUGAGUUCAAUAGGAGUUGCUUCCAGGAAAGCGGGUAUAAAAUUGCAGCCAUCUGCAAAGCAUAACACUGUUUGUGGAAAAUCUAAAACGUAGAAGGGUGGAAGUCUAUGAUCAUAAACCUCUAAGCAUAAGUCUGUGAUGGACAAGCACAUGUUGGGGUCAGGGCUAGGAGGUAAUGUCUUUUUCUUUCUUUUUUUGCAUAAUAUCUGACAAGAGCUUUAGGCAACAGCAGUAAAUGUUCUGAUUCUUUCCAUAGUAGUUUAGCUCAAUAUAUUUGGGUGUCCCAGACAGAGUCUCUGUCUUGCAACUGUAAUCGCUGUGCUUACAGUGGGGGCCUGGUAGUGGGAACAGUCUUGCUCUUUGCAUUAGCUUACCAUACUUACCAAAUAGAUAAAAUAAAUAGAAGAUUUCUUUUCUUGAAUACAUUUUUAUGCUUUUCCAUUCUAUCCCUUUUUCAAAAUUUAAUUAGCCGAGUGUCUUUUGUGUUUUCCUCCCCUUCAUUUUAAUGCUCACACAUUACAAUUGUUGUUGGGGCUUGCAACAUUAUGAGCUGUUUCUAACGAACGGUAACAUCACGCAAAAUGGGGCAGGUGGCGGUGUAGGAUUUUAGAAUCAGACUAUGUGAACCACUUAGGGAUAGUGUCACUAAUAGAAAGUAUCUUCUUUGCAAAAAAUCUAUUCCAAAGAGUUCGUCAUUUUUGUCCUGGCUUUGCUAUGUCACCAGUGUCUUUUUAUGCAAACUAACUGAGAAAGUUACAGGUAGAAUUUGGUUUCCAUUGAUAUAAAAACUAGUCCCACUGAGAAUACAUCUCCAUCAGAACUGAGAGGAUGAAGAUCACAUUUCAGAAGUAGAUACGAUUAGGCCUUCUGCAAAUAGCUGUGUUGUCUUCUUAUAUUUAAUUAUGACCUGGUUUGGACCAAAUUUGGUUUGAGAUAUUAGUCUUGUGGUAUUGGAUUUUGCAUGUGUACCCUUUAUUUUAAAUAUUAACACCCACACAUUGGGUGCCUCAUAAGUGGAUAACCUUCCUGUUCUGCCAAGCAUAGGACAUAUAUUAGGGUGACUGUAGUCUGAAAUGGACCACUGAAGACCUUGACUAGCCUCAGUUUAGGCUAGACACUGUUGAACUGGUGGACACAUAGCAUACAAAUGAUUAUCCAAUAAUCACAUGAAAGACAAAAGCUCGCUAGAAGGCCAAAGCUCACUAGACUUAAUCUUGUAUAUCAAGCUCUUUCUUUGUUGAUAGUUAUAGAAAGCAUUUAUUUGAUGUGGGUGGAAAAAUAAAAGCAUCUAGUAGCAGUCUUUAACAUGCACUUACUACAUACAAAACAGUGUUUUGUUUUGUGUGUUGGUUUGUGUGUGUGGUUUAGUAUCAGCCAUGCAUAGGUAUUUCUAAAAUGUGUGUCUGAGGGCCUAAUUACAUUAAAUUAAUGUGUGUUUUUAAAAAUUAAAUAAUGUGCAAGGGUGUAGGAUUGUUAUAAGAUCACAGUACAUAGGAAGGGGAGGGUUAAGCCUUCAUACCCCAGCCACAACCUCUCUGAAAUCACACACAUACAGCAAUUAGCAUUAGAAAACAAGCUCCUAUUGCUAAGGGGGGGAUAUAUUGUAGCUGGGAAUCAUGGGGGCAAUUAUCCCCCCCCUCUGGUAGUUAAUUCUUAAAAUCAUGUUAAUAUGCUUACUAAGACCCUGAGUCCUUACCAUGCUGAAAGGCAACGCAUCACUGAAAGGGGAGCUCAAGUAGGCACUCACAUGCACAUCACAUAACAAUAAAAAACCAUCACAGCUCAUAACAUGUUAAAUACAUGCCCCAAGAGUGCUCUUAAAUUAGUGAAUAAUAGAAUUCAGAACUGUUAAUCUAAAUCUGCAUUCCAUCUGAAGUUCUCCUUUUCAGUAUAGAAAGGAUAUUGUAUUUUAGGCAUUGACAAAACUCAGCAGAAAAGCACAAAUGAGGCCAUCUCCCAAACCCCGAUUUAUCUGGAAUGAGCUGCCUUGGGUACUCAGAACAAAAGAGGAAACACUGGGUGCGCCAUCUUGGAUUCUUUUGGGUACAUGCAGCAGUUGUUCUGCACAUCCUGAGAAGAAUUAAAGACAGCGAUGCUCAUGUCGCUCAUUUUAGCAAAGACCUCCCCAACUGGUCUUUCUGACCUGUAAUAUGUAAAACAGGAUAUGCUGGAGAUUUGGAGAUGGUUAUAAUUUGAGUCUGUUAUCUUUUAACUUAAUAAGCUGCUAGUGUAUGAGGGAGUGGGGAGUGUUCUCCAGAAGAGCCCUUUAUGAUAUAUUUCUUUUCAAGGAUGGGACUUUACAGAAUAUAGUACGGCGUUUUUAUAUGUUCAUUUUUACUAUUACUAUUUUUUCAAAAGACUAGAGAAACAAAACGACUUAAGAAAGCCCACUACUAUAUUCCCUUGCAAAAAUUAGCAUUCCAAAGCUCAGCUGCACCACCCAAAUUAUUUUCCAUUUGCUUCAGUAAAAAUAAGUAGUGAUCACAUUGGGUGUUUCUAUUUUCUGCAGGCCCUAUCAGUGUGGACACUGCUCCCAAUCCUUCUCCCAACCUUCAGAGCUACGGAACCACGUAGUCACCCAUUCCAGUGACAGACCUUUCAAGUGUGGCUAUUGCGGUCGUGCCUUUGCUGGUGCUACUACACUCAACAAUCAUAUCCGGACACAUACAGGGGAGAAGCCCUUUAAGUAAGUAAUCAAAGGACCAGAGGAACAGGAAGGGAAUUUAGACAAGAAUCAGUAAAUAUCCUAGCCCUUGGAAUAGGUCUCUUUGGAAUUGAAGUUCAGAAUACCCCCACAGUCCUCCAGGCACUGCUCUUGAGCAAGACCAAGUCGUUUCAGUAGCAUUUGUGCAGAAUCAGAUCUUUGUUGGUUGCAACCAACCCAUUAAAUGUCUCCUUAAAAUCGUAAGAUCAUGCUCAUAUAUAUAGUGAACGUUUGUCGAAUAUCUGUAAGCAGUUCACUAGGGAGAGCUUGUUGUUAAUGGGAAAGCAGUUUUCAAUAGCAGCCCUUCCAGUGAUUUUAUCUGAAAGUAUCAAAGGAUGGCUUUAUCUGAAAUUUCAAGCUUAGGACGUCCAGAUUGUUGAACAUCAAAAGUAGGGAGAAGCCAAGACAACAAUUGUAGUGCAUGUGCUGAUUACAAAGAGAAUUUUUUUCUGAUAGAGAAGAUGUGGCGUGGGCAAAAAGCCAUCAUUUUACAUUGUUGUAAUAAGCAAAAUUUGUGAGUGCUGGAUAAGGACCAAUAAACUGAAAUUGAAUCAUAACAAGAUUGUGGCACCGGGGAUGGAUGGUUCUUGGAUGUAGGAAGUGCAUGCUUUAGGCAGGGUUGUGUUCUUUCUAAAAGAGUACAUGUGCAGUUUCAAGAUGCUUAUAUUGUCUCUAGAGACCAGGUGGCCUCAAUGGAAUGAAAUGCCUUUUAUCAGCUUUGCUUCAUUCACCAAUGAACGAAGGGAUAGUCUGGCCAUGGUAAUCUAUGCUCUGGUAACCUCAUUAGAUUAUUGCAAUGUGUUUUAUAUUCUGCUGCUCUUGAAGAUGACUUAGAAGUAUGAAAUGAUGUAGAAGGCAGCCUCAAAAUUAUUGAUUGUGUCGUGUUGUAGGCACAUCGUGCCAAUUUUAUAAGGACUUCAAUGGCUUCCUAUUUGCUUCCAUGCCUAAUUUAAGUUGCUGAUAUUUACCUUUAAAACCCUAAAUGGCUUGGAACCCAAAUACCUAAAGGAGUGCCUUUCCCAUAACCAUCUGUCCAUACUGUAAGAUCUUCUUGCAGAGACCCUCUAUCAUAGGCAUGGCCAAACUUGGCCCUCCAGCUGUUUUGGGACUACAACUCCCAUCAUCCCUAGCUAACAGGACCAGUGGUCAGGGGUGAUGGGAGUUGUAGUCCAAAAACAGCUGGAGGGCCAAGUUUGGCCAUGCCUGCUCUAUCAGAAUCAAGUUAAUUAACAGCAAAAGAAAGGGCUUUCUUGGCAAUAGCUAUGGAGUGCCCGCCUUAAAGAUGCUCUCCUAGUGCCUACAUUGCAGUUCUUUUGGCACCAGGUGAAAAUAUUCUUAUUCACCCAGGCAUUUCAAUCUGUAGUUAAUUUUAAUUAUUAUUUUUUAAUUACUGUAUUUGUGCUGUAAUAUAAUCCGCUGUACACUGCCCUGGAAUCCUAAAUAGGACAAAGGGCAGUAGGUGAAUGUUUUAAAUAAAUAAACAUAAAGAUUCAAUUUAAUCAGUGGGGCUUUGGUUCAGCCCCUUCCUUCUGUGGCUGUUCAUAAACCCUGGGCCAGAAACUAGUGGCCAGGUAUUAGUAAGUCUCUGUAGAGAAGUCAAGACCAACAGAAAGAAGAAAGUGAACCUAUCCCACUUUCAAAGUCUAGACCUCUACACUUGAUCCUUAAAUCCCAUUUUCUACUGCACAGUCUUAGUGGGCAAUGUGGAAUUCCAUUCUAAAUUAUAAGUGGUUUGACAUUAUAGUUGCCUUGCAAGAUUUGGUGAUGGAAUCUUUAAUGCACUUCUAAGGCUAAUAUGAGGAUGUAAACAAGGCAGUUUAGUACCUAUAUUUUAAACUGGUUCAGGUAAAUCAGGUAAUUUUAAAAGAUCACCAGUUUUCUAAACCCAUGUGACCACAGGUUAGUAUCAUAUUCUGUUCCUAUUUGGGGGAGGGCGACGUGUAGAGCAAAGAAGUCACUUAAACAGGUUUAUGUUAGAUAACAGCAUCAGAUCACUUCAAAGCCCAUAUUUUGCAGUAGAAUCUGGCUUCAGACCCCGCUUCUAGAAUGGGCAUGCUGUAUGGCUUUGGGUAAAAAAUUAUCUGUGGUGCUCAAGUCCCAGUCUAUAAAAUACUAAUGGUAUUACACCCUGUAGACACAUACACACAAGGUUGCAGAAGAACAAAACACCAUAAAUCCAGUAAUAACAGUUGCAGAUUAUAAGAAUAUAAAUGUCUGGCAGCUGUCAAACACUGUCCCAUGUUUAAAAAAGAUAAAAGUCUAACCUUAAACACAUCAUAUGCACCCCAAUCCUAUGCAAAAUGAUUUUCAUUUAAGUAAAGCUAAUUUGAGCUUUAAAAAAAAUUACUUAUUUCUCUGCUGUGAUUGGGGCACAGGAAGAGGCCAUUAAAAAUGGUGUGUUCCAUAACAAUCAUCAACUUCUUACAGAACUUGAUUUUAUUUACCAAGCAUUUUAUAUUUGGCUAAUGUAAGAGGAUAUCUGUCACUGUGAACUAUCAGAGACCUUAUGAACAAGCUGUUUAUGCAAGAGAUAACCACAAUGGUUGCCUAGCCUCCAUUCAAGACGGGUCUGGGCACCAUGCUUGUAAGUGUAAGAUAAGGCAUGGAGGUGGGGAGAAAGAGCCCAAACUUUGCAAAGACCAGCACAGUCAGAAUUCAAAUAGGGACUGCCUGAAAUGAUACAGUUCUACUGUGUCUACUAAUGGUGCCCACAGAGCCAUUAUGUUGGAUUAAUAGAUCCAAUGGAAAGCAGAGCCAAAACCAGUGCCAGCAAUCAGAUUGAUUUUAUGUAGUUGCUGUGUAAAUAGAUUUUAGUAAUUAAUUGUGGAGGUUUCCGGGUCAAAAUGGAAAAUAGAUUUCUUUUAAUGUUAAGGUGUUACUUAUGUGUAACCUUGUUGACUCCACUUACAUUCCCCCCUUAACAUCCUGUUUUUGUCGUGUUUCCAAUAAAGCUGCAGUUUGCCCCAUUUAGAGGCAUUACUACUCCCCCCUCUUUUUUGUAAUGUUCUUUUUCUUUCUUCUUUUGUCUCUUGUUCCAAAACGUCUAGUGUAAUUACAACACAAUUCCAUUCAGAAAAUAGAGCUAUAUCAAAUGGUUGGCAUGUUAGCUGCAUAUGAAUCAAAUUGAUUUUGGUGUGAUCUACUAUGCACAUUCACUGAAUAUAUAGGAUUAUUACCUAUAGCAUAGAAUUGUCCAAUACCUAAUGUCUGUAUUGUAGCUUGUGCAAAUACAGUGGUACCUUGGUUUACGAACUUAAUCCGUUCCGGAAGUCCGUUCUUAAACCAAAGCGUUCUUUGUGCUUUCCCAUAGCAGCGGGGGACUCAAUUUACAAAUGGAACACACUCAACAGGAAGCGGAACAUGUUCUGCUUCCAAGGCAAAGUUCUCAAACCAAAACACCUACUUCCGGGUUUGCAGCGUUCUUAAUCCAAGUUGUUCAUAAACUAAGCUGUUCUUAAACCAAGGUACCACUGUAAGAAGCAACUGCUAAGGAUUGAAAUAUAAACUAUGGUUAUAAUAGGGAAUUUAGAAUAGUUUGGUGAGAGACAAAGAUUUCGAGUAAACCAGUGAACAGUGAAUUUGUUUUAUGAGAAAUGUGGGAUUUGUUUUAAUACAGGUGUGAACCCAUGCAUAGAUAGGAGUGUAUAUUUCGUAAGAUCAUACACUGCGUUACAGAACAAUCCUAACUCUCUACUGGGGAACAGCAGCAGAACAGAGUGGCAGAGUCACCACUGCCUUUGAAGUCCUGUGGCUUAUGGCAGCCAGGGCACAGAAGGGCAUGCAGUUACUUUGAGUAGCUUCAGAAUAGUGAGGCCGGGGGGCCCAAAUUAGGCCCCUCACCUGGCAGUGGGCUGGCUUUGGAUCAUACACUGUUUGCAGGGGUUAUUCUGGUCACUGCCUGGGGGAACUCUGCCAGCGGUGUCUUUUACAGUCACAGUGGGGGCCUCCACAACUCAUCUUAUCCUAAUCUUAGCUUUAAUAUAAUCACAACAGCCCAUUACUAUCCCUUCUCCAAAGUGACACCAACCCAAGAUAUAUGCAGUGACAUUUGUGUUUCCCUACAUAUGAAAGAAAAGCGGAAUGUUUCUAUUGCCUGCAAGACUAUAGGGCAGACCAGAAGGGCAGCGUGGGCACUUAUAUGGUCCGGAUUAUCAUUGUAACUUAUUUCCCUGGGUACCACUUCUUCAAUAAGUUCUGAAAUGUUUGACUAGCAAUAGAGGAAGCUCUUUUAUGGGCAUCCCCUUAACUCUGAUCUGUAUGUUACGAGUAUUUAAUGGAAGCUUCUUGAAACACUUUCGUCAUAACUCAGACAAGCCCUUUCUCAUUACCACCCAUUUUUUGGUGGCUCAGGGGUCCCUAUGAUGUAAACAGAUUAAGUCAUAAUACUACUCUGUCUGUUAAGGCAGUGAUGGUUAGGUACUUCUUGGAUUUGAAAUAUAUGUUUAGGAUGCACAAAUGGAAUGUAUUGGACAUCUUUAGCUAUAUAUGUAGGGAAAGGAAAUUUCAACUCCAAGGAUAGCUCAGUGCCUUAUAUUGUAUAAGCUAAUCCAAGAAUUGAAUUGAUUUCAAGGCCUUCAUGAUAAAAAAAAUCAUAAUUUGCAAAUUUGUCAAGCAAUGAAAGGUAGUAUAUUUUGACACACUAAUCCAGUAACUAAUCAGUUUUCUAAUAAACAAUCAGCAAUACACUAAUGUGUCAUCAGCAUUUCAGGAACUCUGGAGAGAGGAAGAUCUGCACAUAGACGUUAAUGAAUACACCAAAAAUCAUUAGGUGAUCAAUACUUCUGAGUUAUUUUCAUUGAGCUGAUAGGUCUGAUACAUUAGAGCUGACAUUUUACAUUUGUCAAGAUCACAGUGCAGUUUUUAACAGUAGAGCAGGCCGCUAAAAUAUUCCAAGAGAGACGAUCAAAGAAACACAACUUAAAGAUGUUGACAUCCUAGGCAAGAACUAGAGGUGAGAUGAAUGAGUAUGUAACAUUCAGGUCAGAGGUUCCUCAAACCAUAAUUUCCUUUAAAAAUAAUUAACAGGCACUUUAUAACAUUCUGUAGUUGUGUAUGCAUGUUUGUGAAAGGUGGUUCCUUUCCAAUGCAAUGAUUACAAUUGAAGAAGCAGGGGUACAGAGAGGGUUUGGACCUCUUACUUUUCAUAGGCAUACUUUUUUUCAUAGGGAUCUUUUCAGAUGUUAGUAGGCAUUACACAGCACCAUUUGAAAUCCAGAUUAUUCCUAUUAGCAUUACAUUAAAGCUCUGCAUAGCCUACAAGACUUUUCUUUGCAACGGGACCUUUGCAAGAUGGGGGUGGGGUACUCUUGUUCAGCUUUUACUCAUUUCAGUGGGCCCUAUCCAGGGCAUAUUUCCUGUCACUUCCCUGGCUGACUUAUAUCCUAUAAACUUGUCAGGCAUCAGUGUCACGCAUUCAAAAUGAUUAUGAAGAAGUCACCUUCUGUUAAAGCACUAGAAUUUGGUAGAGUACAUUCUUAUCUGGAAUAGGCGCAGAUUACACUCUCUGAACUACACACGCCCUGUGUCAGUCCCUGCAGAAGCCCUACAUCUUAAUGCAUUCAUUAUCUUGCCAUGUCAUUUAAAUCAAUGGAGGGAAGGAGGGGUAGAGAGAAGCCUUUAUAUGACAAUGAAAAUGCACUGGUGAGUGUUUGACUUUUCCAAUCAGCCAUUUCUACUCAAUAUCAAAUCCUGGGUAACAUUACAAAAAAAUAUGCUUAAAACUAUUACGAGUAGUAACUACAGCCUCCUUAACUCAACUGCUUAGUGAUCUCAGGCAAGUAUGGGGAUUUAUUCUGUUGCUGCAAAACAAAGUGAUCAUUGUUCCAUGGCUUCACAAUUGCUCCAGUAGGUAGGACUCCUGAUUUUAAAUUAGCAGGAGGUGAAAUUCUAUUUGUCAUCAAUUUCUCCGAGGGAUUACAGAGCAGAAAACUGCAGACAAGCUGCUUCUUUGAUGGCUCACUCCUAAAAAUCUCUUUUUGUUCUUUAUCUAUUUGAACUGACAGUGAUCAGAGCUGCAGCAGGACAGGCCUCUCUGGAGAAAUCACCUUCCCCCUGUCUAUUGACAGAUUCCUCUGUUCUGAAUCAGACAGGCCUUGUCCCAUCAUAGGCAUCAAGGCCUUGGAAGUAGCCACCAAUUAAACCUCUUGAGCCAGUAAAAUCUGAAGCCACUUUUGAGUGUCUGUUCUGAUUAGGCAGGAUAAGACGAAGCCCGCCGCCUGCUCCCCCUUCCCCCAGAGCAGCUCCCCACUCUCAAUUUUCUCUCUUGCCUUCUCCAGGUGCGAGAGGUGUGAGAGGAGCUUCACACAAGCCACCCAGCUGAGUCGACACCAGAGGAUGCCCAAUGAGUGCAAGCCAAUAACAGAGAGCACAGAAUCAAUUGAAGUGGAUUAACUGAUUGACUGGUUGGAAUUAAACUGCAAGGAAAGUCAUGAUUAAAUGUCACGGACACUUAAGCAAAACCAAAGAUUUCCUCUGAGCAACUUUCAAUCAGUCCCAGAAAACCAAGAGCAGUAAUAAAAUAAGUAAGAUGUUAAGAGAUAUUGAUCCUGGCGUGGAAGUGAAACCAGGAAAGAGAUUAUUUAUUUAUGACUAGGAAUGAGACUGAUUUCCAUGGACAAGGAACCCGGGCCUGCUAGCAUCCUAGCCUCCCAACCCACCAUGUAUUGCUUUAUUUCUAAAAAGCUUUUAUAAUUGUUAUUUAAUACCAAAGCAACAAAGAUCAAGGGUUCUUCAGCCUAUAGCUAUGGCUAUGAAUGCACAUGGACUUGUUUAUGAUUGCACCUUUUCCUCUAGCAUGACUCAGUGGACCUAGAGGUAUAUUGUUCCCUUGGUCCCGUUGGGUUGCAUUGCUCUUGACUUGGCUGUUAUUUUCAUUUUUUUAAAAGUGGUCUCCGAAUGACAAGAGAAUGAAGAUGAUCCGGAACCAUCUUUGCGUUGGUGUCAGAACUCCUCCAACUAAUGGACAUUUUCAUUCCCAUGGUUUCAGAACUCACAUUUUGUGCACUUUUUUUGUAUAAAUGUUUUCAUUAGCCAGUGUUGCAUUGGCCCAGGAGAUCCCAGAAAUGUUAAAUAAACUUUGUCCUAUAUAUAUAUAGAUAUAUCUGUAGAUGUAUAUGCUGUUAAAACAAAACAAAACCCUCCAAUGCUGUAAGGAAAGCAUUUGAAAUACGUAGAAUUUUCAGAUACUAUACCUCUUUUACGAACGUCAUAUUAUUCACAGGUAAUGAAUAAUAGUUUCAGUGAAACAUUAACACUCUUAUCUAAAGGUAUCAUGCUUGAAAACAUAAAUGUUAAAAUGGAAUAGCAAGAGAAGCAGUCUUCAGUUUGAUUGUAAAAGUUAGAAACCUUUAAAAAGAAAACGAAAAAUCAACAGAAAUCAUCCAGGUUUAAAAUUUUCAAAAGCAUCCAGGCUUUCACACAACAUAGAAGAAACUUCACAUAAUAGGGGUACGUCACAUGAGUAACUCUGUUCCUAUUUCAUAAUGUGCAAUAUCCUUUAAUACAGGCAAACUAGAUAGUUGUUACGGGCUAUAUAGCAAUAAUAUAGUUCCUGAUUUUGCUAAAAUGAACUCAGUAAUUUGAUUCCCCUCUCCCCCCAAUUAUCUCCUAACCCACACACUGGGCCUGGGAGCCUAAGCACUGUACUGAUCAAAGACUCACCAGAUCUAAUGUAUACACAGCGCUUUCAAGUAAUUUCCCAGUUUUCUGCAAUGCAGAGCACAACUCCAAGCCCCUUGGGAGUGUUUCAGCAGUGAUGUGCAGCCAAUUCUAUGCAUAUUUACUCAAAAUAAAGUUUAUGCUCACUGGGGCUUGCUUCUGGGUAUGCAUGCAUAGGAUUGCAACUUUUAGGUAUGCCAAUUUUCAGUUGACAAACAGGAAGUGUGGCAACACCAGUUAAAUAGAAUAAAAUACACACUCUGAAAUUAAAGUUGGAGGCAGUAUUUUAAGCACCAGUUCCUCCUAUAUUUCUUCCUUGCCCUGUGUUUCUGUGUCUUUAGGACUAGUACAGUAUUAAAGCUUUGACCUGCAAUGCCGACUUAUAAAAAACAACAACUUUUAACAACCACCUGGUAUCCUUAUGGGCUACUUCUUAAAUUUUUUACCUUUACCUUCUUAAUGAACCUUAAAGUGACAUUGGGCAGGACUCUGAGUCCCGUCAGCGGAAGCCCUGUGCAAGGAUUACUCUUGUGCAAUGGGGCUUCUUCCCUCUCUCCUCCUCCCCCCCCAUGACCCCCAACAUUGAGAUAGAAGAAUUCUAAUGCCUAAUUGAAAUAAAAUUGGUUGAAAACCAAGCACUUGAGAUGGAAUUCAAUGUAGCACUAAGGAGAUUGCUCCUUCAACACAAGCAUUUCUCUUGUCUGCUGGAACAAUCUCUGCUCUCCCUUCCACAUGCUGUUCUGGUGGUUCUUCUGAUUCCCACCCCCCAGUCAAUUGGGGGGCAUGUAUGGGGACAGGAGCAGAGGGAAUCCCCACUUUGUUAUUGGAUGUUCUUCGAUGGGCUUCUGAUUAGUUGAAUGCAACCCUUUGAGCUUUUUAACAGCUUUGUGGAGAGUGAUGCUUCAGCAAAAGCCCCCCAUCCACUCCAGCUGCAUCACCUUCACUUGAGGAUAAGGCAACUUGAUAGUUUGUUGUAAAGCCUCUCAGUGGCUAUUCGGUACAAACCAAUUGUGACAAGUCAUUGGGACUGCAUUGGGUUAAAUCCUAUCUCGCUGGCAUACGUAGUCUGUGCAUUGGGUAGUUUGUGCCAUUUUUGCCUUUGAAAAACCUACCUCAUUACUUCACUAUUGGAAACUGAUUGUAGCAUUCAUAGAACCAUUCAAGCUGAUGUACUUUUUGACUAGGCACCUAUGGGCCAUUAAAUGCGUGGGAUGACACAGUC